CAUUCCCAGCCUCGCCUCGGGUGGAGGGAUUGCACGGAGGGAAAACAAAACUACACGGCCACACUGUGUAGUUUUGUUUUGUUCGAGGGGGGAUAUUUGGAGGCUCGACCGUUCUCAUCUUGGAUUUUCUGGAAACACUUUUCUGCAUAAGGAAACUAGUUUGAAUCCGCUGGGCUCCGUCCCAUCAGUCCGAGGCACUCUUGUGGAAACAAGGUGCCGCCGCCGCCAUCAUGUCAACACAAGCACCAACGUUCACACAGCCGCUGCAGAGCGUCGUGGCACUAGAGGGUAGUGCCGCGACGUUCAAGGCUCAAGUUAGUGGUUCUCCAGUUCCUGAAGUGAGCUGGUUUCGUGAUGGCCAGGUUCUUUCCGCCGCCGCUUUGCCCGGCAUUCAAAUCUCGUUCAGUGACGGCCGUGCUGUUCUGAGGAUCCCUGCUGUGACCGCCGCACACAGUGGGAGAUUUUCUGUCAGAGCAACCAACGGAGCUGGACAAGCAACGAGCACCGCUGAACUCCUCGUUACAGCCGAGACAGCGCCCCCUAGCUUCCUCCAGAGACUGCAGAGCUCCACAGUGAGACAGGGCAGCCAGGUGAGGCUGGACGUCCGUGUGACAGGAAUCCCAGCACCUGUGGUGAAGUUCUUCAGAGAGGGAGCCGAGAUCCAGAGCUCAGCCGACUUCAGGAUCCUUCAAGAAGGAGACCUGUACAGUCUGCUGAUCGCUGAGGCUUUCCCAGAGGAUUCUGGGACUUAUUCUGCGACCGCCACCAACAGCAGCGGACGGGCCACCUCCACCGCUGAGCUGCAGGUUCAGGGUGAAGAAGCCGUCCCAGCAAAGAAAACAAAGACCGUGAUUUCAACCGCUCAGAUUUCACAGACCCGUCAGACCAGAGUGGAAAAGAGAAUGGAGACCAGUUUCCAGGCCUCCGCCAUGAUGGAGGUGCAGGUGGAGCAUAUGACUCAGCAGCUGGCUCACAAGACUCCACCCAGAGUUCCACCCAAACCCACGUCCAAGUCCCCGACUCAGCCAUCACUGGUUGCCAAGGUGACUGGAGGACGGCAACAGUCGCCGUCACCUGUCAGACAUGUGAAGGCGCCCACGCCCACACCUGUCAGGCCAGUCAAGUCCCCGCUCACCACACGCAAACAGCUGGUAGUUGGCGCCGACGUCCUGCCUCCAUGGAAGCAGGGAGACCCCGGUGUCCCCCCGACGGGCCUGGAGCAGCGUUGGGAGGCACAUGUCAAAGAGGCUGAGGGAGGGAAAAGAGCUGGGGCGGUGGCCAAAGUGGUGGCCGCCGUCGACCUGGCUCGGGUCCGACUGCCCGUGCAUGCAGAGGGCGGUCAAGCUGAAGACAAGUCUGAGGCUGUAGAGGCAGAGUUUAGGAUGCAGGCUGCCGCCGCCGUGGCCACUGAUCAACAAUAUCAAACCGCCUGGACAACAACAGGAGUGCAGGCUGGCCAAAUGCUUACCACUGCUCAGGAGUUUACAACUGAACCAACCAUGCCACUGCCUCAGAUUCAGAGAGCGACAGAAAUCUCCUUCAUCCAGGUGGACACUGGUGGUCCUGCCCCGUCACCUGUUCCCCAAUUUACAGUUUCUAAAGUUUCAGUCCCCAAACACGAGUCUAGCUCUGAGGUUUCCAUCGCCGGCUCGGCGAUUGCCACUCUACAGAAAGAGUUAUCCUCAAGCUCUGCCACCACUAAAAAGAUCAUCAGGCCUGUCAAGUCUCCCAUCCCGUCUCAUAGAGUGGGGGAGGCCAGAGAGACCCUGGAGUCCAUCCCUGCACCGUUUAAAGAGCUCACUGAGAAAUAUCAGAGUCAUUACGGUGCUGAGUUACUGACAGGGGUGGUGUACUCUGGGGGUCUGGAGAGAAUGUAUGAGGACUGGGGAGCCCAGGCGGUGGAGACAGCAGCUGUACCUUCAGCAGGUGGCGGCGUGGUCCCUCCCACACUGGUGUCUGGUUUGAAAAACACAAAUGUGACGGAGGGCGAGUCGGUGACCCUGGAGUGCCAGAUCAGUGGUCACCCUGCACCCGUCAUCAUGUGGUUCAGAGAGGACUACAAGAUCGAGAGCUCCAUUGAUUUCCAGAUUACUUAUGAGAACGGAAUCGCCCAGCUGGUGAUCCGCGAGGCGUUCGCUGAAGACAGCGGACGCUUCACCUGCACAGCAACAAAUGAGGCUGGAACCGUCAGCACCUCCUGCUACCUGCUCGUCCAGGUGUCUGAGGAAAUUGAGAGCAGAGAGGAAGUUGAAACUGUUGAGAAACUAGUCACUGAAGAAGCCAAAGAUGAGACCAUGUCUCAGGUGAGCGCAGCUGAGUCCGACACUGCUUCUGCUGCUCCUUUCUUUAUCAAGAAACCCACCGCUCAAAAGCUGGUGGAAGGAGGCAGUGUCUUGUUUGACUGCCAGAUUGGAGGGAGCCCCAAACCUCACAUCAUCUGGAAGAAGAGUGGCGUACCACUCACUACUGGAUACAGAUACAAAGUGGCCUACAAGAAGGACACUGGAGAAUGCAGGUUGGAGAUCUCCAUGACCUUUGCUGAUGAUGCCGGAGAAUACUCUGUUUUUGCCAAGAACCAGCUUGGAGAGGUCUCAGCCUCUGUCAGUCUGCUGGAAGAAGAGGAAUAUGAAGUUUAUAUGACGACACAGGAGGUUACCUUUAAGACUGAAGUGACGGCAGUGGUGCAGGAGCCCAGAGUGGGUGAUGUUCCCCCUGUGGUUGUUACACCAAUGGCGCAGAUGACCACCAUUAUCUCUGGACAGGAAUUCCACCUUUCUGCCAUUGAGCAGAGGAUUAUCCAGGAGAUUGAACUACGUAUUAUGCAGAUUACCUACACUGAAAUAGUGACUGAGGAUGGAGAAACAAUAAUGACUGCUUCUGCCACUGAGGCCCAGCAGCCUUCCUUUGACACACCUGUCAAAAACUACAGAAUCAUGGAAGGAAUGGGUGUAACUUUCCACUGCAAGAUGUCUGGAAUACCACUUCCCAAGAUUGCUUGGUUCAAAGAUGGACAGCGAAUCAGGACUAGCGACCGUUACCAGAUGGAAGUUCUUCAGGAUGGACGAGCCAGCCUGCGUUUGCCAGUGGUUCUGCCAGAGGAUGAAGGCGUGUACACCGCCCUCACCACCAACUUGACAGGAAAUGCUGUCAGCUCUGGAAAGCUCUACAUUGAGUCGUCUGGAGCACCUCAAAGAUACACACCACAGCCAGCGAUGCAGAGAAUCAGGUCCACAUCUCCCCGUUCUCUGAGCCGCUCUCCUGGACGUUCUUCAAGUCGUUCUCCUGGACGCUCUCCUGCCAGAAGGCUUGAUGAGACAGAUGAGGCUCAGCUGGAGAGGCUCUACAAGCCUGUGUUUGUAAUGAAGCCUUCUUCGUGUAAAUGUUCUGAGGGGCAGACUGCAAGGUUUGACCUGAAAAUCGUUGGCAGACCCAUGCCUGACACAUACUGGUUCCACAACGGACAACAAGUAGUAAGUGACUAUACCCACAAGAUAGUGGUUAAAGAGGAUGGUACCCAAUCCCUGAUUAUUGUCCCAGCCCUGCCUCACGACUCUGGAGAGUGGACCGUCAUUGCUCAGAACAGAGCUGGACGUUCAUCCAUCUCUGUGACCCUCACAGUUGAUGCUAAGGAAACUUUGGUGCGCCCCCAGUUUAUUGAGAAACUGAAGAAUAUCAGUGUGAAGCAGGGUACUCUUGUUGAACUGGCUGUAAAAGCCAUUGGAAAUCCUCUGCCUGAUAUUGUCUGGCUGAAAAACAGCGACAUUAUCACCCCACACAAGCACCCAAACAUCAGGGUUGAAGGAACGAGAGGAGAUGCCAAAUUCCAGAUUCCCUCAGCAGCUGGCUCAGACAGUGCCUGGUACACCGCUACAGCCAUCAACAAGGCUGGCAGAGACACCACACGCUGCAGAGUCAAUGUUGAGGUUGAUUAUGUUGAACCUGAACCAGAGAGGAAGCUCAUUAUUCCCAAAGGAACGUACAAAGCCAAAGACAUCGCAGCUCCAGAGUUGGAGCCCCUUCAUCAGCGAUACGGUCAAGAGCAGUGGGAGGAGGGUGACCUUUAUGACAAAGAGAAGCAGCAGAAACCUCAGUUCAAGAAGAAGCUGACCUCUAUCAGAAUGAAGCGCAUUGGUCCCGCUCAUUUUGAGUGCAGACUGACUCCCAUUGGUGACCCUACCAUGGUGGUGGAGUGGCUGCAUGACGGCAAACCCCUGGCAGCUGCUAACAGAAUGCGAAUGGUCAAUGAGUUUGGUUACUGCAGUCUCGACUAUGAGGUUGCUUAUGCUAGAGACAGCGGUGUCAUCACCUGCAGAGCCACAAACAAGUUUGGAGUCGACCAGACCUCGGCCACCUUUGUUGUGAAGGAUGAGAAGGGCCUUGUGGAGGAAUCGCAGCUUCCUGAAGGCAGGAAGGGGGCACACCGAAUUGAUGAGAUGGAACGCAUGGCUCACGAGGGAGGACCCUAUGGAGUCACAGCUGAAGAAGAAACUGAAAAAACAAAACCUGAGAUUGUCCUUCUUCCUGAACCAGUCAGUGUUAUGGAGGGUGACACAGCUAGAUUCCGUUGCAGAGUGACCGGCUAUCCAGCCCCUAAGGUUAACUGGUACCUCAACGGACAACUUAUCCGCAAAAGCAAGAGAUACAGACUCCGCUAUGAUGGCAUAUAUUAUCUUGAGAUCAUUGAAAUCAAAUCCUAUGAUUCAGGAGAGGUGAAAGUAGUGGCUGACAACAGCAUUGGUGUAGCAGAGCACACUGUGAAACUUGAGAUUGGGCAGAAAGAGGACUUCAGAACACAUCUGCGCCGUGCACCCGAGGGCAAGGGAGCUGAAGCCGCAACUGAACCUGGAAAAAUAUCAUUUGAGGUGGUGAAGGCCGAGGCAACUGCAGAAGACUCUCAGCUGAAAGAAGUGGUCAAGCUGAAGAAAGCCCAAAGAGUAGUCCAUGCGAAAGCCACAGAGGAGUCAGAGGAGCUGAGGAGCAAGUUUAAGCGCAGGACAGAAGAAGGUUAUUAUGAGUCCAUCACAGCAGUGGAGCUCAAGGCACGUAAGAGGGAUGAGUCCUAUGAAGAUCUCCUGAAGAAAACGAAGGACGAGCUGGCUCACCGUGCCAAGCAGAAGGAGGAGGCUGAAAAAAAGAAGGAAGAAGAGCGCCGCAAAGUUACAGCUAAACCACUUAAACCAGAAAGAGUCAAGCUCUCAGCCAGCAUGGAGGCUCCAAAGAUCCUGGAGCGUAUCACCAGCCAGACAGUUGCUCAGGGUGAAGAGGUCAAGUUUAGAGUCAGAGUUGUGGGGAGACCAGAACCUGAGUGCCAGUGGUUCAAGAACGGUGUUCAGCUGGAGAAGUCUGACCGUAUUUACUGGUACUGGCCUGAGGAUCAUGUGUGUGAGCUGGUGAUCAGAAACGUCCGUGUGGAGGAUUCUGCCAGCAUCAUGGUUAAAGCUACAAGCAAGGCCGGAGAGACUUCAAGCCAUGCUUUCUUGCUUGUGCAAGGGAAGCAAGUCAUCACAUUCACACAGAAACUGGAGGACGUCAAUGCAAAGGAGAAGGACACCAUGGCUACCUUUGAGUGUGAAACUAACGAGCCUUUCGUCAAGGUGAAAUGGCUGAAGAACAACAUGGAGAUCUUCUCUGGAGAUAAAUACAGAAUGCACUCUGACAGAAAGGUCCACUUCCUGUCUGUGCUGAUUAUUGACAUGAGGGAUGAUGCAGAAUUCACCUGCAUGGUUAUCGAUGAUGAUGUCAGAACAACUGCUAAGCUGAACGUUGAAGGAGCCCCGCUGGAGAUCGUGAAGCAGCUGGAGAGCACAGAGGUACCUGAGACCUACUCUGGAGAGUUUGAGUGUGUUGUAUCUCGUGAGGACGCUGAAGGCAGCUGGUUCUUCGGGGAAAAGCUGCUGUCUCCUAGCAGUAAAUAUGUUAUGACCUCCCGCCGCGGAAGACACGCCCUGUCAGUCAAAGAUGUGAAGAAGGAGGAUCAGGGAAAAUAUACCUUCAAAGUCGGAGAGUUUAAGACAAGUGCUUCACUGAAGAUGAAAUUGCGCCCAGUGACCAUGAUGCAGCCUUUAAGUGACAUGACGGUGUGCGAGGGUGACAUUGCGCAGCUGGAGGUUAAGUUCUCCCAGGAGAACGUUGAGGGAUCCUGGAUGAGGAACGGGCAGCCGGUCUCAGCUUCAAACCGUGUGCACAUGGUUAUUGACCGACAGAUCCACAAGCUCCUGAUUGAAGACACCAACAAGGACGACUAUGGAAUGUACUCCUUUGUGGUUCCUGAUCACGGCAUCUCAACCACUGCAAAGCUGGUCAUUCAGACAAUCGGCAUCUUGAGUCCACUGAAGGACACAAGUGCCGUUGAAGGAACCAAAGCUGUUCUGGAGACCAAGAUCUCUGCUCAGGAUGUCACCUCAGUCAAAUGGUACCACAAUGACAAACUCCAAAUGCCCAGUGAUCGCGUCCAGAUGGUGGCUAAGGGAGCCAAGCAGCGUCUGGUCUUCAACAGGACCUAUGCCUCCGAUGAAGGACAGUACAAACUGGUGGUCGGCCGCACUGAUACCAGCUGCAGGCUUUCUGUUCAGACUGUCCAGAUCCUGAAACCAAUGUCGAACAAGGAGUGCUCAGAGUCUGAGAAUGUCACUUUCGAAGUCGAGGUUUCUCACGUGGGUAUUGAUGCUUUCUGGACCUUCAAGAGGCAGCCACUGAAAGCUAGCGCAAAAUACAAGAUGGAGUCCAAGAACAAGCGCCACACCCUGACUGUCAUGAACGCCAUGAAGGAUGAAGAGGGCGAGUACAUGUUUGCUGCUGGUGAGAAGAUGAGCAGUGCUUCGCUCACAGUCUCAGGUGGAGCAAUUAAAAAGCCCCUGCGGGAUUUGGUGGUGGCCGACUCCCAGACUUCGGUGCUGGAGUGUGAGGUUGCCAACCCCUCCGCUGAGGGCAGGUGGCUGAAAGAAGGACAACCUGUUGACUUCAACGAGAACACGCUAAGCGAGGUGGACGGUGCCGUCAGACGCCUCAUCAUCAAUAUCACCAAAGCCACAGACGUUGGAGAGUACACCUAUCAGGUGGCUACGUCCAUGACCUCAGCCACCCUGAAAGUGGAGGCUGUGAAGAUCAAGAAGACUCUGAAGAACCUGAACGUGGUUCAGACUCAGGAAGCAGUGUUCAGCCUGGAGCUGACCCAUGAGGAUGUGAGGGGAGCACAGUGGAUCAAAAACGGUGUGGAGGUCCAGAACAGCAAUAAAUAUGAGAUCACAAUUGAAGGCACAGUCCACACCCUGAAGAUCAAGAACUGCACCACACAGGAUGAGUCUGUCUACUCCUUUAAACUGGGGAAACUGGCAGCCAAUGCCAGGCUUAACGUUGAAACCCUCAAGAUUCUGAAGAAGCCAAAGGAUGUGACAUCUCUGUUGGGUGCAACUGCCGUGUUUGAGGUGGGCAUCUCUGAGGACGACAUCCCUGUGAAAUGGAUGUUCAACAACACAGAGCUGAGGCCCAACGAGCACUACAGGAUGCUGUCUGAGAAGAAGAACCACAAACUGAUUGUCCAGGAUGUGGACAACAGUAAAGAGGGACAGUACACAGCUGUGGUGGGCCACCUUCAGUGCAUCGCUCGCCUCACUGUGGAGUCUCUGCGCGUCACCAAACCCCUGAAGAGCGUGGAGGUCCCAGAGACUCAGGUGGCCACACUCGAGUGUGAAGUGUCUCACUUCAACGUGCCGUCCACCUGGCUGAAAGACGGUGUGGAGAUUGAGAUGAGCGAGAAGUUCCGGAUUGUGGUUCAAGGGAAACUCCACCAGCUGAAGAUCAUCAACACCAGCAGGGAUGACUCCGCAGAGUACACCUUCGUCUGCGGGAAUGACCGAGUGUCGGCUACGCUAACCGUUAGCCCCGUCCUCAUCACCACAAUGCUGGAAAACCUGAACGCUCAGGAAAAAGACACGGUCACUUUCGAGGUCACCGUCAACUACGAAGGAAUCAACUACAAAUGGCUGAAGAAUGGCGUGGAGAUCCGGUCCACGGACAGAUGUCAGACUCGCUGCAAACAGCUCAGUCACACUCUGAGCAUCAGGAAUGUUCACUUCGGAGACAGCGCUGAGUACACUUUCAUGGCCGGCUCUGCAGUCACUACAGCCAAACUCUAUGUUGAAGCUCGUGUUGUUGAGUUCACCAAACACCUGAAGGACCUGAAGAUCACAGAGAAAAAGAGAGCGACGUUUGAGUGUGAAGUUUCCGAACCUAAUAUCCAGGUGAUGUGGAUGAAGGACGGUCAGGAGCUUGAGAUGUCCGACAGAUAUAAAAUGACCUCAGAUAAAUUGGUGCACCGCCUGGCUCUGCCGUCUGUCCGUCUGUCUGAUGCCGGUGAAUACACCGCUGUCGCCGGGUCCAGCAUGUCAAUGGGCCGGCUGGCAGUGGAGGGACGGAACGUCAAAAUCUCAGAGCCCGCCAGCAGAGACAUCACUGUUGUUGAGAAACAAAGGGCAACCUUUGAGUUCGAGGUGAACGAGGAUGACGUGGAGGGUCACUGGCUGAGGAACGGGGUGGAGAUCCAGUUCUCAAUGGAGGAGAGGUUCACCUACGCCACCAUCAGGAAGCUGCACCGCCUCACCAUCUCUGAGACAUACAGAAGUGAUGCCGGCGAGUACACCUUCUUAGCCGGCAAGAACAGGAGCACCAUGAACCUCCAUGUUAAACUGCCGGAGCCUCCUCAGAUCGUCCGCCAUAUGGAGCCCCAGACCGCAACAUCAGGUAGAUCAGUUCGCUUCUCGGUGCAGGUGAGCGGCAUCCCGUUGCCUCAGGUCUUCUGGUACAAAGAUUCUCAGGCUCUGUCCACCAGCUACAAGUGCAAGUUCCUCCAUGACGCGGAUGAGCACACACUGAUGCUGCUCGAAGUCUUUCCUGAAGACGCUGCCGUCUACAGCUGCGAAGCCAAGAACGACUAUGGAGAGGCGACAAGCUCCGCCCCUCUCACUGUGGAAGUUCCUGAGGUGGUCGAAACUGUGCGGAUCUCUGCUCCAGUCCUUUUGGCUCCCAUGCGGGACAUCCUGGUUGCAGAGGGUCAUCCUGCUCGUUUCCAGUGCACCAUCUCUGGGGAAGAUCUGCAGGUUUCUUGGUUCUGUAAUGACAGAGAGAUCAGACAGUCGGACAUCUUUAGGAUGUCUCAUUAUGGUGACAUCUGCCAGCUGGACAUUUCCAAAGUUCAAGCCAGCCAUGAAGCAGAAUAUUCAUGUGUGGCCACAAAUUCAGCAGGAAUGUCCACAAGUGCUGCCACUUUGAAUAUCGAUGAUGAAAAAGCCUUAGCUAGUGUGUCAAGCACUGUCGCUGAGACUCAGAGUGAACAUUUCAGCUCUCUGUCUGUGGGACAAACUUCCCACAAGGUUGAGUUUUCUGAGUCGGUCUCUGAGAGUUCCUCAGUGUCUUGGAGGACUGUUGAGAUUCAGAUGGAGAGUAUGAGCACACUGGAGAUGAGCUCUGACAGCAUCUUUGAUAUCAAACUCUCGACCAGACCUGAACUGUUGAUGGAAAUGAGCGACAUCCGUGUGAAAAGCGGAGAGAUGGCUGAGUUCAGCUGCUCCUUCAAAGGGCAGCCCUUCACUGGGGUAGUGUGGGAUCACAAUGGCCAAAGUCUGGUGGACACGGAGCGGGUGAGGAGCUCUCAAAUGGGGGGGCUGUUGUCUCUGAUCAUCCAGAGUGUUGGCAUGGCGGAUCAGGGCAUGUACUGCUGCACCGCCACCAACCAACACGGCCAGAACAGCUCCUCUGCCAAGCUGACUGUCGAAGCUAAAGAAGCAAAUCUCAAAGCAGAAACCCCCAUUCCCACCGAUUCUGUACGUAAAGUGUCUCAGGCAGACAGGGAGACCCCUAGUGACCCCCCCAACCAAGAAAAGCAGGAGGUUGUGGACAAGCCUGGACCAUCUCCUCCAUCUUCCCAGAGACCUUACAGCCUCAUCAGGCACCUGUACUUCCCUGACGUGGAGCCUCAGCGUCUCUCCAGCUUCCCUGAGUUCCUGAUCAAACUGCCGCCUGAGCUUCUGAUCACAAACAGAGACAGCGGCUCCUUGUAUUGCGUUAUGAAGGGGGUUCCCUCCCCGUUCCUCAUUUGGCUUUACAACCGGUUGAAUGUUGAGGAUUCUGUGUCUUACUCGCUGAAACAUGACGGCCCCUUGUGCUGUGUAAAUCUUAACAAUAUGGGACCCGGACAAGGGGGCUCUUACACUUGCAAAAAUGUGACCUCAGCUGACGAUGCUGAGUGCAACACGGUGAUGAAAGUAACUGAAGUGCAGAAGGAACCUACGGAUCAGGUCAAGGAAGAAAUGAAAGUGAAACCUGUGUUCAGGCACAGGAUAGUCCCCGUGGAGAUCAACAUUGGCAGCUCUGCCAAGUUUGAAUGUGAAACUGAGGACGCUCCCAACGUGAGCUUCAAGUGGUUCAAAGAUGGACACCCCAUCAAAGAGGGGGACAAGUACAGGAUUAUCAGUCGCUUUAGCACUGCCAGUUUGGAGCUUCUGAGCCCAAAUAAGGACGAUAGCGGUGAAUACACCUGCAAGGCGUCCAAUCAGCAUGGAAGUGACGAAUGCUCCGCCUCUCUCAGCGUGACAGAGCUAUGUCCUCCUGCCUUUAUAACUAAACCUGAACAGCAGACUAUGUAUGUUGGGAAAAGGGCAAUGAUACAGUGUGUAAUAACAGGAUCUGUUCCACUGAAUGUUGUCUGGCUCAAAAACAACCAGACCCUACCCACAGCGCCCACACACUACCAGAUCCAUUGUGAAAAGAAUAAGCACACUCUUGAGAUAACCAAACUUGAGCCAGAUGACAGGGGGCUUUAUGUGUGCAAGGUGUCGAAUAAUGUUGGGACAGCUGAAUGCAGCAUGGAGCUGCGUGUUAUUAACCAGCCCAACUUUGUAAAGCCCCUGGGUCCAGUCGCGGCUGUGGUUGGAGCUCCUCUACACCUGGAGUGUCAGGUGGAUGAGGACACUGGAGUAAAUGUCACCUGGACCAGAGAUGGUAGAAAAGUCCACCAGUCUCCGGACUGUAAACUGUCUUUUGAGGAUAAGACAGUGAGUCUUGAUAUCCUAAAGACCACACUGAAAGAUUGUGGAAAUUAUGUAUGCACAGUGACAAAUGAGGCUGGGAGUGCCUCUUGCUCCACUUCUGUGAAAGUACAAGAGCCGCCUGUCUUUGUAAAGAGGCUCGAAGCUAACACAGUUUGGAAGCAAGGCAGCACUGCACGACUGCAGUGCAGCAUCAAAGGAUCCCCUGAACUCCAUACCAGCUGGUUCUUUAAUGACAGCAAACUCUCUGCGGGUGGCAGAUACAAUGUUAGUCAGAAGGAUGGUCUCACCACUCUUGAGGUACAGGAUGUCAUGCUAAGUGACAGUGGAAACUACUCCUGUGAGGUUCUUAAUGACUCUGGCUCUGAAAGCUGCAGCACUAAAGUCACAGUGAAAGAACCCCCAUCUUUCAGAAAGGAGUUACUCCCCAUAGAGGCGGUCAGAGGAUCUGUAGCUGUGUUGGAGUGUGAGAUUUCAGGCUCUGCACCAUUCGAGGUGGCCUGGAAAAAGAAUAAGAAACGUCUGUCCCCAGAUAACAAAUACAGCAUAGUCUCACAGGGAGCGCUGAGCUCUCUCCAGAUCCGCUCAUUUGAGAGCGCUGACACUGGGGAAUAUGAAUGUGUCGUGUCAAACGAGGUCGGGUCAGUAACAUCGAAGUCAGUAGCUAAACAAAGAGAGCCACCUAUGUUCUCUAAGAGGAUUGAGAGUGCUACAGCAGUGUUGGGAACCACAGUGAAACUACAGGGAGCCCUCAAAGGCUCGGCCCCCAUCACUAUCAAAUGGUUGAAAGAUUCUGAGCUGCUCAGAGAUGACGAUCCGAGUGUGAAAAUGACGUUUGAAAACAACAUCCCUAGCAUUUCCUUCUCAUCUGUUGAGAUGAAGCAUGGGGCCAAGUACACAUGCCUUGCUGAAAAUGAGGCAGGGCAGCAGAAAAGUGAAGCUGUCUUAACCAUUCAAGAACCUGCUAGGAUUGUAGAGAAGGCAGCGUCCAUCAGUGUGACUGCAGGGGAUUCAGCCACUUUGGAGUGCACAAUCUGUGGAAGCCCAGACCUCAAAGUGAAAUGGUUCAAAGAUGGCAAGGAGCUGAUGAGUGGGCGUAAAUAUAAAGUGAUUGUGAAGGAGAACACUGCCACCUUAAAGAUUCUCUCAGCAGAUAAAGGAGACACCUCGGAGUACAUGAUGGAGGUGUCCAAUAAAGUAGGAAAAGACCAGUGCACCUGCUCAGUCACCAUUAUAGAUCGUGCAGUGCCACCGUCCUUCACCAAAUCUCUAAAGAAAGUUGAUGGAAGUGUUGGUAGUAAUGUUACUUUGGAGUGCAGAGUUGCUGGGUCUCAGCCGAUGAUUGUUUCCUGGUACAAAGACGAUAAAGAAAUCCACAGUGAUGGAAAAUAUAAGAUUGAUGUCAGUGAGAGUACAGCCUCCGUGACUGUAACCGGCCUGGAGCAGACAGAUGGAGGAGUUUAUAAAUGCCGGGCCUCGAAUGAUGCCGGAGAAAAAGAGACCAGUGGUACCUUGUCUGUAAGAGAGCCUCCGGUGUUCACGGUCAACCCGGAAUCCCAGGACGCUUCACCGGGAUCAAACGUUGUCAUAAAAUCAGCUUUCACAGGAUCAGCUCCUCUGGUUGUGAAAUGGUUCAGAGAGGAAAAAGAGAUAUUCACAGGGGGGAAGUGUUUCAUAAAGAAAGAUGCUACUUCAAGCGCUUUGGAGCUUCACUCUGUGAAACCCAGUGACUCUGCUAGAUACACAUGCCAAGUAUCCAACGAUGCUGGGAAGGUGGAUUGUACUGUAGACCUCUUUGUGAAAGAAGCCCCAACGUUUACAAUCAAGCUCGAGCCCUCACAGCAACUGAAAACAGGACAGCCUCUGAAGUUGUCCUGCAAAGUACAGGGCACUCCUGUUAUUAGCAUCUCGUGGUUUAAAAAUGGGGAAGAAAUAGCCUCAGACCACAGACAUACAAUGUCCUUCGACAACUCUAUAGCAACUCUGGAAGUAGACGACUGUUCUAUAGAGGACAGUGGAGAUUAUGUCUGUAUGGCAUCCAGCGAGGCCGGCAGAGACCAGUGCAGCAGCUCAGUAACCAUGAAAGAACCUCCAGUGUUUGUGAGGCCUUUUGAAUCGGCUGAGCUUGUGAAAGGAUCUUGCAUUGUCUUGGAAGGGGCCGUAACAGGUUCUCCUCCAUUUGAAAUAAGCUGUUUCCUCAACGAUAAGCUGAUCAGAAGCGACCCAAGGCAUAAAAUCAGCUUUGAGAAUGAAACUGUCACUCUUCAGAUCUCACACUGUGAGACUGCAGACGCUGGGACAUACCAGUGCACUGUUGCAAACGAUGUUGGGGAGACAUCUUGUUCUUGCCAGAUUUCUCUUAAAGAACCACCAUCAUUUGUUCAAAGACUAGAGGAUAUGUCCUGCAUGGUGGGAUCUGAGAUCUCUAUGAAGUGUAUGUUAUCUGGAUCACUUCCCAUGACUUUCACCUGGAUAAAGGAUGAUCAUGAGCUCACAGAGGAUGAGCAUGUUAAGAUGUCCUCUGAAACCAAAUGUGCCGUGUUGAAUUUGAAAAAUGCUCAGUUAUCACACGGUGGGAAAUAUGUCUGUCAGGCAAUGAACAAAGCCGGGACUCGCAGCUGUGCCGCUGUGCUCGUAAUGACAGAGCCAGCAAAUAUCACAGAACAUGCAAAGUCUAUCAGUGUAACUCAAGGUGACCCAGCCAGGCUUGAAUGCAGAUUCUCAGGCACUAAACCGCUGAAGUCCAGAUGGACGAAGGCGGGAAAGGAGCUGACCUCAGGCCAGAAAUAUAACAUAAGAGGCACAGACGCCAGCUCUGUGCUGAAGAUUGUUAAAACAGAGAAAAGUGAUAGUGGUGACUACACUUUUGAGGUUUCAAAUAAAGCUGGCUGUGGUUCCUGUGAAGCAGCUGUGACGGUCUUAGAUCAGAUUUUAAAACCGUCCUUCACAAGAGAACUGAAGGAGACAGAAGGUAUCAGAGGAUCGUUUGUUCAUCUGGAGUGUCUCGUCUCUGGCUCCCUGCCGAUGACGAUAGAGUGGUUUAAAGACGGGGAAGAGAUCUGUACAGAUGAGAAACACAAAUGCACAUUUUUUGAAAAUGUUGCUUUCCUGGAGAUCAGCUGUGUUGACAUUAAAAACAGUGGCUUUUAUACCUGCAUGGCUAAAAACAAGGCGGGAUCAGCCCAGAGCUCGGGGACGUUGUUUGUCAAAGAACCGCCAUGUAUUCUUGAAAAGCCAGAAUCCAUAAAUGUGUUGCCUGGCUCAAAGGUCCAGUUAAAUGUACUGGUCUCUGGUACAGCACCACUAAAGAUCAAGUGGUUUAAAAACAAGAAAGAGAUUUUAUCAAGUGCUGACUGCUCCGUGAUCAAAGACAACACCUCGAGCACACUGGAGCUCUUCUUUGCCAAAACCUCAGAUUCUGGAGACUACAUCUGUGAAAUACAGAACGAUGUGGGCUCAACGUCGUGCCAGGCAGCACUCUUUGUCAAAGAGCCGCCAUAUUUCCUUGAAAAACCUGAAGGUGUAUCAGUGGUAGCAUCAGGAGACGCUAAAGUGUUUGAGUGCAAGUUAGCUGGUACUCCAGAGAUCUCUGUGCGCUGGUUUAGAGAUGGAGCUGAGAUUCAGCAAAGUGUCAAACACAAGAUCUCAUUUUACAACUCUGUUGCCACCCUGGAGAUUUGUGAAGCUAGUGAGAAUGACAAUGGUAAAUACAUCUGCGAAGCGUGCAACGAAGCAGGCACAGAGAGUUGCGGUGUUGAGCUUGAAGUGAAAGAACCUCCUUCCUUUUUGAAAGAGCUCAUGCAUCUUGAAGUUGUAAAAGGCUCCACAGCAGCGUUUGCUUGCAAAGUGACAGGAAGUGCUCCAUUCAAGGUCACAUGGUUCAAAGAUAGAAAGCCUAUCAAAUCCAGCCAGAAGUAUGUUAUUGCUGAUAGUGACAAUGUGAGCUUGAAGAUCCAGGACUGUAAAGCGGACGAUGUUGGUACUUAUAAGUGCUUGGUAGCAAAUGAAGUUGGAAGUUGUACCGGCUUUGCAGCUUUGUCUCUGAAAGUCCCUCCAACUUUCCAUAUGAAGAUAGAAAACGUCUCAACUAUUGUGGGAGGUGCCGCUAUCUUCCGCUGCACGGUGGAAGGUUCUCAGCCUCUGUCUGUGCAGUGGCAAAGAGACGAUAACUGGAUCCCAGAGGACCCAAAGAUUGAGAGAACAUUUCAAAACAAUGAGGCCACACUCAGGAUCCCGGUCUGUGAGGCGCCUCACAUGGGAAAAUACACAUGCCAUGUUGUUAAUGAGGCCGGGCAGGACAAAUGCUUUGCCAAGCUGGUAGUGCAAGAACCACCCACGAUCACAGAGAAGCCUGAGGUAGUCAAAGUGACUUGUGGAGAUCCUGUUACUCUUGAAUGCAAGGUAGCUGGAACUCCUGAGAUAAGUGUAAAAUGGAUCAAAGAUGGUAAAGAGCUCCAGUCAAGGAAGAAACACAGUCUCCACUUUGUAAACAACCUCAGCCGUUUAAACAUACCGACCUCUCAGCUGGAAGACGGUGGAGAGUUUCUGUUUGAAGCCAGAAACUCUGUUGGGACCUGCAGCUGUAAAAUCCUGCUGGUUGUUUUAGAGGAGGUCAUUCCUCCGGUGUUCCUUAGAAAAUUAACAAACAUUCAAGCGAUCAUGGGUUCAGUAGUAACCAUGGAGUGCAAAGUGGCUGGUUCUCUUCCAAUGUCUGUUGAAUGGAGCAGAGGGAAACAAGAGAUUACCAAGAGCUCCAAAUAUAAGCUCCUGCAAAUUGAAAAUACUCUCUCACUGGAGUUCAAACUGACAGAGAGUGAUGAUACCGGAGAAUAUUCUUGUAAAGUAUCCAACAAAGCAGGCAGCAUUGUGUGCAAUGGAGUUCUUACAGCUAAAGUGCCACCAAGGUUCAAAUCUGAGCCUGAGUCUCAGGCUGUUAUUCCAAAGUCUACUGUGUGCUUCAGAAGUGACUUUGAAGGAACACCUCCAUUUAUGGUCAAAUGGUUCAAGGAUGACACCGAACUCAUCACAGGACCCUCCUGUACAAUUAAACUGGAGACGUAUUCUUCCUCUGUAGAUCUGCACUCAGUCGGGACUCUGCAAAGUGGGAUUUAUUCAUGCCAAGUUAGCAAUGAAGCAGGCGCAGUGAAAAGUGCAGCAGACUUGUUGGUGAAAGAACCACCACAGUUUGUCCAGAAACUUCCUCCCACUACCUUUGUGAAGCAGUGUGAGGGAUACCGUUUCGAAUGCAAGGCCACGGAGGCACAGUCUCUGACAAUGUGCUGGUACAAAAAUGACCAAAAGAUAACCGAUGGAGGCAACUAUAAAACAAUGUUUGUAGACUCCACCGCAUAUCUCCAGCUUUGCACCACAAAGUUCGAGGAUAAUGGUGUCUACACCUGUGAGGCUCAUAAUGAUGCUGGCAGUGCAAGCUGCAGCACUGUUCUCAAAGUUCAAGAGGUCCCAUCUUUUACUAAAACCCCAAGCCCAGUAGAGGGCAUUAAAGGGAAAGAUGCCAGCCUACACUGUGAGGUGUACGGCACGCCACCAUUCCAGGUAAACUGGUACAAAGACAAAAGGCCACUGAAGGAGAGCAGGAAAUAUAAGAUGGUCAUUGAAGCCAGCUCUGCCACUCUUCACAUAAUGAAGCUGGAGCUGGAUGACGCUGGUCUCUAUGAGUGCAGAGUGUCCAACAAUGUAGGAACUGGAUUCUGUCGCACCACCGUUAGCCUGAAAGAACAACCAGCGUUUGUGAAGAAACUGGUGGACCAAUCAGUCAAGGUUGGUCAGCAGCUGACUCUGACAGCGACAGUGAAAGGCUCCGAGCCUCUGACUGUGUGCUGGGUUCAGGACAAAGAUCACAUUCUCAGAGACGGUGAUAACAGGAAGAUCACCUUUGAGAAUAACGUGGUCACUCUUGUGGUGCCUAAAGUCGACUCGAUCACUACUGGUAAAUACACCUGCAAGCUGAGAGGAGACUCUGGAGUUGUUGAGUCUGUCUCCCAAGUGACCGUUCUAGAGCCCGCCGCUAUCGUGGAUAGCCCAGAGUCAUUGAACGUGAAGUCAGGAGAAAAUACCUCUCUUGAAGUCACAGUUUCUGGCUCACCAGAACUGAAGGUUCAGUGGUUCAAGGAUAACAAAGAACUCUCUGCUGGUGCCAAGUAUCAGAUGUCCUUCACAAAGAAGGUUGCAGUCCUGAAGCUUCGCUCUGCAGAUAAAGCAGAUGCCGGAGAAUACAAGUUAGAGGUCACAAACCAUGUUGGUACGGCCUCUUGCAAAACUAAGCUCUCUGUUUCAGAUAAGUUGAUUCCUCCAAGCUUCAUAAGGAAGCUGAGAGACACCCACCUUGUUGUUGGUAAGCCUGGUGAGAUGGAGUGUAAGGUCGCUGGCUCCGCUCCCCUAACAACAUCCUGGUUCCACAACGGCCAAGAGAUCAAGAGUGGACCAAACUAUGACAUUAGCUGCACUGAUAAUAACUGCAAACUGAGAGUCCCAACAAUCAAGAUGUCAGAUUCUGGCAAAUACACAUGUAAAGCUGUAAACUCUGCUGGAACCAGCGAGACCAGCGCUCCCAUGAAUGUGACAGAACCUCCUUAUUUCGUGGAAUCACCCGAAGCGAAGGAAACACUACCCGGCAAAAAUGUGUCUUUCUCAGCUAAAGUGAACGGCAGUGCUCCACUGAAGGUCAAAUGGUUCAGGGGAGCUAAAGAAAUGCAGCAUGGUCGGGGCUGUGAGAUCAGCCUGAAGAACGAAGUCGCUACUUUGGUGCUUCACAAAGUUGAGAAAUCCCACGCAGGAGAGUACACCUGCCAAAUCAUUAAUGAGGCAGGGAAGGAAAGCUGCACGGUUAAUCUGUUCGUUAAAGAACCAGUCCACUUCGUGAAGAAGCUGAAGGACGUAUCCGCCGAAAAGGGAAAACCCUUGAGGCUUGAGGUCACAUUUGCUGGAACUCCGAGGGUAAAUGUGACCUGGAAGAAGGAUGGUAAACCCGUCUGGGCCUCAUAUCAGUACAAUGUGAUCACGACAGACACCUCCUGCAUUCUGGAGGUUCUUAGCGCUGACAGGACGGAGGCUGCCGGUAGAUACUUUUGCGAAGUAGACAACGGAGUCGGAAGUGACAAAUGUGAAGCUCAAGUGUCAAUAUUAGAGCGACCAUACUUUGUCGAAAAGAUGGAGCCAGCAGCACUAACCGUGGGUGAUGCGGUCACCCUGAAAUGCCGUAUUGCAGGGACCCCUGACAUCUCUGUAGCUUGGUUCAAAGGUGAUGGAAAGCUGCGCAAGUCGAACGUUUGCUCAAUGGAUUUCACGAACGGUGUUGCAACUCUAAAACUGAUCAAAACAACCAAAUUUGAUCACGGCGAGUACACCUGCCAGGCAGAGAACCGGGUCGGCUCAGCCUCUGCCAGGUGUAACAUAAUGGUGAAAGAACCUGUGCGCUUUACCGCCAAGCUGGAGGACACUACUUUCAUAGUCGGUCAGCCGCUGAAACUGGCCUGUGCUUACAUUGGAAGCCAGAGGGUCAACGUCACAUGGAAAAAGGACGGCAAGCUGAUUUGGGCGUCUUAUCAGUACAAUGUUAGAACCACUGAUUCUAUCUGCGUUCUGGAAGUCCUUAACAGCGACAGGCCAGAGGCAGCUGGAAAGUACACUUGUGAAAUUUCGAAUGGGGUGGGAACUGACGUCUGCCACGCUCGAGUGAGCCUAGAGCCCGCUCGCUUCGUCCAAAAGCUGGAAGACACGUAUUUCAGACUCCGUGAAAGGCUGACCUUAAAAUGCAUGUACACUGGAAGUCAGAGAAUCAACAUAACCUGGAAGAAAGACGGCAAACUAAUCUGGGCAUCGUACAAGUACAACGUGAAGACCACCAAAGACACCUGUUUCCUGGAAGUGCUCAACAGCGACAGAGAAGAGGCUGUUGGGAAAUACACAUGUGAAAUUUCUAACGCCGAAGGAAGGGAUGUGUGCCAUGCUAAUGUCAAACUAGAACCGGUUCGAUUUGUGAGAAAACUGAGAAACACCUUUUAUAAAAUCGGCCACCCUCUGACGCUGGAGUGCACGUUUACCGGCAGCCAGAGGAUCUACGUCAGCUGGAUGAAGGACGGCAAACCCAUCUGGGCUUCGUACAAAUACAACAUUAAAACCUCCAACUUCUCCAGCACCCUGGAAGUUCUCAACAGCGACAGUGGGGAAGCUGUCGGGAAAUACUCGUGCGAAAUAUCCAAUUCAGAGGGCACUGAUAUCUGCCAUGCUAUGGUUAAGAUAGAACCUGUGCGCUUUAUCAAAGAGCUGGAAGACACCACUUUCAGACUGGGCCAGCCGCUGACACUGUACUGCGGGUUCAGUGCCAGCCCGAGGGUCUAUGUGAGCUGGACAAAGGACGGCAAACCAAUCUGGGCUUCCUACAAAUACAAUGUGAAGACUACAGAUAACUCUUGUGUCUUGGAGGUCCUAAACAGUGACCGUCUUGAAGCAGCGGGCAGAUACUCCUGUGAGAUCUCAAACUCUGAGAACUCUGCUAUCUGCCACGCUCAGGUCAAGCUAGCACCUGUGCGCUUUGUGAAAAAGCUGGAGGACAUGACCUUUAGGGUUGGACAGCCUCUGAAGCUCCAGGUCAUGUACACGGGCAGCCAGCACGUGCACGUGACCUGGACUAAAGAUGGCAAGCCCAUUUGGGCUUCGUAUAAGUACAACAUCAAGACCACGAACGACUCCUGUCUGUUGGAGGUUCUCAAUAGCGACAGAGAAGAGGCUGCUGGGAAAUAUUCCUGUGAAAUAUCCAAUGCUACUAGCUCAGCUAGCUGUCAUGCUCAUGUCAGACUAGAACCUGUGCGCUUUGUGAAAAAGCUCGAAGACACACCUUACCGUCUGGGCGAUCCAUUGCGUCUGUCUUGCACUUACGCUGGAAGCCACCAAGUGCACGUCAGCUGGACAAAGGACGGCAAACCAAUCUGGGCUUCGUACAAAUACAACAUCAAGACCACCAAUUGCUUGUGCGUUCUGGAAGUCCUCAAUAGUGACAGAGAAGAAGCUGCCGGAGUCUAUUCUUGUCAAGUUUCAAACGCAGAAGGUUCUGCCGCCUGUGACGCUUACGUUGUUUGUAAAACCUCUAAGAAAGAGCCUGCACACUUCAUCAGAAAGCUGGAAAACACCACAUUCAGAGUCGGCCAGCCGCUGACACUUAGGGUUGCAUUCACGGGUAGCCAACGAGUGAGUGUGAGCUGGAGGAAGGAUGGCAGUCCGAUCUGGGCCUCUUAUCAGUACAAUGUCAAGACCACAGACUGUAGCUGUGUGUUGGACGUCCUCAACAGUGACAGAGAAGACGCUCAGGGAAGAUACACUUGCGAAAUUUCCAACGCAGAUGGAUCUGACAUCUGCCAUGCUUAUGUCAAACUAGAACCUGUGCGAUUUGUCAAGAAGCUGGCGGACAUGUGCCAUGAACAGGGUAAACCCUUGAGGCUGGAGUGCACUUACAGCGGCAGUCAGAGGGUCAACGUGACAUGGAAGAAGGACGACAAGCUGAUCUGGGCUUCUUACCAGUACAACGUCAAAACCACCGACUCCUCGUGUGUUCUGGAGGUUCUCUACAGCGACAGAGCCACAGCAGCAGGAAAAUACACAUGCGAAAUUUCCAAUGCAGAAGGAUCGGACACCUGUCAUGCUCAUGUUAAAAUAGAGCGCAAAGUGCCUCCAAACUUCACCAGGAAGCCCUCUGAGUCUAUGGUGGAUUCUGUGGGUAAGACGGUGAAGAUAGAGGGCCGGGUGUCAGGCUCUCAGCCUCUGACCGUCACCUGGUACAAGGACAACAGCGAAAUCUAUGGCUCUGACAAAUACGAUGUCAGCUUCCACAACAACAUGGCUGUGCUGUGUGUCAGAGACUCGUCCACCUAUGACAGCGGAGAGUACACAUGCACAGCCUCAAAUGAAGCUGGAGAAGCUUCAUGUCGGGUUUCUCUCUCCAUCUCAGAAAGCGGCCAGGUUCCAAAGUUCGACAUCCCUCUGGAGCCGGUGACGGUGAACGAGGGCGAGAAGCUGAGCAUCAAAUGCCACGUGAUCGGCUCGGCUCCUCUGAACAUCCAGUGGAUGAAGGACAGGAGGGAGCUGACAUCCAGUGGAAACACCAGAAUCACAUUUGUUGGCGGGACCGCCUCUCUGGAGGUCAGCUCUGCUUCAAAGAGUGACGCCGGAGAUUAUCUGUGCAAGGCCAGCAACGCCAACGGCAGCAACUUCUGCAAGUCCAGGGUCACUGUGACAGAAAAAGGAGCCAAAGCAGCCCCAGCCGAGCCUGCCGCCCCAGCUGCCCCAGCUGCCGCCCCUGUCAAGAGACUUGACAACCUUUUCUUCAUCGAGGAACCUAAAAACAUCUCGGUCACAGAGAAGGGCACUGCAACUUUCAUCGCCAAGAUUGGCGGGGACCCGAUCCCCAGCGUGAAGUGGAUGAAGGGCAAAUGGAGGCAGAUCACUGCUGGUGGUCGUAUCUCUAUUGAGCACAAGGGCCAGGACGCCAAGAUGGAGAUCCGAGAGGCCACCAAGUCUGAUGCUGGUCUCUACAGGUGUGUGGCCACCAACAAACACGGAGAGAUCGAGUGCAGCGCUGAGAUGGCGGUCACCAAGAAGGAGGAGAUGGAAGGACUGGGAGACAUCAGGACGAGGCUGAAGAAGACACCCUCAAAGCAGAAGAGUCCAAAGAAAGAGGGAGACAUCGACAUUGUGGAGCUGCUCAGAGGUCACGACCCCAAAGAAUAUGAGAGGAUCCUGACCGAGCACGGCAUCCACGACUACCGCGCCAUCCUGCAGGCCAUCGAGUUCCUGAAGAGGGAGAAGGAGAUGGAGACUGGAAAAGUGGAAGUGGAGCAUGGCGGCCGGGUCGAUGAGGCGGACAUGGCUCGAUUCAUCACACAGCUGGAGGGACGUGUCGGCACCGAGCCCGUCUCCGUGCUCGAGGACAUCACGGACCAGACGACAGCUGAGAACCAGAGUGCCACCUUUGAGUGCCGGGUCCGGAUCAACUACCCGGAGAUCACACUCACCUGGUACAAGGGCACGCAGAAGCUGGACAGCAGCGAUAAGUACGACAUCAGCACCGAGGGUGACCGCCACUGCCUGAAGAUCAAGAACUGCAUGGUGAAAGAUCAGGGCAACUACCGCGUGGUGUGUGGACCGCACAUCUCCAACGCCAAGCUCACCGUCACAGCCCAACAAAUUCAGUUCACUAAAAGCAUCCGAAGUAUCUUGGUGGACGAACGCCCUGCUGCCACCUUCGAGUGCGAGUUGGCCUUCGACAACGCCAACGUGACUUGGUACAAAGACUCAUGGGAGCUCAAAGAGAGCACAAAAUAUAACUUCAGGACCGAGGGGCGCCGGCACUUUAUGACCAUCCGCAACGUAACUCCGAAGGACGAAGGCGUUUACUCGGUGAUUGCUCGUCUGGAAACGACCGGAGAAGCUCGAAGCACCGCUGAGCUUUACCUGUCGGGCAAAGAGAUUGGGUUAGGAAGGGUUCCUCAGGACGUCCCAGACUCAUCGGUUCACGUGUCACAAACGUCUUCCAUGGUGGUCCGAGGUGAGUCUGGGACGCUUUCAUCAAACAAACUUUCCCUCUUUAACACUUUUACACAGAAAUCACUCACUCUUAAAUGUUUCUCUACAAAAGAUUCUGCUGAGUUUUAUCAGUACGAAGAACGAACACAAGUCAAAGAAGAGAAAAAACCUGUGGAGGAAAUAAUUGAGAGGACUCAGUUGGAUAGCAGAGAAGGAACCCCUCAAGCUCCUGAGGGUUACAGGAGAGCAGAGGAGAAACUCUCUGAGCCUGCAGCGCUGUCUUCAGUCUCCUUCACAGUACCUGAGGCGAUGAAGCUGCAGCCUGAAGGGACCGUGUCGGCUCAGUCGUGGCAGGAGGAAACUCUGAGCGCAGCAGAACCUUCAGUUUACACCAAACCGCAGCCCAAACACGAGCUAGUGACUGUUCCCGGGAAGGUCACUCCUCCACCUGCUCCACCUGAGGAGCCUCAAAGGGUUCCUCCUGAGCCUAAAGCCCAAAAAACCCCUGAGCCAACCGCACCCAAAUUGAAGCCUCAAGAACCCAAAGUAGAACCUGUGAAGAGAACACCUGAAGCACCAAAGCCUAAAGCACCAGAAGUACGAAGAGCUGAUGAACCUGCAGUGAAGGUUUCUCCCUCAACACCGGAGCGUCUUCCAGCUAGAGUACAAGAUGUUCCCAGACCAGAGGAGCCUGUGGUUCAACAUUCUCCAUCAAAGGCUGAAGCUGCUCCAACUGCAGUUAUCACAGAACCAAAGACGCCUGAGCCAGAAGCACCAAAGUAUAUCUCUGAAACCAAAGCGGAAGAACCGCAGAAGGUUCAAGAAACACCUAAGGGGGUCCUGGAAGAACCGAAGAAGGUUUCUGAAGUCUCCAAGAGGGUUCCAGAAACGCCCAAAAAGGGUCCAGAAGAACAAAGGAAAGUACUCGAGGAACCAAAGAAGGUUCCUGAGGUACCAAAGAAGUUACCGGAAGAACCAAAGAAGGUAGUAGAAGAGAAAAGGAAGGUUCCAGAAACACCAAAAAAGGUUCCAGAAGACAAAAAGAUGGUACCACAAAAAACAAAACAAGUUGUGGAAGAAACAAAGAAGGUUACUGAAGCCCAAAAGAAGGUUCCAGUGGCACACAAAAUAGUUAUGGAUCUGCCACUAGAGCCAGAUUUGGAACCACCAAGACAAAUCCCUCCAGCUAAAAAGCCUCAGCAACAAGUGUCUCCUCCAGAGGAGAAGAAACCAUCUGCACCAGCACCAAAACCAAAACCUUCUCAUCCUCCUCCUCUUGCAGUAUCUCCCCUAGGGGAGAAGAAACCAUCUGUGCCAGUCCCCAAGCCUUCAGCUCCUCAUCCUGCAGAGAAAGUAGCUCCUUCUGCAGUGUCUCCUCCUGAGGAGAAGAAACCAUCUGCACCAGCACCAAAGCCUUCAGCCCCUUCAGCUCCUGCAGCCAAAGUUGCUCCUCCUGCAGUGUCUCCUCCAGAGGACAGGAAACCAUCUCCACCAACACCAAAGGUUCCUGUAGAAAAAGUGAUUUCUCCAGCAGAUCAAGUAUCACCAAUGGAGAAGAAACCAUCUCCCCCAGCCGUAAAGGCUGAGCGUUCUCCUGCAUCAGAGGAAAUCCCUCCCCCUGAAGACAAGGGACCAGUUUCAGCGCCUGGGCCAACUAAAGUGCCAGCUCUUAAGCAAAAGGGUAAGAUUCCGGUUCAAGAGACCAAAACACCUGAAUCACCGAAGAAGAGUAAGCUCACCAGAAUACCCAAAGAGAAGGAACCAGAACCAGAGGUCAUUACGCUGAAGAAGGUUCCAGUGAAAUCUCCAGAGCCUGAGAAGCAAGUCAUAACUCAUAAAGCAGAAGUGACCAGGCAUCAGGACCAGGAAUUGAUAGUUCAUGGGCUUCACGACAGAGAAGAUCGAGAGAUCUUUACACUCGGAAGAACUGAACGAGUCUUCACCGCAGAGGAAGAGACGGUUCAGUUUGACUAUUUUGAGGAGGUUGAAAGAGAUGAAGUUGUGUUGAAAACAGAGAAAGAAGGAUGGACAAGAACUCCAAAACCACAGAAGGAGGAAGAACCCGAGGUGCCAAAGGUCGAGAAGAAGAAAAUAACCAAACUGCCAAAGACAGAUGGGAAGAAAGAGUCAGUCAAACUGAAACCAUCUGAAAAAUCUGGAAAACCAGAAGAAGAACCACAAGGGAUCAAACUAAAAAAGGUGCCGACCAAACCCAAAGAGCCUGAGAAGGAAGUCAUUACUCACAAGGUUGAAGUGGUGAGGCAUUUCGAUACCGAACUGACUGUUCAGAAGCUCCGGGACAGAGAAGAUCGAGAGGUCCUCACACUCGGGAGAACUGAACGAGUCUUCACUGCAGCUGAAGAGAUGUCUGAAAUGAAGCGUCUGGAGGAACCUGAACAACUGGAGCCAGAAGAAGAAAAAUCCAGAUGGAUACGAAUCCCUAAAUUCCCAAAAGAUGAAGAGGAGCUAGAUUUAACUAAAAAGAAAAUAAAGAAGUUGCCAAAGAAAGAUGAGGACCAAGAAGAAGUGACACUGAAACCAUUUGAAAAACCUCAGAAACCAGAAGCAGCUGAAGCUCCAAAAGCUAAGAACAAAGGUGAAGCAAAGGCAGAUACUGAACGCACUCCAUUCAAGAGAGCUGAGACACCACAAAGAGAUCAACCCUCUGCUGCUGUUAGACACAAGAAAGAUGAAGACACUCCCACGAGGAGUCCAAAAGGAACUCCUGAAGUCAGUGAAGACCAGAAGGAGACCCCGCAGGUGAAAAAGGCUGAUAAAGUCCACAAUGAGGAACCAGCAGCCACCGACAAGCUCCGGGGAAAACCUAAAACCAUUACCAAACAAGUCAAAGAGAAAGAGCAGGUUGUGUUGAAGCCUUUCACACACGACACCAAACCUGAAGAAAAGCAGGAAACAGAAUCUGAAGAAGGGGAGAAGAAGCCUGCAGACACCAAGGUCCCCAGCCAAACUCCACAAGAUGACAUUCCUAAAGACGUGAAAGAACAGCAGCUCAGGAAAGUUGAUAAGACCGUAACUCCUACAAUAGAGGACGAGAAACCUCAGGAGAGAGAGAAACCGGCUGUUUCACAAAAGAAGGCAAGUCCACCAGAACAGAAACAAGCAGAGAAAGAGAUCCCAUCAAAACCAACAGACAUCUUAAAGAAAGGUAUCCAACUGAAAAAGACUCCUUCUCCCAGAGUCGUUAGAGACAAAGUGGAAGAAGAAAAGCCUCUAAAGCCUAUCGAACAACUGAAAAAGGUCGAGCUUAAAAAGAUGCCUUCGCCAAAACCCAAAGAAAAAGAACCGGAGCAGGUCCCCAUAGAGCCGAAGCCAAGUGCUGAAAAAGUCAAACGGAUUCCUAAAACAGUUUCCCCAAAAGACUCAGUCGAAGCUGUGACGCUCAAAAAGGUCCCAAAGAAGCCGACCCCAGAGGAGGCAUCAGAACCAGACAGGCCUGGUAAAGGACGGGUCCCAAUGGUGAAGGAGGUCUCUCCUGGAGCCGUGCAGAUGAAGAAGGUUCCCACCCAGCCUGAAGAGGAGGUGUUUGAAGAGGAAGAGGAGGCGAAGGAAGAAGAGGAAGCCUGGGGAUGGGAGCUGGUUCCCUCAGAUGACUGGGAAGUUGAAGGGGUGGAUGGGGCUCGGGAGACUCCGGUGGUCCCGGGUGGAAAAAGAGAUGGAAAACCAUCAGAGGAGGCACCAAAAGGCAGAGGCCGAGGAUUUGGGGCGAGACAGACCCCGUCUCCUGGUGAUGGUGGGCGGGGCCGAGGCCUGAAGCCUGGUGGAAAAGGUCCGUCACCACCAGAGGAACCCUUCGGAGGGUUCAAGCUCAAAGCCGUCCCUCUGAAGUUCAUCAAGAAGAUUCAGGACAUCGUGCUGCAGGAGGCCGAGUCUAUUGGCUCGUCUGCUGUCUUCGAGUGUGAGGUCUCGCCCUCCACUGCCAUUGCCUCCUGGAUGAAAGAUGGCAGCAAUCUCCGCGAGGGUCCCAAGCACAAGUUUUCUGCUGACGGCAAAGAUCGCAAGUUGGCCAUUAUUGACGUUCAGCUGUCAGACAUGGGUGAAUACACCUGUGUGGCCAAGAACGCCGGCAAGGAAAUAACGUGCACCGCCAAGCUCAUCGUUGAAGAGCUGCCCAUUAAAUGGCUGAAAGAACUGGAACCAGAGACGACGUGUAUAAAGAGUCAGGUCAUGUAUCUGACCUGUGAGUUGAACAAAGAGAGGGACGUGAUCUGGAAGCGUAACGGCGCUGUCCUUAAGAAAAAGGCUGGAAAAGUGGCCAUUAAUAUCAUUGGUUUGCAGCACGCCGUGACCAUCCAGAAUGCCACUGAUGAGGACGCCGGCGCCUACACAUGUGAGGUUGAAGGACAGGAGGACGUCAAGACGACCACCCAGGUUAAAGUAAUCGAAAUCAUCAAAGACUGGCUGGUGAAGCCUCUGAGAGACCAGCACGUCAAACCCAAGGCCAAGGCCGAGUUCAAAUGUGAGCUGUUCAAGGACACUCCCAAUUGGAAGUGGUUCAAAGGUGAGAACGAGCUCACGCCUUCUGACAAAGUGGAGAUCAACAAAGAUGGAAAGGACAUGACGCUCACUAUCAAAAACUGCCAGCCAGACGACGUCUCAGACUACACCAUCGAGGUGGAGGAUCGCAGAUACACAGCCAAACUCACUCUUGGAGAGCGCGAGGCUGAGAUCCUGAAGCCUCUGUCCAGCGUGGAGGUGGUGGAGAAGGAGGAGGCCAAGUUUGACACUGAAAUAUCUGAGGAUGAUGUGGUUGGAGAAUGGAAACUGAGAGGCAAUGUGCUGAUGAGAUCUCCGACCUGUGACAUUAAAUCUGAAGGAAAGAAGCGUUUCCUCACGCUAAAAAACGUGCAGCUGGAUCAGGCUGGUGAAGUGUCGUAUCAAGCUCUUAACGCUGUCACGAGCGCCAUGCUCACUGUCAAAGAGAUCGAGAUGAGCUUUGUUGACUCGCUGAAGGACGUUUCUGUGCCUGAAAAGAAACAGGCUAAGUUUGAAUGCACCAUCACCAAGGAGGUGUCAAAGGUCAUGUGGUUCAGGGGGGCGGAGAUCGUCACCCCGUGCCCUAAAUAUGAAAUAAUUGAUGAUGGACGGAAACACAUGCUGAUCAUAAACAGCUGUGAGUUUGAUGAUGAGGCUCAGUACACCAUCGAGGUGUUGGGUCAGAAAUCCAGCGCUCAGCUGGCCGUUGAAGGCAUGAGGCUGAGAUAUGUGCAGCAGCUUCAGGACCAAACGGUGAAAGAAGGUAUAACGGCUCGCUUUGAGCUCGAGCUGUCGCACGACAGCGUGCCUGUGGUUUGGUACCGAAAUGAAGUGAAACUCCACGUGAGCCGCACGGUGCUCAUACACGUGGAAGGAAAGAGACAUUUCCUCGAAAUGAGGAGUCUGUCUCUAGAUGAUACCUGCCAGGUUAAGGCAGAGGCCCAAGGAAUUUACUCCAUAGCAAAACUGACGGUGAUAGAGGGCGACGCCGUGUUCGUGGUAAAGCUACAGGACUACACGGCCACCGAGAAAGACGAGGUCAGUCUGGACUGUGAACUGAGCAAAGACGUCCCUGUCAUCUGGUACAAAGAGGAGAAGGAGAUCGUCUCCUCCAAGACGGUGGUGAUGAAGUCUGAGGGCACGCGGAGGUCUCUGGUCCUCAAGAAGGUGGAGCAGAGUGAUAAAGGAAAAUACGUAUGUGACUGUGGGACGGACAAGACGGCGGCCAACCUCAACAUCGAAGCUCGUGACAUCAAAGUGGUUCGUCCGAUUUACGGUGUGGAGCUGUUCGAUGGAGAGACGGCUCGCUUCGAGGUGGAGAUCUCAGAGGACGACAUUCAUGGCCAGUGGAAACUGAACGGAGAAGUCCUUAGCCCGUCCUCUGAUGUGGACAUCAUCGAGGAAGGAGGCAAACACACUCUGAUCUUGUACAACUGCAAAGUGCCGAUGACCGGAGAAGUGGCGUACGCCGCAGCCAACGCCAAAUGCUCUGCCAACCUGAAGGUCAAAGAGCUUCCUCUGAACUUCCUCAGCCCGCUGAGCGACGUUCAGGUGUACGAGAAGGACGAGGCCAGGUUCGAGAUCGAGGUGUCUAGAGCACCGAAAACUUUCCGCUGGCUGAAAGGUUCUCAGGAGCUGCAGGCGGACGAAAAGUACGAGAUGAUCCAGGAGGGAAACAUGUACGUUCUGCUGAUCAAGUCGGCUGCGUAUGACGACGAGGCCAAGUACAUGUUUGAGGCCGAGGACAAGAGGACGACCGGCAAACUCGUCAUACAAGGUAUCCGCCUGGAGUUUGCCAAGCCGAUUAAAGACGUGACGGUGAAGGAGCGUGAAACCGCAGAGUUCAGCGUUGAACUCUCUCAUGAAAAGAUCACCGUGGUCUGGUACAAGAACGAUGUCCGUCUGCUCCCCAGCAAGGUAGUGCACAUGUCGGACCAGGGAAAGAUCCACACGCUGGCCUUCAAGGAGGUCACCAUCGACGACACGUCCAUGAUCAAAGUGGAGGCCAUGGACAAGACCAUGACCGCUAUGCUCACUGUGAUUGAGGGCGACCUCUACUUCACCACCAAGCUUCAGAACUACACCGCCGUGGAGAAGGACGAGGUGAAACUGGUCUGUGAACUCAGCAAAGCCGUCACUGACGUCAAAUGGUUCAAAGACGGGAAGGAGAUCACUCCCUCCAAGAACAUUGCCAUCAGCACCGACGGCAAGAAGCGCAUGCUGAUGGUCAGGAAGGCAGAGAAGGCCAACAUCGGAGAGUACACCUGUGACUGCGGCUCCGACAAAACCACAGCCAAUCUCAACAUUGAAGAGCGCGACAUCAAGGUUGUUCGCCCACUGUACAGUGUGGAGGUGACGGAGAUGGAGACAGCCAAGUUUGAGACGGAGAUCUCAGAAGAGGACGUUCACGGAAACUGGAAACUGAAGGGAGAAGCUCUACAUCAGUCUCCUGAUGUGGAGAUUAAAGAGGAAGGAACCAAACACAUGCUGAUCCUCUAUAACGUCCGUAAGGACAUGGCCGGAGGUGUCGACUUCACAGCAGCCAACGCCAAAUCCAACGCUCAGCUCCGAGUGAAAGCGCGCUCCAUCGGGCUGCUGCUUCCUCUGAAGGAUGUGACGGUGACCGCAGGAGAGACCGCCACCUUCGAGUGCGAGCUGUCCUACGAGGGCAUCGCAGUGGAGUGGUUCCUGGGAGGACAGAAGAUGGAUGCCAGCGAGCGGGUGAAGACUCGUGUCACAGGUGGUGUUCACGCUCUGACCAUCAGAGACGUGAAGCUGUCCGAGGCCGGCGAGGUCAAACUCACCGCCAAAGACUUCCAGACACUGGCCCAGCUCAUCGUCAGAGAGCCACCCGUGGAGUUCACGAAGCCUCUGGAGGACCAAACGGUGGAGGAGGAGGCCAAUGCCACGCUGGAGUGUGAAGUUUCCAGAGAGAACGCGGAGGUACAAUGGUUCAGAGAGGGACAGGAGAUCAGGAAGACCAAAAAGUACGACCUGCUCGCCGACGGGCGCAAGAGGACACUGAUUAUCCACGACUGCUCUCCAGACGACGCAAAGAUGUACACGUGCGCCGCCAAAGAGUUCAAGACUUCCUGUUUCCUGGAGGUCACACCUCCUCACGUGGAGUUCGCGAAGCCUCUGCAGGACGUGGAGGUCAAAGAGAAAGAAUCUGCCAAGUUUGAAUGUGAAGUGUCGCGCGAGUCGGCCAAGGUUCGUUGGUUCAAAGAUGGCAGCGAAAUCAGGAAAGGAAAGAAGUACGAGAUCAUUGCUAAGGGCGUCCAGAGGAUCCUCAUCGUUCACAAGUCGGUGUUUGAUGAUGAAGCCGAGUAUGAAUGUGACGCCAGGACUUCAAAGAGUUCCGGCAUGCUCACUGUCAUCGAGGAAGCAGCCAGGUUCACUAAGAACCUGUCCAACGUGGAGGGCACAGAGACGGACAGCGUGAAGAUGAUCUGCGAGGUGUCCAAGGCCAGCGCAGAGGUCACAUGGUACAUAGGAGAGGAGGAGCUGCCGGAAGGCGGCCGCUACGAGCAGGUCAUGGAUGGACGCAAGAGGAUCCUGAUCAUCCAGGACCUGAGGAUGGAGGACGCCGGAGAGUACAACUGCAGGCUGAGUCCCACCACCAAGACGUCGGCCAUGUUGAAACUCAACGAGCUGGCAGCUGAGUUCAUCGCUCGUCCUCAGAACCAGGAGGUGGUUGAGGGCGACAAGGCCGAGUUCGCCUGCUCUGUCUCUAAGGAGACCUAUGAGGUGAAAUGGUUCAGAGGUGACAAGGAAGUGGAGGCUGGAGACAAAUAUACUGUCAUCAGCGAGGGGAAGAGAAGAGCUCUUAUUGUGAAAAACUGCGAGCUGAAGGAUGAGGGAGGCUACGUUGCCCACAUUGGCACCGUUAAAGCCUCUGCUGAUCUGUUUGUGAUCGAAAAACUGAGGAUCAUCACGCCAAUAAGGGACACGGAGGUGAAGGAGGGAAGUGAGAUGGUGUUCAAUUGCGAGACGAACACAGAGGGAGCGAAAGCCAAGUGGCUGAAGAACGAGGAGACCAUAUUCGAGAGCAGCAAGUACAUGAUGGCUCAGAGGGACAACGUGUUCUCUCUGAGGAUCAAAGACGCCAAUAAGGCCGACGAGGCCAGCUACACCAUCAGCCUGACCAAUCAGAGAGGAGAGGCAGCCAAAUGCACUGCCAGCGCGAGAGUGGCAGAGGAGAAGCUGAAGUUCCUGGACCCCAUCGAGGACAUUGAGACUCAGGAGAAGAAGACCGUCGGCUUCGUCUGCAAGGUGAACCGUCCAGAAGUGACGGUGAGGUGGAUGAAGGCCGGCCAGGAGCUGACACUCAGCAAACGCAUCGUCUACAGAGCUGACGGCCUCAAACACACGCUGACCAUCAAGGACUGCGUGAUGGACGAUGAGGGCGAGUAUACUGCUGUGGUGGGAGACGAUAAGUGCUCUGCUGAGCUGAUCAUCAGCGAGGCGCCUACAGACUUCACAGCACAGCUCAAGGACCAGACCAUCACUGAGUUUGAGGACGCAGAGUUCACCUGCAAGCUGAGCAAAGAGAAGGCUGCAGUGAAGUGGUACAGAAACGGACGAGAGAUCAGAGAAGGACCCAGAUAUCACAUGGAAAAAGAAGGCAAGACAUGCCGACUGAUCAUCAAGGUCUGCAGACCUGAUGAUGAGUGUGAAUAUGCAUGUGGUGUGGACGAGAGGAGGACCAGAGCCAGGCUCUUUGUUGAAGAGACCCCGGUGGAGAUUGUCAGACCUCCUCAGGACGUGUAUGAACCUCCUGGUUCUGACAUUGUGUUCGAGGUGGAGCUUAACAAGGACAGAGUGGAGGUGAAAUGGAUGAGGAACAACAUGAUCAUCGUCCAGGGAGACAAAUACCAGAUGAUCAGCGAGGACAAAGUCCACAGGCUGCAGGUCUGUGAGAUCAGACCCAGAGAUCAGGGAGAGUACAGGAUCGUGGCCAAAGACAAAGAUGCCAGAGCCAAGCUGGAGCUCGCAGCUGUACCAAAGAUCAAAACCACAGACCAGAACCUGGUCACAGACGCUGGUAAGCCCUUCGUCAUGAGCGUUCCCUAUGACGCCUACCCUCGCGCUGAUGCCGAGUGGUUCUUUGAGGGCUCCAGUCUGCCUGUCCAGGACAUCGACACCUCCAUAGAUAGGACUGAGUUCAGACUUAAGAGCCCCAGCAAGGAGAACCAGGGCCGCUACAGAGUGGUGAUCAAGAACAAGCAUGGGCAGGGAGAGGCCUUCAUCAACCUGGACGUGAUUGAUGUUCCCGGACCCAUCAAGAACCUGAGAGUAGUGGACACUGCUGAUGGUGAGGUCAGUCUGGCAUGGGAGGAGCCUGAGAGCGAUGGAGGAAGCAAGAUCAUGGCAUAUGUGGUCGAGAGACGUGAUGUAAAGCGUAAGACUUGGACCCUGGCUACAGACCGUGCUGAUACUCCGGAGUACUGUGUUAGCGGCCUCCAGAAGGACUCCAUGUACCUCUUCAGAGUCUGCGCAAGAAACCGAGUCGGCAGUGGACCCAUUGUGGCCACUGAGGAUGCCGUCCAGGCCAAGAACAAGUUUGAUGUUCCAGACGCUCCUGAGAAUGUUGAAGUUAGCGUGGUGAACAGGUUUGGUGCAACCGUUAACUGGGAGCCUCCUAAGUUUGACGGUGGUUCUGAAAUCACGGCCUACGUGAUUGAGCUCCGUGACAGGACCUCUGUGAAGUGGGAGGCAGCCAUGUUUUGCGGUGCCAAUGACCGCUCGGCUACACUGAACGAUGUGGUGGAGAACAAGGAGUACAUCUUCAGAGUCCGAGCCGAGAACAAGGCUGGCAUCGGCAGGCCCAGCGCUGCAACCAAACCUGUCAAAAUCAUGGAUCCCAUUGAGAGGCCAAGCCCACCUCUGAACCUGAACUUCAGCGACCAAAUCAAGACUGCUGUCACGCUGACCUGGGAGACGCCAACCAGCAACGGCGGCAGCAUGAUCACCGGCUACAUCAUCCAGAAGUGUGACGACGGCACCGACAAGUGGCUUCGCUGCAACGCCAGACUUUGUCCAGACCUCUCCUACCGGGUGUCAGGUCUGAAACCAGGUCAAAAGUACCUCUACAGAGUCUGCGCUGAAAACGCCGCCGGUGUCUCCGAUCCUACAGAGCAACUAGGCCCCCUGCUCGCAGAUGACCCUCAUGUGGGUCCAACGUUGGACCUCAGUGCCUUCAGGAAUGGUCUGGAGGUGAUCGUUCCUCAGCCUCUCACCAUCAGAGUUCCCAUCACCGGAUACCCAACCCCCAAGGCUAAGUGGACCUUUGGAGAGAAGGAGUUGACCACUGCUGAUGAGCGUGUCUCCAUGGUGACAAAGCCCACAUACACAGAGUUGACCGUCUCGCCAAGUGUCCGUCCAGACAAAGGCACCUACUCCCUGAUUCUGGAGAACGACGUCAUGUUGGUCUCUGGAGAAAUCGAAGUUAAUGUCAUCGCAUGCCCCAGUGCUCCCAAGGACUUCAAAGUGGCUGAGGUGACCAGACGUCAUGUCCACAUGAUGUGGGAGGUCCCCGAGCACGAUGGAGGAAGUCCAGUCACCCACUACCAGAUAGAGAAGAGAGAGGUGUCCCGUAAGACCUGGGCCAAGGUGGCAACUGGUGUUCUGGACCUGGAGCACACAGUUACAGAUGUGAUUGAAGGAAAGGAGUAUCUGUUCAGUGUCACGGCCUGCAACAAGUGUGGACCAGGAGAGCCGGCGUACAUUGAUGAGCCCAUCAACGUGUCCUCUCCUGCCACUGUUCCUGAUCCUCCUGAGAACCUGAAAUGGCGAGAUAAGAGUGGCAAGACCAUCUUCCUGUCUUGGGAGCCUCCCAAGUACGAUGGUGGAGCCCCACUCAAAGGUUACGUGGUGGACAAAUGUCAGCGUGGCACAGACAAGUGGGAACCCUGUGGUGACCCCAUCCCUGAACUGAAGUUCCAGGUACAGGGCCUGAUCGAGGGCCAGUGGUAUGCAUACAGAGUCCGAGCUUUCAACAAGCUGGGAGCCGGCCGACCCUGCAGGGCUACUGAUGAGAUCCAGGCUGUGGACGCCAGAGAGCCUCCAGAGAUCCAGCUGGAUGUGAAGCUGCUGGCAGGUCUGACCGCCAGGGCUGGAACCAAGAUUGAGCUUCCAGCUGAUGUCAUUGGAAAGCCUGACCCCAGGGUGAAGUGGACCAAGGCCGACCAGGUCCUGCGUGCCGAUGACCGCAUCACCAUCGACACCCAGCCUGGACACUCCAAGCUGUCCAUUGGAAACACCACCAGAGGAGACACCGCCACCUACAUUAUCGAGGCAGUCAAUGCCUGUGGGCGCGCUACUGCAACUAUCGAUGUCAACAUUCUAGACAAGCCCAGCCCUCCAGCUGCCUUCGAUAUCUCUGAGAUCACCAACGAGUCCUGUUUCCUGGCGUGGAACCCUCCCAGGGACGAUGGUGGCUCGCCAAUCACCAACUACAUCGUAGAGAGUCGACAGACAGACAAAGAGGAGUGGGUGAAGCUAUCAGCCACUGUGAAACACACCACCUUCAAGGCCUGCAAGCUCACAGCAUUGAAGGAGUACAUCUUCAGAAUCAGCGCUGAGAACCAAUACGGCAUUGGAGAGCCCGCCGAACAUGCACCAAUCAUUGCCAAAUAUUCCUUUGAUCCUCCUGGUCCUCCAACAAGAGUCACUCCCUCCGAAAUCGCCAAGGAUGCAGUGACUCUGACCUGGUUCGAGCCGGAUGAGGAUGGUGGUAGCCCCAUCACAGGAUACUGGGUCGAGAAGUUCGAUCCAGAGAGCGACAAGUGGAUCAGAUGCAACAAGCUGCCAAUCAAGGACACCACCUUCAGGGUGAAGGGACUCCCCACCAAGAAGAAGUACCGCUUCAGGGUUCUGGCUGAGAAUCUGGCUGGACCGGGAAAUCCCAGCGUAGAGACAGAUCCCGUCCUCAUCAAAGACCCGAUUGAUCCUCCAUGGGCUCCUGGCAAACCUUCCAUCAGGGAUGUGGGUAAGACCACCGCCCAGCUGGCAUGGACCAGGCCAGAGCACGAUGGUGGUGCAAAGAUCGAAGGCUACAUCAUCGAGUUCCAGAAGACAGGCAGCGAGGAGUGGAUACGCAUCGCAGAGGAUGUUCCACAGACUGAGCACCAUCUGACGGGCCUGAUGGAGAAGCAGGAGUACUCGUUCAGGGUCAAGGCUGUCAACAAGGCCGGAGAGAGCGAACCCAGCGAGCCCAGUGAGCCUGUGGUCUGCAAGGAGAGGCUCUAUCCUCCGUCCGCUCCUCAGUGGCUGGAGGUGGCCAACAUCACCAAGAUCAACGCCGACCUGAAGUGGCAGGCUCCGAGCAGUGAUGGAGGCUCGCCCAUCACUAACUACGUGGUGGAGAAGAGGGAUGUGAGGAGGAAGGCCUGGCAGGGUGUGGACACCACGGUCAAGGAGCUGAAGUACACGGUGACUCCUCUUAACGAGGGAUCUCUUUAUGUGUUCCGCGUCGCCGCUGAAAACGCAGUGGGCAUGAGUGAAUUCUGUGAGCUGGAGGACGCCGUGCUCGCCAAAGACACUUUCACAACUCCUGGGCCUCCCUAUGCCUUGACUGUGGUGGAGGUCACCAAGAGACACGUGGAACUGAAAUGGGAAGCUCCUAAGAGUAAUGGUGGAAGACCUAUAACCAAGUAUGUGAUUGAGAAGAAAGAGAAGCUGGGGACUCGCUGGCUGAAAUGCUGCAAAACUCCAGACAAACAGACCCAGUUCAAGGUGACAGAUGUGGAUGAAGGAUCUGAGAUUCAGUUCCAGGUCCGAGCUGAGAAUGAGGCUGGAGUUGGAGAUCCAAGUGAACCCACUAUGAUCCUCACCAUUGAGGAUGCGACCAGCGCUCCAUCUCCUCCUCUGGAAGUGGCCAUCCCUGAUGCCAGCAGAGAGCACAUCAAUGUCACCUGGAAGCCUCCUGCCAAAGAUGGCGGCUGCCCCAUCACCGGCUACCACGUUGAGGUGGCUGAAGCCCGUCCAGAGCUGAAGUGGCUCAGGGUUAACAGCAGACCUAUCAAGGAGCUUAAUUUCAGGAUCAGCGAUGGAAUCAAACCAGAGAAGAAGUACGUCAUCAGAGUCCGCGCCAUCAACACUGUAGGUGUUAGCGAUCCCUCUGAGAUCUCCGACAAGGUCUUCACCAAGGACCCUGACUGUGCGCCAACCAUGAACUUGGAGGCACAGGACGUGGUUGUGGUUGAAGGUGAAAAGCUGCACCUGAACAUCCCCUACAGGGCGAUCCCAACCCCUAAGAUGGUUUGGCAAAAGGACACAGUUGAGUGUAAGGCUGACGACCGGCUUUCUAUGACUGUGGAGAUGAACAGCGCUCACCUGGAGCUGCUUAAGUGCACACGUGCCGACGCCGGCGCCUAUGCCAUCACUCUGGAGAACAGUCUGGGAACCGCCACCGGGACUGUCAACGUCAAAGUCAUCGGGCUACCCGGUCAGUGUAAAGACAUCAUGUCCAGUGAGGUCACCAAGAACUCCUGCAAGAUCAGCUGGGAAGCCCCAGAGGAUGAUGGUGGAACCCCGAUUGUAAGCUACACACUGGAGCGCCGUGAAGCCUCCAAAAAGACCUAUAUACCCGUCAUGUCAGGAGAGAACGUCCUGACCUACACCGUCAAAGACCUCUAUGUCAACUGUGAGUACUACUUCAGAGUGAAGGCAGUGAACAAGGUCGGAGCCGGAGUGUAUAUGGAGCUACGCAACGCUGUCAUCACAGAGGAAGUCAAACAGAAACCAGACCCCCCAAUCCAGGUGGAGGCUCAAGACCCCUCAUCCAAGUCCAUCACAGUCACCUGGAAGGCUCCAGACUACGAUGGUGGAUGUCCCAUUCAGGGUUACAUCGUGGAGAAGAUGGAGAAAGACGGCGACCGCUACGAGAGGGUCACCCCGAGCCUGGUGCCUGGUUUCUCACACGUGGUGAGCGGCCUGACGGAGGACGUGGAGUACCAAUUCAGGGUCCGCGCUGAAAACGCGGCAGGAGUCAGCGAGCCAUCACGCAGCACGCAGAUGAUGAAGGCCGCAGAUCCUGUCGAAAAACCAAAGGUCACCCUCCACGCUCGUGUGCAGUCUGGUCUGUGCAUCAAGAAGGGCGAGGAGAUCCGCAUCGACGCCUACAUCUCGGGCUCGCCGUAUCCAAAAGUCACCUGGCUGAAGAACAACGAGGAUGUCACCAAAGAGCCCACCAAGAAAGUCGUCCCAGUAAUGAAGAAGAAGAAGACCAAGUCCAAGGUUCCUGAACCAGAGCCGGUGUACGUGACACCCCUUCAUGAGCGUCUGGGACUGGACCAAACCAAGAGAGGUCAGACGGUCCUGAUGAUCCGUGACGCCAUCAGAGUCGACCACGGAGAGUUCACCAUCCAGGUGGAGAAUACACACGGAGUCGCCACCGCCUCCUGCACCGUCAAUGUGCUCGACAAACCCGGCGCUCCGAUCAACUUCACCUUUGAUGAGGUCAGAAACACGUCUUGCAUCUGUAACUGGGAGCCUCCAGAGGACGACGGAGGCAGUGAGAUCCUGAACUACAUCCUGGAGAAGAAGGAUAACAAGAACAAGGAGGUUGACUGGAUCACCGUCACCGCCACCCUGAAGGGCACCAGCUGCCCCAUUACCAAACUCAUCGAGGGGAAGGAGUACAUCUUCAGGGUCACCGCUGAGAACAAGUACGGCGUCGGGCCACCGUGCAUCUCCGAGCCGCUCGUUGCCAAGAAUCAGUUCGAUCCUCCCGAUGCUCCCAACACUCCCAGAGUCCGUGAGGUGACGGCGAGCUCCGCCCACAUCUCUUGGCAAGAGCCGAAGGAUAACGGCAGCCCGAUCCUGGGCUACUGGAUCGAGAGGAAAGAAGUGAACAGCAAACACUGGACCAGAGUGAACCGCGCCCUCCUCAACUCUCUGGAGGUGAAGGUCAGCGGCCUGAUGGAGGGACUCACCUACAUUUUCAGAGUGUGUGCUGAGAACCUGGCCGGGCCCGGGCCCUUCAGCGAGCCCACAGAACGCAUCGUGGCCAUGGACGCCAUCUUGCCUCCUGGUCCCCCCACUCCAUGGAUUGUGGACACAGGGAAGGACUUUGUGAUCGUGGCCUGGAAGCCUCCACUGUACAACGGAGGAGGAGACAUCCUGGGAUACCAUGUCGAGAAGGUUCUGGCCGGGGAGAAGGAGUGGACUCGCAGCACAGAGUUCAGGUGUAAGGAGCUGACCUACACGGUGACCGGUCUCACAGAGGAAGCAGAUUACUACAUCCGUGUUGUAGCCGUUAACGACGCCGGACCUGGAGCUCCUGGAGUGACAGAACCUGUUACAGUCAAAGAACCGCAAGAAACUCCCGCUGUAGACUUUGAUGACUCAGUGAAAAAUGGAGUGAUGAUCAAGGCCGGGGAGUCUCUGAGGCUGCCCGCCAUCGUGACUGGACGUCCUCAGCCUGAGGUGAAGUGGUCCAAAGACGAAGCUGACAUCGAUGCUGAGCGAAUGCUUGUUGAGACGGUUGGAAAGAACAGUACUCUGUUCAUCAAGAAGGCGGUGAGGGCAGAUCACGGAAAGUACAAGAUCUCCGGCACCAACAGCAGCGGGACCAAGACGGCCGAGACCAGAGUUGACAUCAUGGACGUCCCCGGGCCGGUGGUUGACCUGAAGACCGUGACUGUGACGAAGAAGAACAUCAUCCUCACCUGGUCCGACCCCUUGGACAACGGCGGCAGUGACAUCUUUGGCUAUGAGGUGCUAAGGAAGGACGCCAAGAUGAAGCUUUUCCGCCAACCCAUCGAGACGGCAUCCUGUAAGUGCGACAUCCAGGGCCUGCUGGCCGGAGAGGAGUAUGACUUCAGGGUCAUCGCCAGGAACAAGUACGGCGACGGAGCUCCUGCCGACCUUGGGCCCAUUGUGGCUGAGGAUCCAAAAGGUACUCCAUCCGCCCCCGAGAAGCUGCACUACACCGACAGAAGCAAGACCACCAUCACGCUGGCGUGGCAGCCUCCACGCACUGAUGGAGGCAGCCCCAUCAUUGGUUACUAUGUGGAAAAGAUGAGGUCUGACGGCGCAGAGUUUGAAGUGGCUAACCGCAAGAUCUUCACUGAGUGCUGCGGGACCAUCGAGAAUCUGUCCGAGAACCAGGAGUACCAGUUCCGUGUCAAAGCCGUGAGCGAGGUUGGAGAUGGAGAUCCCUCCAGGCCAAUCAACGCCAAGAUCCAGGACGAUGAAAUCUCUCCAGUGAUCACCAUCUUGAAGUUCUUCAAGAACAACGCCAUCAAUGUGAAGAAAGGCACGGCCAUCGACAUCCCGGCUGAGGUGAAGGGUCUUCCUCUGCCCACGCUGCAGUGGAUGAAGGAUGACGUGUUGAUCGAGGAGCCUGACGUAGAGAAGAUGACCAUGGAGACUGAGGAGGUGAACCGGACGACUGUCAGGUCAAAGAUCGCCAUCCCAGUAACCAUCCGGAGGGACAAAGGCAACUACAAGCUGGUGGCUGAGAACUGUUUCGGAAAAGUUCAGCAUGUCAUCCCAGUAGAGAUCCUCGACCGUCCUCUACCUCCGAGAAACAUCGUGGUCUCAGACAUCAAAGCAGAGUCCUGCUACCUCACCUGGGACGCCCCAGAGGACAACGGAGGCAGCGAGAUCACCAACUACAUUGUGGAGCGCCGGGAUGCCAGCAAGAAGAAGUCCGACUUCGAGGUUCUGACCAUCAACCUGAUCGACAGGAGAUACGGGGUCUACAAACUGAACCUGAACGGUACCUACCAGUUCAGGAUCAAAGCUGAGAACAAGUACGGCGUUAGCGACGGCUGCGACUCAGAGAAAGUCCAGCUACGGGAUCCAUUUGGCCUCCCAGGACCUCCACGUAAUCCCAAAAUCAUCUCCGCCACAGCGACCACCAUGACCCUGACCUGGGAUCCUCCUCUGGACAAUGGUGGCUCCACUAUCCAGGGCUACUGGCUGGAGAAGAGGGAGCGUGGUGCUGUGUACUGGGGGCGGGUCAACCGUGCGCCUGUCACCAAACCAGCUGUGAAGGGUCUGCAGUACACUGUGCUGAAGCUCAUCGAAGGAACUGAGUACAUGUUCAGGAUUUCAGCCUGCAACGCUGCUGGAGUCGGACCGCCCAGCGAGGCCUCAGAGUGUCGCUUUGCUGCUGAUCCCUGCAACCCCCCCAGCCCGCCUGGAGCCCCGGAGGUAAAAGACAAGACCAAGAGCAGCAUCACGCUCGGCUGGAGCCCGCCAGACAGGGACGGCGGCAGUCCUGUCAAGGGUUACAUCAUCGAGGUCCACGAGGAGGGCUCUCCUGACUGGAGGAGGGUGAACCCUGCUGACAAGCUCCACCCGUCCACAGAAAUCACCGUCCCCGACCUGAAAGAGGGCAAGAAAUGCAAGUUUAGGAUCUAUGCCGUGAAUGCAGCCGGAAACUCAGAGCCUGCCAAGACAGGCGACAUCUUGGUCCAGGACAUCCUGAUCGAGCCGAUGGUGACUCUGGAUGUGAGCGCCCACGACCUGCUGAACUGCAGAGCUAGAACGACCAUCAGGAUCCCUGCCACCAUCACAGGACGACCCAUUCCCAAAGUCACCUGGACAUUCGACGGAACCGCUGAGACCGAGAAAAAGAACGAGCUGCACACACUGCCUGUUGACUCCGAGAUCCACUCCACUGACACCACAUCUGUGAUCGUGAUCCCAGAGAGUCAACUGAGCCACAGCGGUCGUUACAUCAUCAACGCUGAGAGUCCUGCUGGACACAAAGUGGUCAAAGUCAGAGUCAACGUGCUCGACCUGCCUGGACCUCCCAGAGACCUUAAGGUCAGCGACAUUACAAGGGGAACCUGCCGACUCACCUGGAAACCUCCUGAGUGUGACGGAGGAGAGAGAGUAAAGAGCUACUUCAUCGAGAGGAAGGCAGUGGAUGGCAAAGCCUGGACCAAGGUUAACCCCGCCUGUGCUGCCCAGUCCCUGGUGGUUCCAGACCUGAUCAACGGUCAGGAGUACCUGUUCCGCAUCAAAGCUGAGAACUGCUUUGGUUUCGGUCCGUUUGUGGAGACCCCUGAAGGAACCAGAGCCAGAGAUCCGAUCCAUCCUCCUGAUCCUCCAACAAGGCUGAAGAUCCAGAGCGUGAGGAAAGGCACCGUGACUCUGACAUGGAAGGCUCCAAAGAACGAUGGCGGUUCACCCGUCACCCACUACAGUGUCGACCUGCUCUGCUGGGAAGCAAGUAGUUCCCAGAAAGAGUCCUGGAGGAGGUGUAACAGGAGAGAUGUGGACACCACCAGGUUUAAGGUGGAGGACCUGACCGAGGGAGACGAGUGCGAGUUCAGAGUGGUGGCGCAUAACGCAGCUGGAGCCAGUCGACCUUCAUCCACAGUAGGACCCGUUGUGAUCCAGGACCAGACCUGCGCUCCUUCCAUUGAGCUGAAAGAAUUCAUGGAGGCGGAACAGGGCUCCGACAUCAGCAUCGUGGCCAAGAUCCGCGGCUGUCCAUUCCCCACACUCACCUGGCACAAGGCUCCGCCCCACAAGUCCGAUGCCAAGGUGGAGGUUCAAUACGACGAGCACAUCAACAAGAUCGUGUCAGACGACAGCUGCACAUUGCUCAUCCAGCAGGGCAAACGUCACGACACCGGCCUCUACACUCUGGUGGCGUCCAACAGCCUUGGCAAGGCCUCCAAGGAGAUGAGGCUCAAUGUGCUCGGCCGGCCGGGUCCUCCCUCCGCUCCGAUUAAGUUUGAAGAGAUUGGAGCUGAGAGGAUCACGCUGUCCUGGCUGCCACCAAAGGAUGACGGUGGAUCCAAAGUCACAAACUACGUCAUCUGGAGGCGUGUCGCCAACAGGAUGACCUGGGUCCCUGUUACCAAUGAACCAAAAGACCGUAUCUGGACGGUAGAGAACCUGAUGGCAGGGCAUGAGUAUGUGUUCAGGAUCAUGGCCCAGAACAAGUACGGAGUCGGAGAGCCACUGGACAGCGAGCCUGAGAUCGCCCGCAACCUCUUUACUGUCCCCGGUCAGUGUGAGAAGCCAACUGUCACCAACGUCAACAUGGACUCCAUGACAGUUAACUGGGAGGAGCCUGAGGACGAUGGUGGCACCCCAAUCACUGGCUACUGGCUGGAACGCAAAGAGACCACGGGAAAACGCUGGACUCGUGUCAGUCGUGACCCAAUCAGACCCAUGGGUAUGGGUGAGUCAUUUGUGGUUAGCGGACUUAUUGAGGGCUCACAGUACCUGUUCAGAGUCUCUGCCAUCAACGCUGCCGGAAUUGGACUCGCCAGCCCCCCCACUGACCCCUUCUUUGCCAGAGACCCCAUUUCCCCGCCCUCUCCUCCGACACCAAAGGUUUCUGAUUGGACAAAGUCCACAGUGGACCUGGAGUGGAUCCCUCCUUUGAAAGAUGGAGGCUCCAAGAUCAUCGGUUACUGGGUGGAGUACAAGGAGGAGGGUACUGAAGCCUGGGUCAAGGCCAAGGAGACCGAAACCCGAGGCACCCGAUUGGUGAUCACUGGUCUGAAGACCGGUGGAAAGUACAGGUUCAGGGUGAUUGCCUUCAAUGCUGCUGGUAACGGAGAGCCAGGAGAAGUCCCAGAGGUGCUUGAGGUCAACGACAGAUCCAUUGCUCCUGAGGUCGACCUGGACGCCUCAGUGAAGGAGAGAAUGGUGGUCCAUGCCGGUGGAGUGAUCCGUAUCAUCGCUUACGUUUCUGGCCAGCCAACCCCUGAGGUGACCUGGGGCAGAGACGGAGCUGCGCUGCCUCCUGAGGCCAAAGUGGAGACGACAGCCAUCAGUUCUUCUCUGGUUAUCAAACCCUGCAUCAGGAAGCACCUCGGCGUCUACACACUGACAGCCAAGAAUGCUGGAGGGGAGAAGUCCAAGACGAUCACCGUGGAAGUUCUGGACGUCCCUGGGCCCGUCGGCAUUCCUUUAGUUGCAGAGAACCUGAGCACCGACUCCUGCAAACUCAACUGGUUCUUCCCUGAGAAUGACGGUGGUUCUCCAAUCAGUAACUACAUCAUUGAGAAACGUGAAGCUGAGCGCAAAGCCUGGACCUCACUGUCCUUCACCGCCAGCAGACAGAACGCUAUUUGUCAUGGCCUCACCACUGGAAAGUCUUACUUCUUCAGGGUUGCUGCUGAGAACGCCAUUGGUGUUGGACCCUUCACCGCAACCGCAGCCGAGAUGAUCGUCAAGGAACCAAUGAGUGUACCUGACCGCCCUGAGGAACUGGAGGUCACCAAGGUCACCAAAGAUUUGAUCAGCGUCACAUGGAAGGCGCCCAAAAACGAUGGUGGUUCAGAGAUCACCAUGUACAUCCUGGAAGCUCGUAUGAUCGGCAAAGACAAGUACACACGACUGACAAAGGAGACGCUGAUGGACAGGAAGUUCACCUAUGAUGGCCUUAGGGAGGGGGACACCUACGAGUUCAGAGUCAUCGCCGUCAAUGAAGUUGGACCCAGCAAGCCAUCUUUCUGCACCAAACCAAUCACCUGCAAGGAUGAACUCGAGCCACCAACCAUUGAGCUGGAUUUCCGUGAUAAGAUCAUUGUCCGUGUGGGAGAGAGCUGCCUGCUGCAGGGCCGUUAUACCGGAAAACCUUCCCCAUCCAUAGCAUGGUACAGAGAUGAUGAGGAGCUGAAGGCCGACAAACAUAUCAUGUUCAAGAACACCCUGACCACCAUGUCGCUCGGCCUGAUGAAGGCACAGCGUGAGCACAGCGGCAGAUAUGUGGUGCAGGUAGAGAACAGUACUGGUUCCAGGAAGGGAGUCAGCAACAUCAUUGUUGUUGACCGUCCCACCCCUCCUGUUGGCCCUGUGAUGUUUGAAGAGGUGCAUAGGGAGUUCAUGGUCAUCUCCUGGAAACCUCCUCUUGACAGUGGUGGCGUUGAUGUCUCCAACUACAUCAUUGAGAAGAGAGACACCAACAGAGACAUCUGGACCACGGUGACAUCUGCCAACACCAAGACCACAUGCAAGAUCCCCAAGCUUACAGAGGGCAGGGAGUACAUCAUGAGGAUCUCUGCUGAGAACAUGUACGGCAUCAGCGACCCUCUGGAGUCCGAGGAGAUGAGAGCCAAAGAUCUCUUCAGAGUCCCUGAGGCCCCUGAGAUGCCAACAGUUCGGGAGGUGUAUGGCACCAACGCCCUGGUUCUUUGGACCCGACCUCGGGAUGGCGGAAAGCCCAUCACUAACUAUAUUCUUGAGAAGAAGGAGACAAAUGCCAAGAGGUGGUCCAGAGCCACCAGAGACCCGCUUUACCCUAGCACUCAGUACAGGGUCCAGGACCUGGUGGAGGGCUGUGAGUACGAGUUCAGGGUGAUGGCUGAGAACGAACUGGGAACCGGAGAUCCUAGUGCCCCGUCCCAACCCAUCCUUGCCAAGGAUCCCAUUGUGCGUCCAAGCCCACCAGUGACCCCUGAGGCCUACGAUAAGACCAAGGACUCUGUCAGCCUGAGGUGGAAGAUGCCACGCCAUGAUGGAAAGGGCAGAAUCUUUGGAUACAUUGUGGAGUACCAGAAGCCCGGUGCUGUUGAGUGGAUUCAGGCCAAUGAGACCCCAGAGCAGUGCCCCGAUCUCCACUAUGUUGCGACAGGUCUGACAGACGGACAGGAGUACACCUUCAGGAUCUUCACAGUCAAUGCUGCAGGAAAAUCUGACCCUGCCUACGUCAAGCAAACCAUCAAAGUCCAUGACAGACUUGAGGCGCCAGAGUUACUUCUAGAUGCCAACAUGGCACGUGACCACCUGGCAAUGCUGGGAACUGACAUCACCCUGAGUGCAACCAUUAAAGGUGUACCAACGCCAACUGUCAGCUGGAAGAAGAAUGACGGUGAUGUUCCUGCUCACAUCAUGGUUGCUGUCACUGACACCAGCAGCAAAGUUUUUAUCCCCAAGUGUGUGCGCCCAGAUUCUGGCAACUACACCAUCACUGUUGAGAACACUGCUGGAAAGAAAUCAGCUACUGUUGCUGUGCUUGUGCUGAACAAGCCUACUCCUCCAAGAGACUUGGUGAUAUCAGAGAUAACCAGCGAGUCUGCCUACCUGACAUGGAAGGCACCCGAGGACAAUGGUGGUGCCGUCAUCUCCCAUUACGUUGUGGAGAAGAAGGAUGUUGCUGCAGAGCACUGGGUCCCCGUCUCUGCCGCCAAUAAGAAACCGAGUCUGAUGGCCAUGUAUCUAAUGGAGGGUAUCCAGUACCUGUUUAGGGUUGCUGCUGAGAACCAGUUUGGCAGGAGCGAUUAUGUGGUCACCAGAACACCAAUAAAAGCGAUCGAUCCUCUCUAUCCACCUGGCCCUCCCAAGAAUCUGCAUCACACUGAUGCAGACAAGACAGAAGUGUGGUUGGCAUGGGAGUGGCCUGACCGCACUGGGGGAAGUGAAAUUACUGGCUUCAUUGUUGAGCACCAGGAAGAGGGCCAGACUGACUGGGUAACAUUCAAGACAGUCAGCAACAACCAUGCCCAUGUUACUGGUCUUGAGGAGGGCAAGACUUACCGCUUCAGGGUUAAGUCUCAGAAUGCCAUUGGUGUGAGCCGUCCUGACACCAGUGUACCUGUCACCUGCCAGGAGAAGACAUUGCCACCAACUAUAGAGGUUGAUGUGAAACUUAUUGAAGGUCUUAUUGUCAAAGCUGGCAGUCCUAUUAGCCUUCCAGCCAAGAUGACAGGCAUCCCCACUCCCACUGCCAAAUGGAUGACAGAUGACAAGGAGAUCAUUUCUGAAGGCCGCUAUAAGAUUGAGUCUGCUGGAUCCUCUACUAUCCUGAGUAUCCCUGAGUCCCAGAGAGGAGACACUGGAGAGUACAUCCUCACUGUGGCCAAUCCUGCAGGCAGUAAGACUGUUGCCCUGCAUGUUACUGUGCUGGAUCUUCCAGGUCCACCCAUUGGACCUAUAAACAUCUUGGAAGUCACCCCAGAUCAUAUGAUGAUCCAAUGGAGGGCACCCAAGGAUGACGGUGGAACGCCUAUUACCAACUAUGUGGUGGAAAAGAAGGAUGUGAAGAAGCCAUGGGAGCCCUGGUCUGUUGUUAGCUCCAGUGGCACAAGCACCAAGGCCAAGGUAUCACGGCUGGAAAAGGGCCGUGAAUACAUUGUCCGUGUCCGUGCAGAGAAUAAGAUUGGCAUUGGUGCCGGGCUUGAGAGUCCUCCCACUAUUGCCAAGCACAUGUUUAACCCUCCUGGUCCACCAGGCUUGCCAGAGUGCUCUGAUAUCACAGAGAAUGCUGUGACAGUAGAAUGGACUCUUCCUGACUAUGAUGGAGGCAGCCCCAUUAGUGGCUAUGUGAUUGAACGCAGAGAAAUGACAGGAAAGUGGAUCCGUGUCAACAAAACACCUGUGCUGGACCUCAGAUACAGAGUCUCAGGUCUGUUUGAAGGCAACAGCUAUGAGUUCAGAGUGUUUUCUGAGAACAUUGCUGGUAUCAGUGAGCCUUCUCCCACCUCUGAUCCCAUCAAGGCUACUCGCGCAAUAACCAAACCAGGACCCCCUGGCAAUCCUAAACUGAAGGACUGGAGCAAGUCUUAUGCUGACAUCUGCUGGACCAAGCCUACAAGAGAUGGAGGAAGUCCUAUCCUGGGUUAUGUGGUUGAGAUUCAGAAGUCAGGAACUGCCCAGUGGGAUAGAAUCAACAAAGAUCUCAUCAAGAUGUGUGCCCACAGAGUACCCGGUCUUAUUGAAGGAAUGGAGUAUAGAUUCCGCAUUAGGGCCACCAACAAGGUUGGAGACAGUGAACCUAGGGAGUUGAGUGAAACUGUCUUAGCAAAGGACAUCCUUGUGCCCCCUGAGCUUAUUGUUGAUGUGUCAUGCCGGGACUCUCUGACAGUCAGAGCAGGUCAGAUCAUAAGUUUGAUCACAAGGGUAAAGGGCAGACCAGAUCCAGAGAUUACAUGGACCAAGGAUGCCAGAGCCUUGUCCCGGGACAAGCGCACAGAGAUGAACAAUAACUAUCCUCUGUGUGAGCUUGUAAUCAAUGAUGCAGUCAGGUCAGACUAUGGUAAAUAUGCAAUUGUCGCCAAGAACAGUAGUGGACAGGCACAGGCCACCAUUAUUGUUAAUGUCCUGGACACACCAGGAGCUUGCCAGAACCUAAAAGUAGCCUAUGCGACCAAGAACUCCUGCAUGGUGUCCUGGGAGAACCCAGAGGACAAUGGAGGCACUGAAAUUACUCAAUACAUUAUUGAGUGUCGUCAGCCAAGCCAGAGGGGGUGGACGGUGGUGUCCAAUGACUGCACCAAGCGCCUCAUAAAGGCCCCUCUUACUGAAGGCUGUGAGUACUUUUUCCGUGUAAGUGCAGAGAAUAAGAUUGGCGCUGGUCCAACCAUUGAGAGCAAGACACCUGUGCUUGCUGUUGAUCCGAUUGAGAAGCCUGGUGAACCAAUUGACUUCCAAAUCUCUGAGAUUGGCAAGACUUUCUGCUUCCUUAAAUGGAAGAAACCAGACUAUGAUGGAGGUAGCCGUAACUUGGCUUAUCAUGUUGAGAAGAAGCCUAAGGACGCUGAAGAAUGGGAGAGGCUUCACAAGGGUGCCAUAAAGGAGACCUACUUCAUGGCUGACCGGUGCAUUGAAAACCAGAUCUACCAGUUUAGAGUUCAGACUAAGAAUGAGGGAGGUGAAAGCAACUGGGUGACCACAGCUGAAGUUCUUGUGAAGGAACAGAUUGUGGAGCCUGAAAUCAAGAUUAAACUAGAUGGAAUACUUGUGGUCAAGGCAGGGGACUCUAUUCCUAUUGAGGCAACAGUGAAGGGCAAACCACAGCCCGAUAUCAGGUGGACUAAAGAUGAAAGUACAGAGGAGAUAAAGAAGAGCCCCAGGCUUCAGUUCGAAAGUGGUGCUGACUUCUCAAAGCUGCUAGUUACUGGUGCCAGGCGGACUGACAGUGGCAAAUAUGUUGUUACUGCCUCAAAUAGUUCAGGAACCUGCUCGGCUCAUGCCAAGGUCAAUGUACUGGAUAGACCCGGCCCCAUCAGGGAUCUUAAGGUGUCCGGUGUCACCAUCGACAGGUGUAAUCUCGACUGGGAGAUCCCAGAAGAUGAUGGCGGCUGCGAUAUUUACAACUACAUUAUUGAGAAAUGUGAGACCAAAAGAGGAGUCUGGUCAGUCCACACCAAUGCUAUCAUCACCAAUAAAGCUAAAGUCACCCGUCUUAUUGAGGGUAAUGAGUACAUCUUCAGGGUUCGUGCUGAAAACAAGAUGGGUCCUGGCCCUGCAGUGCAGAGUGAAGCCAUUGUCGCCGGCACCCAAUUCAGUGUUCCUGAUGCUCCAGAGGCACCGGAAGUCACCAAGAUUGCAAAGGAGGAGAUGACUGUGCAGUGGUCAGAGCCAGAGAAAGAUGGAGGAAAGUCAAUCACUGGUUAUCUGUUGGAGAAGAGGGAGGAGCAUGCAGUUAGGUGGUCUCCUAUCAACAAGGAUCCAAUUCCAUCAACUCGUUUUACAGUGACUGGACUCCUGCCCCUCCAUGACUACCAGUACAGAGUAAAGGCCGUCAAUGAAAUUGGCAUCGGCAGCCCAAGCAAGCCUUCACGUACCAUCACUGCCAAAGAUACAGUUGAGCCUCCUGCACCUCCCACCAACAUGAAGGUCCUUGACAGUACCAAAUCAACCAUCACCGUGGGUUGGACCAAGCCCAUUUCAGAUGGUGGAGCACCCCUUAUUGGCUAUGUUGUGGAAACGAGAGCGCAGGGAAGCGCAAAAAAAGGAGAUGAUGGUUGGAAGAGGUGCAACUCGGCAGCACAGCUGAUUGUGUGCGAGUUCACAGUAACAAGUCUGGAUGAGAACCUUACGUAUGAAUUUAGAGUUUCAGCCCAGAACCAGGUGGGCAUGAGCCUGCCUUGUGACCUUGAGGGUGCUGUGAUACCAAAGGAGAUUCUAGAGGCUCCAGAGGUCGAUUUGGAUGCCAACCUGAAGCAGGGACUGACAGUUAGAGCUGGCUGUCCUAUUAGACUAUGUGCCACUAUCAGAGGUCGACCAGCUCCAAAAGUCACUUGGAGGAGGAUGGGUAUUGAUAAUGUGGUUAGAAAGGGAAAAGUUGACAUUAUUGACACCAUGACCUUCCUGGUCAUCCCCGACAGCACUCGCUAUGACUCUGGAAAAUACUGCCUGACUCUGCGGAGUACUGCAGGAGAGAAAGCUGUGUUUGUCAAUGUUAAAGUCCUUGACACUCCUGGACCUGUGACAAAUCUGGAAGCAACUGACAUCAAACAGACAUCAGCCAUGCUCUCCUGGGGUCCCCCAGAGACUGAUGGUGGCAGUGAGGUUACCCACUACAUUGUCGAGAAACGUGAACUCGACCGCAAGACUUGGGCAACUGUCAAAGGCGAAGUUGAGAACGAUAAGAUUCCCUUCAAAGUCAGUGGCCUGACACCAGGCACUGAGUACUACUUCAGAGUCAUGGCUGUCAAUGAGUAUGGUCCUGGAGUUCCAAAGGUGUCACCUACUUCCUACCUGGCUUCUGAUCCUGUCAGCAAGCCUGAUCCAUGUGAAAAGAUUGAAGUUCUGGAGAUAACCAAGAACAGUGCCACCAUUGGCUGGGUUAGACCUGCAAGGGAUGGUGGUGCCAAGAUUGAUGGUUACGUUAUAGAAUACAUAGAGGUCAAACCUCCUCCAGAGAUUCCAGCACCAGUGGAGGUUCCGGAAGGUGAGGAAGCUCCUCCACCUCCUCCUCCACCUCCAGUGGUAGAGGAGGAAGAGGAGGCAGAACCUGAAAAGGAAGUAUGGAAUGCCUACACCACAGUGAAAGGUUUGACAAUCAGCAUAAGCGGCCUGAAGGAGGGAAAGAGGUACAAGUUCAAAGUGGCUGCCAAGAACAUUAUGGGCAUGAGCUCGUUUACCGAGACCAGGCAGCCAGUGGAGAUCAAGGAACAGAUGUUGGAACCAAAGAUUGUCAUGACAGACACAGCGAGCGCCAGAGCUGGAGCUAAGCUGAGAGUGGAGGCACUGGUUUCCGGAAAACCUGCCCCAACCUGCAAGUGGAUGCGUGGUGAGGAUGCAGUCGUCCCCUCAAGCCGUCUGGCCGUGCACCAGUCAGGAAACCUUUGUGUCUUGAUCAUCAAAGACGUGUCAAGGACUGACAGCGGAGAGUACAGUCUUGUGGCUGAGAACACCUCUGCAAAGGUGACCCAGUCCCUGAAGAUUGUCAUCAGAGACAUCCCUGGUCCUCCUGAGGGCCCUGUCGAAAUCAGCGACAUCGAUUCUGAUGCCUGCUCCCUGUCCUGGAACAAACCACUGGAAGACGGUGGCAGCAAUAUCACCAACUAUGUGGUGGAAAAAUGUGACGUGACUAGAGGUGACUGGGUGACAGCUGUCUCUUCUGGCUUGAAGACCAGUUGCAGGCUUGGAAAGCUCGUUCCUGGAAAAGAAUAUGCGUUCCGUAUACGUGCUGAGAACCGUUAUGGUGUGUCAGACCCCAUUCAGUCUGACAGGAUGGUUGCCAAGUUCCCCUUCGAUGUUCCUAGUGAGCCCCUAAACUGCCGUAUCAACAAGACCAACAAGGACUGUAUGUUUGUGGCCUGGGAUAAGCCAGAGAAUGACGGUGGCAGUCCCAUCACAGGUUACUACAUAGAACGCAAGGAGAGGAACAGCCUGCUUUGGGUGAAAGCCAAUGACACCGUUGUACGCACCACUGAGUACCCAUGUGCUGGCCUCAUUGAAGGCCUUGAAUACACAUUCAGAGUGUCUGCCAUCAACCGUGCUGGCCAGGGCAAACCAAGCAAGAAGACUGACUUUGUCACUGCUAGAACCCCUGUUGACACUCCAGGUAAACCUGAGGUCCUAGAUGUAACCAAGAACUCUGUCACUCUGGUUUGGACUCGUCCCAAGAAUGAUGGUGGCAGUAAAAUCAUUGGCUACUAUGUUGAGGCCAUGCGGGUGCCAGGAGACAUCUGGAUACGUUGCAACACCAGCAGUCAGAAUGUCCCAAGGGAGGAGUAUACAGUGACUGGCCUGGAGAGGGACCUUCAGUACCAGUUCAGAGUUAUAGCCAAAACUGCUGUCAACAUAAGCAAACCCUCUGAGCCCACAGAUCCUGUCCUUGUUUGUGCUGAGAAUGUUCCUCCGAGGGUGGAACUUAAUGCCAGGAUGCAGAAAGGUCUUAAGGUAAAGGCCGGAACCACAAUUCUUCUGGAGGCUGAGGUGUUUGGUAAGCCUAUGCCCAGAGUUACCUGGAAGAGAGGAGAUGAUAGCCUGAAGUCAGGUGAAGGCCAGGUCAUCACCCAGCAGAGGCAUCACUUCCAGCUAGAGAUGACAGAAGUCAGCAAAGACCACACAGGAACCUACACCAUCCAGGCCGAUAACGCCAGUGGUUCGAAGACUGCGGAAAUCCAGGUCAAUGUCCUGGAUGUGCCUGGUCCCCCUGCAAGUGCCAAGUAUGUAGAGGUGUUCGCCACCAGUAUAAAGCUGUCUUGGGAGCCUCCUCUGAAGGAUGGAGGUGCUGCCAUCAGCAACUACAUCAUAGACAAGCGUGAGACCAGCAGAGCCAACUGGGCCCAGGUCAUUGCAAAACAUAAGGGUGAAAUCCUUGAGCUGAAUGUGGAGAAGCUGAUUGAAGGUCGUGAAUACCAGUUCAGAAUCCGUGCUGAGAACAUGUGGGGAGUUGGAGACCCCCUUAUCACCAACCCUGCAAUUGCAAAGAACCCAUUUACUGUACCUGGCUCUUGCGAGGCCCCAGUGAUCACAAAUGUGACCAAGGAUCGUAUGACUGUGAGCUGGAAAGAGCCUGCUGAUGAUGGAAAGUCCACUAUCUUGGGUUACAUGCUUGAAAAGAAAGAGAGCAAGGAGAUUAACUGGACCAAGCUGAACAGGAAGCCCAUGACAGAGAGGAGCCUAGAUGUUACAGGUCUCACAGAGGGAGCAGAGUAUGAGUUCAGAGUCACUGCUGUCAAUGUGGCAGGGCUUGGCAAACCCAGCGAGUCCUCUGCUGGAACCACUGCACAGAAUCCCAUCACUCCUCCUGGCCCAGUUGUGAACCCAAGUGUAGCGGACACAACUCGCAGUACCAUUAGCCUCACCUGGACCACCCCAGCCAAUAAUGGAGGAGGUCCCAUCAUUGGAUACUUGGUGGAGUGCAAGAGGGCAGACACCACAGACUGGAUCAGAUGCAAUGUCCCAAGGAACCUGCAGGAAACCAACUAUGUUAUCCAGAAUCUUAUUGACAAAGCUGAGUACCAGUGCCGCAUCACUGCUGUCAACAAAGUUGGAUUCGGUGAGCCAGUUGAAGUACCUGGCAAGCAUGUUGCCAAAGACAUCAUUGUUCCACCGGAGGCAGAGCUAAGUGUAGAAAUGAAGGAGGGCCUGGAGCUGAAUGCUGGUGCCACUAUGAGGUUGCAAGCAAUCAUCAAGGGCCAUCCUGUUCCCAAGGUCACCUGGGCAAAGAUGAACACUAAUAUCAAGAACCGCCAGGGCAUUAUCAUAAAAUCAACUAACACUGACACCUUGGUGAUGGUGGAAAAUGUAAACAGAUAUGAUGCUGGCAAAUAUAUUCUGAGCCUGGAUAGCUUGGCUGGCAUGAAGAUGUACACCAUUGUUGUCAAGAUCUUUGAUACUCCUGGACCUCCAGUCAACUUAAUUGUGAAGGAGUCAAGUAAGGACAGUGCAUCCAUCUAUUGGGAUGCUCCUCUGAUCAAUGGUGGCCAUGAAGUCACCCACUACAUGGUGGAGAAGCGUGACACAGAGAGGAAGGCCUGGUCCAUUGUCUCAAACAACUGCGACAAGACAUCAUUCAAAGUGCCAGACCUGGAUGCUGGACGGUCUUACUGCUUCAGAGUGUCUGCAGUUAACAAGCUUGGUGCCGGAGAGUGUUGUGAGACCGCCGAUGCAGUAAAGGCAUCUGAGGAGCCUGGUCCGGUCAUGGACUUCAAGACCCUGUUGGUUACCAAGGACUCUUGCACUUUAAGCUGGAAGAAACCCCUCACAGAUGGUGGCAGCCGCAUUAUCUGCUAUGUUCUUGAGGUUCUCAAUGGGGACGACAAAUACAAGGAGCUAAUGAGGUCCAAAAACAUGCAGUAUAGUGCCAAGGACCUGGUGGAGGACAGAGAGUAUAACUACAGAGUUAAGGCUGUGAAUGACUCAGGAGAGAGCUCUGCCAAAGAACUGAAAGUGGUUGCCAAAGACCAGAUCAUUCUUCCCAGCUGUGACUUAAGGGACUUGCCUAACAUGUGCUACAUUGCCAAGGAGGGCAGCACCGUCCGUCUGAAGAUCCCAAUCAUCGGCAAACCUACCCCCAAGGUCUCGUGGAAGAAGGGAGAUGACGAAGACCUGACAGACACAGGCAGAGUGUGCGCAGAGUCCUCUUCAGUUAACACAACCCUCCUGAUUAGGGACUGCCAAAGGAGUGAUGCUUCAAAGUACACCAUCACCCUAAGAAACAGUGCUGGAAGCAAGGAGUCCACCAUUUUUAUCAGGGUGGUGGGAAAACCUGGCAUCCCUAUCGGACCAGUGAAGUUUAAAGAUGUGACUGCAGAUGGUGCUACACUGAAGUGGGGUGCUCCCAAGGAUGAUGGUGGAUCAGAGAUCACAAACUACAUCCUGGAAAAGAGGGACUCCGUCACCAACAUGUGGGUUAAUAUAUCCUCCACUGUGGAGACCAACACCAUGAGGGUGACCGGCCUCCAUGAGGGCACAGAGUACAUUUUCAGAGUCUGUGCUGAAAACAAGUACGGAGUUGGAGAAGGACUCAAGUCUGAACCAGUUGUAGCUAAACAUCCAUUCAAUGUUCCGGAUGCUCCUCUUCCACCUCAAAUCAUGAGUAUGCGCCAUGACUCCGCUUACCUGACCUGGUUUGAUCCUAGGAAAACUGGUGGAUCACCGAUAACAGGCUACCAUGUUGAGUUCAAGGAAAGAAACAGUAUGUUGUGGAAAAGGGCAAGCCCGACAGCCUUGAGGAUGAAGGAACACAAGGUAACAGGGCUGACUGAAGGACUGGAGUACGAGUUCAGAGUCAUGGCUAACAACCUGGCUGGUAUCGGAAGACCAAGUGCUCCCACCGAUCCACAGGUGGCCUUGGAUCCCAUUGAUGCCCCUGGUAAACCUGAUGUGAUCAGCAUCACCAUAAGUACUGUGACCAUGCAGUGGACAGAGCCACAAUUUGAUGGUGGGCACAGACUGACUGGCUACAUCGUUGAGAGGCGUGACUUGCCAUCCAAGAUAUGGGUGAAGGCCAACAAUGUGAAUGUUGUGGAGCCUGCAUUCACUGUGACAGAUCUACAGGAGGGAUGCAAAUAUGAGUUCAGAAUCAGAGCAAAGAAUGCUGCCGGCGCUCUCAGUCCACCCUCUGAGCAGACAGAUACCAUUAUCUGCAGAGAUGAAUAUGCGGCACCAACCAUUAUAAUAGAUGCACAGGUGAAGGAGGGUCUGACUGUCAGAGCUGGGGAUACUAUUGUCAUUACUGCCACAAGUAUUUUAGGCAAGCCUGCACCAACCUCAUGCUGGUCAAAGGGAGGAAAAUAUUUCAAACCUUCUGAUCUUGUUCAUAUUGAGACCACUGCAACUUCCUCCACACUCUCUAUCAAGUAUGCUGGCAGGAAGGACUCUGGAGAGUAUAUUAUCACUGCUAGCAACCCCUUCGGUGUAAAUGAAGAAACAGUCAAGGUCACAGUCCUGGAUGUUCCUGGAGCUCCUGGACCCAUUGAAAGUAGUGGUGUUUCCUCUGAAAAAGUUACUCUUACCUGGACAGCUCCUACUGAGGAUGGAGGCUCUCCUAUUAAGUACUACACUCUAGAAAAGAGAGAGACCAGUCGCCUGCUUUGGACAAUCCUGGAGAAGAAGGUCAUUGACUCUCACUAUGUUGCUAACAAGCUCAUCCAGGGCAAUGAGUAUUUCUUCAGAGUCUCUGCUGUUAACCAGUAUGGUGGCAGUGAGCCAUCUCACUCUGAAGCAGUCAAGUUGGUUGAUAGAUUUGGUCCACCUGGUCCACCAUCUAAACCAGAAGUAGAGAAAGUUGAUGGACACUCAGCAACUGUCACUUGGAGAAGACCUGUCGAGGAUGGGGGAAGUGACAUCAUAGGUUACUGUGUUGAGAAAAAGGAGAAAAAGGCUCUGAGAUGGCUUAGGGCAUCAAAGAAAUCCAUCGCUGAGCUCAGCUAUGAAGUCACAGGUCUCACUGAGGGCAUGGAAUACGAGUUCCGUGUUCUUGCAGAGAACAAAGCUGGCUUUGGAGAGCCAAGUGAACCAUCUAUGCCUGUCAGAACAGUAGUUGUUGCCUAUGUACCUGGGCCUCCAGUCAAUCCAAGAGCCACAGACACGACCAAAACCACUGCCACUCUGAACUGGGGAAAGCCUCUUGACAAUGGUGGGCUUGAAGUCACUGGGUAUGUGAUUGAGCACAAGAAAGAAGGAACAGAAGAAUGGGUGAAGGACACUCCUUCAUCACCACUAAGAAUCACAGAGUUUGUAGUUCCCAAUCUAGAAAAUGGGGCAAAAUACUACUUCAGAAUUAGUGCUGUGAAUGCUAAGGGGGCAGGUGAACCUGCUGAAACUCAGGAGCUGGUUGAGAUUGUUGAGCGUGCAGCCGAACCUGAUUUGGAGCUAGAUAUUGAGCUGAGAAGAACCCUUGUUGUAAGGGCUGGCUGCUCCAUUCGCCUCUUUGUCCCUAUCAAGGGACGUCCUGCACCAACAGUCAGCUGGACCAAAGAAGGUGGCCCUGUCCCACGUGCAGUCAUUGACAGUACUGAGUCUUUUACAAUGCUGAUUAUCCCAGAGAGUUCAAGAAUUGAUGCAGGCAAAUAUGAGCUUACCCUUGAAAACACUGCUGGAAAGAAGAGUGCUGAUAUACAUGUGAGAGUUUUAGAUUCACCUGGACCUCCACUUAACCUAAAACCAGUCAAGAUUGACAAGGAUAGCAUCAUUCUUCAGUGGGAGAUGCCGCUCAUUGAUGGUGGAGCCAAGAUCACAAACUAUGUCAUUCAGAAGAGAGAAUCAACACGCAAAGCUUUUGCCACUGCUAUUACAAAUUGCCCCACCACUUCAGUCAGGAUUGCAGAGCUUGGUGAAGGCUGUGAAUACUACUUCAGAGUGUCUGCUGAGAAUGAGUAUGGCAUUGGUGAGGCGGUUGAAACUGCUGACCCCAUUCGUGCAUCCCAGGCCCCAACUCCUCCAGAGAGUAUAAUUCCCACUGAUAUCACAAAGAAUUCUGUGAGCUUGGCUUGGACUAAACCCAAGCAUGAUGGUGGAAGCAGGAUUACCGGAUAUGUCCUUGAAGCCCAGAAGAAAGGAACUGAUCAGUGGGCACAUGUAACAACAGUUAAGACCAUGGAUUUCACAGUGAAGAAUCUGAAUGAGAAUGAGGAGUACAUUUUCCGUGUAAUGGCUGUAAAUCACUCUGGUAGAAGUGCCCCACGUGACAGCAAACUAAUCGCUGUCAAGGACUGUACUUCCCUGCCUGAGUUUGAUCUUCGUGGUGUGUGUCAGAAAACUGUUAUUGCCAAGGCUGGAGAUGACAUCAAGGUUGAAAUUCCAGUUAUGGGACGUCCUAGACCAUCUGUCUCCUGGCAGAAGGACGGCGCAGCCUUAAAACUCACUCAGAGAACCAAUGUGGAAACUACUGCUGCUACCGUUACCCUCAGCAUAAAUGAAUGCACCAGAGCAGAUGGUGGUGUUUACACCAUGACAGGGAAGAACAUUGUUGGUUCAGUGACUGACAACAUCAUUGUCAAAGUACAUGAUGUACCUGGGCCACCAAAAGGACCAGUUAAGAUUGUGGAGAUAUCUCGAACAUAUUGCAUCUUUGCAUGGGACACUCCCGAUAAUGAUGGAGGAGUGCCAAUAAACAAUUAUGUGGUUGAAAUCAGAGACACAACUUCCCAAACAUGGAUAGAGCUGUCUUCAACCGUCAUUCGUACCAUGUUCAAAGCUAUCCGUUUAACCACAGGAUCAGAAUACCAGUUCAGAGUAAAGGCUAAGAACAGAUAUGGCGUUGGACCAGCCAUAACCUCAGAGGCAGUGGUGGCUGCCUAUCCAUUUAAGGUCCCUGGGCCUCCUGGUACCCCUGGUGUUGUUGCCUUUACCAAGGAUUCAAUAACAGUUGGCUGGAAUGAACCUGUCGCUGAUGGUGGAAAUGAAGUCAUUGGUUAUCAUGUUGAAAGGAAAGAAAGAAGCAGCAUCGUGUGGAAUAAAAUCAGCAAGGGUCUUGUGAAAGGAAACCUCUUUAAAUCCACAGGUCUUGAAGAUGGAGUGGCCUAUGAGUUCCGUGUCAUGGCUGAAAACAUGGCUGGAGUUGGCAAGCCCAGCAAGUCCUCAGAAGCAAUACUGGCCUUGGAUCCUGUUGACCCACCAGGUCAACCAGUGCCAAUAUUUGUCAACAAGAAUGUAAUUACUAUUCAGUGGACAAAGCCCGAGUAUGAUGGUGGCUUCAAAAUCACUGGCUACACAGUGGAGAAGAAAGAAUUACCUACUGGGCGCUGGAUGAGAGCCAACUUCACCAACAUCAUUGACACAACAUUCACUGUAAGUGGACUGACUCAAGAUGCUGCUUAUGAAUUCCGUGUCAUAGCCAGGAACUCAGCAGGUGCAGUAAGUGUGCCCUCAGAUCCCUCAGACCCAAUUACCUGCAAAGAUGACAUUAUUGAGCCACGCAUAAUGGUAGAUGCAAUCUUCAAGGAUGUUGUUUUACUGAAGGCAGGAGAGUCAUUUAAACUUGAUGCUGACAUUGCUGGACAACCAACUCCAUCUAUGGUUUGGACCAAGAAUGGAAAGGAAAUUGAGAACACACUGAAACUGGAAGUUAGGUUCACAGAACUGACAACCAUCCUGACCAACAAGGACUCUGUCAGAUCAGAUGGAGGAGAAUUAGUUUUGACUGCCACUAAUGUUGGUGGAUUUGCUAAGCACAUCUUCAAUGUUAAAGUGCUAGACAGGCCUGGACCACCAGUUGGCCCUCUUCAGGUUUCUCAUGUUACAGCUGAUAAUUGCAUGCUAACCUGGGCUCCACCUGCAGAUGAUGGAGGUGCCAAGAUUGAAGGAUAUGUAAUUGAAAAGCGGGAGUCAAGCAGAUUGGUUUGGACAAAUGUGGUUUCAGACCUGCAGGUUACACAGCAUAAGGUGACCCAGCUGCUUAAGGGAAACGAAUACAUUUUCAGAGUUAUGGCAGUAAACAAGUAUGGAAUUGGUGAAUCUCUUGAUUCAGAACCAACUAUUGCAGACAACCCAUACACAGUCCCAGAUCCACCUGAGAAUCCUGAGGUGACAGCUAUCACUAAAGACUCAAUGGUUGUUAUGUGGCAAGCACCUAAGAGUGAUGGUGGAACACCCAUCACCAACUACAAUAUUCAAAGAAAAGACAGAAUUGGCCUCAGCUGGGUAAAAUGCAACAAAAGGAAAGUCAAAGAUCUACAAUUCAAGGCAACAGGUCUUGUUGUUUCACAUGAAUAUAAAUUCAGAAUAAUUGCAGAGAAUGCUGCCGGAGUGAGUGCACACAGUGCCUCGAGUCCAUUCUACAAGGCCAGCGAUGCAUUAUACAAGCCUGGGGCUCCAUGCAACCCCCGCAUCUUGGACACAACCAAAUCCUCAAUUACUGUUGCCUGGAACAAACCUGUAUAUGACGGUGGCUCUGACAUCACAGGCUACAUUGUGGAGACCUGUACUCCAUCUGAAAAGGAGGAAGAGGAGGAAUGGACCAUAGCAACACCCAAAGAAGGCCUCCUUGCCACGUCAUUCACUAUUAUUAAUCUGAAGGAAAAUCAGGAGUACAAGAUUAACAUCUCUGCUGUCAACAGUGAAGGAGUUGGAGAUGUAGCAUCUGUACCUGGUAAUCCUAAAGCAGAGGACAGGCUUCUCCCCCCAGAGAUUGAUUUGGAUGCUGAGCUCCGCAAGUUAAUCAGUCUUAGAGCAUGCUGCUCUCUAAGACUGUUUGUGCCUAUCAGAGGCAGACCGGCUCCUCAGGCUAAAUGGACCAAAGGAGAAGGGGAGUCUAUUGAAAGGGCAACCAUUGACAGCACAACUUCUUACACAUCACUUGUAAUUGAGAAUGUAAACAGAUUUGACAGUGGAAAGUAUAAUCUUACAGUGGAAAAUAGCUCCGGCUCCAAGACAGUUACAGUCCAAGUCAGGGUGCUUGAUACACCAAGUGCCCCACAAAAUCUGAAGAUAACUGCUGUAACUAAUGAAACUGUGACACUGACUUGGGAUCCACCAGUGAAUGAUGGAGGAGUAAAGAUUAAAAACUUUUUAGUUGAAAAACGUGAGUCUACAAGAAAAGCUUAUGCCACAGUCAGUGCUAUGUGCCAUCAUACCACCUUCACAGUUGACCAGCUCCUUGAAGGAUGCAAUUAUUACUUCAGAGUUCUAGCUGAGAAUGAAUAUGGCAUUGGAUUGCCCAUUGAAACUGGUGAGUCAGUUAAAGUGUCAGAGAAACCACAGCCACCUGGCAAAAUCACUCUCAAGGACGUUACCAAAAACAGUGUCACUCUCUGCUGGGAGAAGCCAGUGCAUGAUGGUGGCAGCAGAGUAGGCUGUUAUGUUGUUGAGAUCCAGCCAAAGGGAGUUGAUAAGUGGACCCAAGCAGUGAUUGUAAAAGAAACAGAAGCUACUAUAAGUGGACUCAAUGCAGGGGAAGAAUACAUGUUCCGUGUAGCAGCAAGAAAUGAAAAGGGAACAAGUGACCCACGUCAAAUUGGUGUGCCAGUGAUUGUAAAAGAUCUUGUGAUUGCACCUGUUGCAAAAAUGUUGUUUAACACGUUCAGUGUGUUGGCAGGAGAAGAUCUGACAGUGGACGUUCCAUAUGUGGCACGCCCAAAAGCAGCUGUCUCCUGGAUAAAAGAUGGCCAGCCUCUGAAGAGAACUACCAGAGUAAACUUUGGUGCAACUGACACAAUGCUGAACCUCAAAAUAAAAGAGGCCACUAAAGAUGAUGUUGGAAAGUACCAUAUUACUCUUACCAACACAGCAGGAGAGACAACAGCAGACAUUGGCAUUGUUGUUCUUGACAAACCUGGUCAGCCAGGUGGCCCAAUUAAAGUUGAAGAGGUCACUUCUGACAGUGUCACUAUCUCCUGGAACCCACCAGAAUAUGAUGGUGGUUGUACCAUUAAAAAUUACAUUGUGGAAAAGAGAGACACAUCCACAACUACUUGGAUGAUUGUGUCUGCCAACCUUGCUAGGACCAAAAUCAAGGCAGGCAGAUUGAAGACUGGCUCUGAGUAUCAGUUUAGAAUCACUGCAGAAAACAGAUAUGGAAAAGGUCCAGCUCUUCUUUCAGAGUGUAUUACAGCUCAAUACCCUUACAAGCUGCCAGGACCCCCGGGUACACCAUCCAUUGCAGCCUGUGCCAAGGACAGCAUGGUGAUUGCUUGGAAUGAACCUGUGAUUGAUGGUGGAAGCACAAUUUGUGGCUAUCAUCUUGAACGCAAGGAGAGAAACAGUAUAAUGUGGGUUAAACUUAACAAAUCUCUAAUUACUGAACAAACCUUCAAGACCACUGGUCUUGAGCCAGGAAUGGAGUAUGAAUACAGAGUUUAUGCUGAAAACAUUGUUGGAGUAGGCAAAGUGAGCAAAGUGUCAGAGGGAACUAUUGCAAGAGAUCCUUGUGAUCCUCCCGGCACCCCGGAAGCAACUAAAAUCGCUAAAGAUUCUGUGACCAUUGUUUGGACCAAGCCUGAGUAUGAUGGUGGUGCAAAGGUAACAGGCUAUAUUGUGGAAAAGAAAGAGCUUCCUGAAGGUCGUUGGCUAAAGGCUAACUUUACUAACGUCAUUGAGACAGAAUAUGUUGCAACAGGACUUGUACAGGACAAUCAAUAUGAGUUCCGUGUAAUCGCCAGAAAUGCUGCUGGUGUUUUCAGUAUCCCCUCUUACAGCACAGGUCCUAUCACUGCCAGGGAUGAGAUUGAACCACCACGUCUCAGCAUUGACCCAGAAUACACACAAAACAUUGUAGUUAAUGCUGGAGACAACUUCAAGAUUGAUGCAGAUGUCCAUGGCAAACCAUUGCCCUCUAUCCACUGGAUGAAGGGAGAGCAGGAACUAGGCAACACUAUUCAUAGAGAGAUUAAGAAUACACCCACCAGAGCUUAUAUAUCUGUCAAGGAAGCUAAACUGUCUGAUGGAGGCCAAUACACCCUGCUAUUAAAAAAUCCAGGAGGAGAAAAGGCUGUACAAGUCAACGUGGUUGUUCUAGAUAAACCUGGAGAACCACAGGGACCUCUUGUUGUGACAGGAAUAAAUUUAGACCGUUGCUGUCUUGCGUGGAAACCACCACUUCAAGAUGGUGGCAGCAAGAUAUCUCACUACAUUGUGGAGAGGAGAGAGACAAGCAGACUAGUCUGGACUGUUGUUGAUUCGAAAGUGAAAAAUAUUUGCUUAAAGGUCACAAAGCUCCUGGAAGGAAAUGAGUACAUCUUUAGAGUGCGUGCUGUCAACCACUUUGGAGUGGGCACACCCCUUGAGUCUACUGCAGUCACAAUCAAAGAUCCAUAUAUGCCUCCUGGCACACCGAAAAGUUUGGAAGUUUCAGAAAUUAAAAAGGAUUCAAUGAUGCUUACCUGGGAGGCUCCCUCAGAAGAUGGAGGCAGUCUUAUAACUGGAUACAUAAUUGAGAAACAUGACAAAGAAGGUGUAAGAUGGACCAGAUGCAACAGGAAAACAGUCACUGACUUGUCUUUUAAGGUGACCGGACUCCUGGAAAACCAUAAUUAUGAGUUCAGAGUUGCAGCUGAAAAUGCUGUCGGUGUUGGUGAGCCAAGCUCCCCAACUGUAUUCUUUAAAGCUCUUGAUCCCAUCUUCAGUCCUGGCCCACCACAUAAUCCACGGGUUACUGAUACAACAAAAACAUCAGUAUAUCUAUCAUGGGGCAGGCCUGUCUGUGAUGGAGGCUGUGAGAUUCAAGGAUAUAUUGUUGAGUGUUGCAUUACUACUGAGGCAGCAGAGCCAGCUGAGAUCCCUGCUGAAGCCCCAGCUGCAGAAGCAGCUGCCACAGGGGCACCUGCUGAGGAGUGGAUGAUGUGCACACCACCAACAGGUGUUAAGAAGACCAAGUUUGAGGUUGCAAACCUGAAGGAAAACCAGGCUUACAAGUUCAGAAUAUUUGCUAUCAACAAAGUUGGAGUUGGUGACCAUGCUGAUGUCUCUGGAGCUGUUAUCGUACAAGACAGGGCAGAAGAGCCAGACCUUGACAUUGACCCAGAACUGAGGAAAAUUGUGACCAUUAAAUCUGGUGCUUCUCUUAGACUUUUCAUUCCAAUCAAAGGAAGGCCCAUUCCUACUGUCAAAUGGGACAAAGAUGAAGCUGCACUAAAAGAGACUGCUCAGGUUGAGUCGACCAGCAGUUACACAUCCCUUGUAAUUGACAAAGUGAGCAGGAAUGACAGUGGAAAAUAUAAUCUCACUAUAGAGAACUCCAGUGGAACCAAAUCUGCAUUUGUUGUUGUCCGUGUCCUCGACACACCUAGUGCCCCUGUUAACCUGAAAGUAAAAGAAAUUACUAACCAGUCCGUGACUCUGGCAUGGGAACCACCUCUUUUGGAUGGUGGGUCCAAGAUCAAGAACUACAUUGUUGAAAAGCGGGAGAGCACGCGCAAAACAUAUGCAGCAGUUGUCACAAAUUGUCAUGCUCUAUCAUGGAAAAUAGAGCCACUCCAGGAGGGUUGCAGUUACUACUUCCGUGUCCUUGCUGAGAAUGCUCAUGGUGUUGGCCUGCCUGUGGCAACUAUUGAUCCUCUAAAGGUCUCAGAGGUGCCCCAGUCGCCAAGGAGCUUGAUUGUUAAAGACCAAACCAAAACAAGUAUCUCAUUGGCUUGGGAGAGGCCAGAGUAUGAUGGUGGUAGCAGAGUUAUGCAGUACCUGCUCGAGGUGCAGCUUAAGGGUACUGACAAGUGGUCUGGUGUGAACACAUUUAAGACAAUGGAGGCCACUGUUUCCAAUCUGAACCCAGGAGAGGAGUAUCUGUUUAGAGUUACUGCAAUCAAUGAUAAGGGCAAGAGUGACCCCAAAGUCCUUGCUGGUCCAGUCAUGACCAAGGACUUAGUCUUUGAGCCGGAAGUUCGACCAGGUUUUAGCAGCUACAGUGUCCAUGUGGGUAAAGACCUAAAUGUUGACAUUCCUAUCUUUGGACGCCCUAAACCGACUGUCACAUGGUCUAAAGAUGGUGCUUCACUUAAGUUCACGACCAGAGUCAACAUUGUCAACACACCAACACAUACAACACUGAGCAUUAAAGAGGCAGCAGGGGAUGAUGGUGGAAUGUACAGUAUAAAUGCUGCAAACUCAGCAGGAAAGAAGGACACAACUGUAGAGAUCAUUGUGCUUGACAAGCCUGGCCCUCCUUCAGGGCCUGUAAGGUUCGAUGAAAUCACAACACAGAGCGUCACUAUUUCAUGGGAUCCACCAAAGCAUAAUGGGGGCUGCCAGAUUUCAAACUAUAUUGUACAAAAGAGAGAUACUACUACGUCAACAUGGGAAAAUGUAAGCAUCAACUGUGCCAGAACUACCAUUAAAGUGCCUAGACUGAAGACUGGAGCUGAGUACCAGUUCAGGAUAAUUGCCCAGAACCGUUAUGGAAAGAGUCAUGGUCUGGAUUCAUCUGUUGUAGUUGCUCAGUACCCAUACAGAGAGCCAGGCCCACCAGGCACUCCUUUCAUUUCUUCGCUCUCUAGGGACCACCAGAUAGUGGAGUGGCAUGAGCCUGUCGCAGAUGGAGGCAGCCCUGUUCUCGGCUACCAUCUUGAAAGGAAAGAGAGGAAUAGUAUUCUCUGGGUCAAGAUCAACAAGACACUUAUUCAUGGGAAUAGUUUCAAGAGUCAUCCCUUGGAGGAGGGUAUAGAGUAUGAAUAUAGGGUCUAUGCUGAAAAUAUUGUUGGUAUAGGCAGGUGCAGUAAAGUCUCAGAGGGCUGCUUUGCCCGUGACCCAUGUGACUCUCCUGGUACACCAGAAGCCAUCCAUGUGACCAAAGACACCAUUGUCAUUCAAUGGACUAAACCAGAGUAUGAUGGUGGCAGUAAUAUAACUGGCUAUACUGUGGAGAAGCGUGAUCUGCCAGAGGGCAGGUGGGUAAGGGCAAACUUCACAAAUGUCAUUGAAACACAGUUCACUGUCACUGGUCUGACUGAAAAUGCCCAGUAUGACUUCAGAGUCAUUGCUAAAAAUGCUGUUGGAACUGUAAGUAAGCCAUCUUACAACAGUGGACCAAUAACUGCAAGUGAUGAGUUGGAAGCACCCAAAUUCUCCAUUGACCCUGCUUUCACAAAGACCAUUAUCAUAAAUGCUAGAGAAACAUUUAAGCUAGAUGCUGAUGUCAGAGGCAAGCCACUGCCCAUGAUCCAGUGGUUCAAAGAUGAAAAACCAAUUGAGAAUACACUCAGACUAGAGAUCAAAAACACAGAAAACCAUGCAAUGAUUGUCAUCAAGGACUGUGUAAGAAUUGAUGGUGGAACAUAUACUUUGCAGCUAACAAAUGAGGCUGGUAGUGAAUCUGUUCCAUUCAAGGUCUUGGUUCUGGACAGGCCUAGCCCAUGUGAAGGACCCCUCCGUAUUGCAGGAGUGGCUGAAGACAGAUGCACACUGGUAUGGCGUGCACCUCUGCAUGAUGGAGGUAGUCCUAUUACUCAUUAUAUCAUUGAAAGAAGAGAGACUAGCCGUCUAGCUUGGACUAUUGUUUCCAACAGCUGUGACAACACAUGCUACAAAGUCACAAAAUUACUGGAAGGCAAUGAGUACAUGUUCCGUGUCAUGGCAGUGAACAGUUAUGGUGUCAGUGAGCCACUGGAGUCUGGUGGAGUGAUUAUGAAGACUCCAUUUGUUCCCCCUGGUCAACCUCACAUUGAAGAUGUAUCCAAUAUUGCCCAUGAUGGCAUGACCAUCACUUGGUCUGGCCCUGAGAAUGAUGGCGGCUGUGAGAUUACCAAUUACAUAAUUGAGAAGAAGGAUAGAAGUGGAAUCAAAUGGACCAGAUGCAACAGGCAAAAAGUAACAGAUCUCUCCUUUAGAGCUACAAGUCUUACCAAGGACCAUGAAUAUGAGUUCAGAGUGAUUGCUGAGAAUGUAGUUGGAGCGGGAGAGCCAAGCCUUCCAAGUUCAUACUUCAAGGCCUGUGAUCCCAAGUACAAAUCUGGUGCCCCAGCAUAUGUAAAUGUGAUUGACUCCACAAAGAGUUCUAUUACAGUGUCAUGGGGUAAGCCUCUGUUUGAUGGUGGCAGUGCCAUUCAAGGCUACAUUGUUGAAGUCUGCAAGGCUGAGGAGGAGGAAUGGACCAUGGCAACCCCCCCAACUGGCCUGCGUGUCAACAAAUAUGAGAUUACAAAACUUACUGAAGGUCAGGAGUACAAGAUCCAGGUUUGUGCUCUGAACAAACUGGGUGUUGGUGAACCAGCAGCUCCUUCUGGAACAGCUAAGCCAGAAGAAAGGGUGGACCCGCCACAGAUCCAGCUUGACUCUGAGCUGAGGAAGGGCAUAAUUGUUAAAGCUGGUGGAUCAGCUAGAAUCAAUAUUCCAUUCAAAGGCAGGCCAACACCUGAGAUUAAGUGGACUAAGGAUGAGGGAGACAUGACUGAAAAGGUGGUGGUUGAGAAAGCUCUCAAUUUCACACAGCUGUCUAUUGACUCGUGUGACAGGGGUGAUUCAGGGAAAUACACCCUAAGCCUUACAAACAGCAGUGGCUCUGUGUCUGAGGUUGUUGCUGUUAAAGUCCUGGAUACACCCGGGGCCCCACAGAACCUUGUGGUUAAAGAAAUCAAAAGGGACUGUGUCACUCUGGUGUGGGAUGCCCCACUAAUUGAUGGAGGUUCUAAAAUAAAGAACUAUGUCAUUGACAAACGGGAAUCAACCAGAAAGGCAUAUGCAAAUGUGUCCACUAAAUGCACUAAAACAACAUUCAAAGUUGAGAACUUGGUUGAAGGUGCCAUGUAUUAUUUCAGAGUCAUGGCUGAGAAUGAUUAUGGAAUUGGCCAGGCUGUUGAAACAAAGACAGCUUCCAAGGCUUCUGAGGUACCAAUGCCUGUUGGGAAUGUUUACCUCACUGAUGUUACCAAGGCCAGUGUCUCAUUGGCUUGGCAGAAACCUGAGCAUGAUGGAGGCAGUAGAAUUGGUGGUUACCUAAUAGAGAUGCAGCCAAAGGGUACAGAUAAGUGGGGAGUUGCAACAAAUACAAAGACAUGUGACGGCACUGCCACAGGCCUCACAUCUGGAACAGAAUACCUAUUCCGAAUCAUUGCUUACAAUGAGAAGGGUAAGAGUGAACCAAAGGCCCUUGCUGCACCAGUUGUUGCCAGUGACAUGACAAUGGAACCAAGCAUUAAGAUGCAAUUCAAAACUUACAGUGUAUUAGCUGGAAAAGAUCUUAAGUUAGAGUUCCCUGUCAUUGGUAGACCAAAACCUAGAGUCACCUGGGCAAAAGAUGGUCAGUCUCUGAAAGUAACAUCAAGGGUAAAUGUAGUGAGCACUCCAUCCACAACUGGAAUUCAAAUUACUGAGGCGUGCAAGGAGGACUUUGGAAAAUACUCUAUUUCAGCAACCAAUACUGUGGGCACAAUCACAGAGGAUGUAACUGUCAUUAUCCUUGACAAGCCUGGUCCACCAACGGGUCCAGUCAAGGUUGUUGAAGUGAGCAACACCUUUGUUCAUCUUUCAUGGGAUCCACCUGAGUACACAGGUGGAUGCCAGGUAAAGAACUAUAUAGUUGAGAAAAGAGACACCACCACUACAACAUGGCAGUCUGUCACAACACAGCUUGCUAGAACAGCUUUCAAGGUCACCAAACUUAAGACUGGUGCAGAGUACCAGUUCAGAAUCAUAGCUGAGAACAGAUAUGGAAAGGGUGCAUCACUGGACUCCAAAGCCAUUGUUGUGCAAUAUCCAUACAAACCCCCAGGGCCUCCAGGAACACCACGUGUCAAAUCGGCAACAAAGGAAAUGAUGAUCAUUGAAUGGAAUGAGCCAGUCAUUGAUGGCGGAAGUGCAGUUAUUGGUUACCAUCUGGAAAGCAAGGAGAGAAGCAGUAUACUGUGGAACAAACUGAACAAAACUCUUAUCACUGAUACUCAGUUCAAGAUCUGCAAUCUUGAGGAGGGUAUUGGAUAUGAAUUCAGAGUCUGUGGGGAGAAUAUUGUUGGAAUCGGAAGAUGCAGUAAAGUCUCUGAGUCAUUUGUUGCUCGUGACCCAUGUGAUCCCCCUGGUGCUCCCGAAGCUGUAUCUAUUUCUAAGAACCUUAUCAAGAUUCAGUGGACCAAGCCUGAGUAUGAUGGUGGCAGCAAAGUUAAUGGAUAUAUAGUGGAAAGGAAAGAUCUUUCCUCCCCUGAUGGGCGUUGGGUAAGAGCUAACUUCACUAAUAUAAUUGAGACUGAGUAUACUGUCACUGGUCUUACCGAGAAUGAGCAAUAUGAAUUCAGAGUAAUUGCAAGAAAUGCAGCUGGAGUGUUCAGUGAGCCAUCCGACAGCUCCGGACCUAUUACGGCUACUGAUGAAAUUGAACCACCAAGGGCUUCAAUGGACCCAAAAUACAAGGAUGUCAUAGUUGUCAAUGCUGGAGAACAUUUGCUUCUUGAUGCAGACAUUUAUGGAAAACCAAUUCCUGAUGUUGUCUGGCUUAAAGACGGCCAGGAAAUGGACAAAGCCCUACGUAUUGAAGUGAGAACUACACAGAAACGUGCAACCUUAAACAUUAAGGAUGUUACCAAGCUCGAUGCUGGCCACUAUGACCUUGUCCUAAAAAAUCUAGGGGGUACGAAGACCUUCCCUAUUACUGUCAGAGUCCUUGAUAAACCAGGUCCACCCACUGGACCCAUGAAUAUAACAGGAGUCAUGUCUGACAGGUGCACCCUUUCCUGGUCUGAGCCAUCCCUGGAUGGUGGGGCUAGCAUCUCUCACUAUAUCUUGGAGAAGAGAGAGACAAGCAGGCUGUCAUGGACAGUGGCGGCAGCAAAUGUAAAGACAUUGUAUUAUAAACUGACAAAUUUGCUCUCUGGAAAUGAAUACAUUUUCAGAGUCAGGGCGGUCAACAAGUAUGGUGUUGGUGAUAAUCUUGAGAGUGAACCCAUCAUUGCACAAAAUCCUUACAAACCACCUACUGCUCCUGGAACUCCAGAGGCAAGUCAGAUCACAAAAGAGUCAAUGAUUCUGUCAUGGACCCCUCCAGAACAGACUGGUGGUGCGGACAUUGAAGGCUACCACCUUGAAAAACGUGACAAAGAUAGUGUGAGGUGGACAAAAUGCAACAGACAAAAGCUGACUGACACCCACUUCAAGGUCACAGGUCUGUUGACAGAUCACUUCUAUGAGUUCCGUGUUGCAGCUGAGAAUGAGGCUGGAAUGGGAGACCUUAGUGAACUGUCUCUAUUGAACAGAGCUUGUGAUGCCACAACACCACCUGGUCCUCCACACCAUCCCAAGGUUACAGAUUACACAAAAUCUUCUGUGUCUCUGUCCUGGGGAAAACCUGAAUUUGAUGGUGGUGCCUAUAUUAAAGGCUACAUUGUUGAAAUGAGAGAGUAUACUCCAGUACCUGAAUCAACAGAGGAGGCAGAAGUAGCACCAGCAGUAGAGGCACCAGUAGAAAAAGAAUGGAACAUGUGCACUCCACCCACAGGCACUCAAGCCACAAAACUUACUAUCCCAGACCUGAAGGAGGGUGGAGAGUACCAAUUCCGUGUCUGCGCUAUUAAUUCUGAGGGAGUGGGAGAGGCUGCUGAUAUCCAUGGCACUGUGGUAACUUCUGACAGGGCAGAAGCACCAGAGAUUGAGCUUGAUGCUGAUCUCAGAAAAGUGGUUUCUGUCCGUGCUGGUGGAACGCUUCGUCUGUUUGUCACCAUCAGAGGAAGACCUCAACCUGCUGUGAAAUGGGAAAAGGUUGAGGGUACUCUCACAGACCGGGCUUCUAUUGACACAACUAGUUCAUACACUAUGAUUGUUAUUGACAAUGUUAACCGCUUUGAUAGUGGGAAAUACUCACUUACACUGGAGAAUAGCAGUGGCGAAAAAACUGCUAUCGUUGCAGUAAGAAUUUUGGAUACACCAAGUGCACCACAAAACUUUGCCGUGAAGGAGCUUAAGAAGGAUUCAGUAACUCUUGCCUGGGAUUCUCCACUUACUGAUGGGGGUUCAAAAAUCACAAACUACAUUGUAGAAAAGAGAGAGUCUGUUAGGAAGGCCUAUACUACUGUCACCAGCAACUGCACAGCCAACUCAUUCAAGAUUGAAGAGUUACCUGAGGGUGGAAUUUUCUACUUCAGAGUCUGUGCUGUUAAUGAAUAUGGCCAAGGACAGAUGGUUGAAACCAAAGAAGUCAAAGUGUCUGAAGUACCCCUGCCACCAAGCAAGGUUACCCUCGUAGAUUUGACAAAGACCAGCGUGUCACUAGCAUGGGCCAAACCUGCUCAUGAUGGUGGAAGCAAAGUUAUGUGUUACAAUGUAGAAUUCAAGCCUAAGAGUGGAGAUAAAUGGGGCACAGCAUGCACAGUCAAAGUGCCUGAAGCAACUAUUCCAAAUCUUACUCCUAAUGAAGCCUAUUUGUUUAGAGUUAUUGCAAUAAAUGAGAAGGGAAAGAGUGAGCCAAAGGAGCUUGGCUUGCCUGUGGUUGCAAAGGAUGUUGCAAUUGAACCAUCUAUCAAUUUGCUGUUUAACACAUACAGUGUGAAGUCUGGCAAAGACCUUACCUUGGAGGUACCAGUAAGAGGCAGGCCCAAGCCUGUCGUAUCCUGGAAAAAGGAUGGACUUCCGUUAAAGCAAACAUCAUCAGUGACCAUCCUGAACACAGCAACCGCUUCCAAAAUCAUUAUCAAAGAGGCUACCAGAGAACAUGUUGGAAAGUACGAGAUAACCUUGGCCAACACAGCAGGAACUGCCAAUGCGGAUAUUGGAGUUGUUGUCCUUGACAAACCAGGUCCACCUAAAGGCAUUAAGGUGGAUGCUGUGACUUCAGACAGCAUCACACUGUCCUGGUCCCCACCAGAUUACGAUGGUGGCUGCUCCAUCAGUAACUAUAUUGUUGAGAAGAGGGACACAAACACACAAGAAUGGCAGAUGAUAGCAAGUAAUGUUGCCAGAACAUCUUUCAAGGCUGGCCGCCUGACACAUGGUGCAGAAUACCAAUUCCGUAUCUGUGCAGUAAAUCGGUAUGGAAAGAGUGCAAAUCUGGAUUCAUCUGGUAUCACUGCAAUGUACAACUUCAAACAACCUGGACCUCCUUCCACCCCUAUAGUGAAGUUGGCUACCAAGUCUUACAUGCUGGUAACUUGGAAUGAGCCAGUCAUUGACGGUGGUAGCCCUGUUCUGGGCUACCAUCUUGAAAGGAAAGAGCGUACUAGCAUUCUUUGGACAAAGAUGAACAGAGGGAUGAUCAAAGAUACAGAAUACAAAGUCAACGCAAUUGAGGAAGGAAUGGUAUAUGAAUACCGUGUCUAUGCUGAAAAUAUUGCAGGUAUUGGUAAAUGCAGCAAGGCCUGUGAAGGUGUAGCUGCCAGAGAUCCAUGUGAUCCUCCAGGAACACCUGUGAUCACUGCAAUUACCAGAACAUCCGUCUCAUUGUCUUGGGAUAAACCAGAGUAUGAUGGUGGAGCCAAGGUUUCUGGCUACACCAUUGAACGCAGAGAUCUUCCUGAAGGACGCUGGACAAGAUGCAACUUCACCAAUGUGCCCGAGACCCACUAUGAUGUGACAGGCCUUACAGAGAGCAGCCAGUAUGACUUCCGUGUCAUUGCAAAGAAUGCAGCUGGAUUAUUCAGUGAACCAUCUUACAACACUGGCCCCAUUACUGUCAAGGCUGAUGUAGAUCCACCACGCAUCAUGAUGGAUGUCAAGUUCAGAGAAACAGUGCUUGUAAAAGCAGGAGAAUCUCUGAAGAUAAAUGCUGAUCUUGCUGGUCGUCCUGCCCCUGUCAUUUCCUGGACCAAGGAUGGCAAAGAGAUUGAGCUGAGAGCCAGAAUCCAGAUUGUUUCAACUGAUACAAGCACUUCUGUAGUUGUAAAGGAUUGCAUCAGAAGAGAUUCUGGACUGUAUGCCCUGACUCUACAGAAUAUUGGUGGAACAGUUACCAUGCCAAUAAACUGUGUGAUUUUAGAUAAGCCAGGACCUCCAGCAGGACCGCUACAGAUCACAGGUCUCACUGCUGAGGAAUGCACUCUGUCAUGGGGUCCUCCUCAGGAAAUUGGUGGUGCUGACAUCACACAUUAUGUUGUUGAGAAGCGUGAGACCAGCCGCUUGGCAUGGACAGUGGUAAAGGGAGAUCUCACAAAAACAUAUUUCAAAGUCACUGGACUACUAAAGGGCAAUGAAUAUAUAUUUAGAGUUUUGGCUGUUAACAAGCAUGGUCCUGGUGAGUCUCUGGAAAGUGAUUCUGUAAAAAUCACAGAUCCGUAUACUUUUGCCACUGCACCAACUAGUGUUGAUGUCACAGUCAUAACUGGAGAUUCAAUGACACUCACCUGGUGUAAGCCAGUCAGUGAUGGAGGCAGCCCCAUCAUUGGAUAUGUGAUUGAACGCCGUGAGAAGACAGGCAUGCGGUGGAUCCGUGUGAACAGGGAUCUUGUUGUUGACUGUACAACUGUGGCAACAAAGCUGCGCAAGAGUUGUGAGUAUGACUACAGAGUCUAUGCUGAAAAUGCUGCUGGUUUGAGCCCUCCAAGUGAACGAUCUGCAACAUUUAGAGCAUUAGAUCCUCUUGUUGUUUCCUCUCGCCCAACAAAGCCAAAGAUUGUAAAUUCAACUGAGGACAGCAUAACAAUUGUCUGGAAACCACCAACAAAUGAUGGUGGUGCUCCCAUCCUUGGAUACAGUGUAGAAUACAGAGACUACAUUCGCAAACCAGAGCCAGAGGUUGAGGACGAAGAGGAAGAAUAUGAAGAGGAGGAAGAAGAGGAGGUACCCGAAUCACCUGAAGAACUUGCAAGAUGGGUUGAGGCUAUCCCUCUUACAAAGAGCUUGGAGUUCACUGUUACUGGACUAAAGACAGAUGCAGAAUACGAAUUCUCUGUCAAGGCAAUAAACAAAGUUGGCAGCAGUGUGCGUAGCCUAUUUUCAGAUGCAGCUGCAGCAAUGGACAGAACAGCAGAGCCAUCAUUUGAUGUUGACAUUGAGAUGCACAAAGUGCUUAUCGUUAAGCAUGGCACAGCAUUUACUCUCAAUGUACCAUUCAAGGGAAAACCUGUACCAUCAGUGACAUGGGUCAAGGAGGGUGUUGAUCUUAAGGUCAGAGGAACCAUUGAAUCAACAAAAUCUAACACUUCACUGACCCUUGAGAAGUCAACUAGAAAUGACUCUGGAGAAUACAGUGUUACUAUUGAAUCCCCAUUGGGAAAAGCAACAUUGCCAAUGGUUGUCAAGGUGCUUGACUCUCCUGGACCCCCUGUUAAUGUUAAAGUAUCAGCAGUGACAAGGGAUACAGCAACCCUCGCUUGGGAAGCUCCAGAGAAUGAUGGAGGUGAUGCUGUGAAGGCCUAUCAUGUUGAAAAACGUGAGGCCAGUAAGAAGGCUUGGGUGUCUGUGACCAGCAACUGCCACACGCUUUCUUACAAAGUGGAAGACCUGCAGGAGGGAGCCAUGUAUUACUUCAGAAUUAUUGGAGAAAAUGAAUAUGGAGUUGGUGUUCCUCAGGAGGCCAAGGCUGGAACAAAGAUUACAGAGGUUCCAAGUCUGCCUAUGAAACUUGGAGUUGCAAAUGUUACAAAGGACAGUGUGACAAUUGCCUGGACAAGACCACAAUAUGAUGGUGGUAGCAGAGUCACUGGUUAUCUUAUUGAUGCCCUGGAGAAGGGACAGACCAAGUGGGUGAAGUGUGCCACUGUGAGGACCAUGACCCACGUUAUUAAGAACCUGAGGGAGGGUGCCGAGUACUUUUUCAGAGUUCGUGCUGAGAACCAUGCUGGACUCAGUGAACCAAAGGAGAUGAUUGUACCCGUAAUUGUCAAAGAAAUACAUGAGGCCCCUGAAUUUGACAUGAAGAACUAUCCCAAGAGUACAGUUUAUGUAAAAGCAGGAUCAGAUCUGACCUUUGAGAUCCCUCUUACUGGUAGGCCCACGCCAAAGGUGACUAUGUCCAAGAAUAAUGUUGUCAUCAAGGGGUCUAAGAGGUUGCUUACAGAAGUGACUCCAGACAGUUUAAUCAUCACUCUAUUAGAAAGCAUAUCAACUGAUGCUGGAAAAUAUGAAGUGACUGCCUCAAAUUCUGGAGGCACUACCAAGAUCUUGAUUAUCCUCGUUGUCCUGGAUAAACCUGGGCCACCAGCUGGUCCGGUCGAGAUCGGAGAGGUUGGAGAAACAACAGUAUGUCUGAAAUGGGCACCUCCAGAAUAUGAUGGCGGCAGCCCUGUCACCAACUACAUUGUUCUGAAACGGGAAACUAGCACUCCCACCUGGGCAGAGGUGUCAACUAGCAUUGCCAGAAGUGCGAUCAAGGUGAAUAAGCUGACAAAGGGAGAAGGGUACCAGUUCAGGAUCAAGGCUCAAAAUCGCUUUGGUGUCAGCGACCAUAUUGACAGCCAGCCAGUCAUGAUAAAACUUCCAUACAUCAUCCCUGGACCCCCAUCUACACCAUGGCUCAGCUUUGUAUCUAGGGAGAGUCUGACAGUCUGCUGGAAUGAGCCUGUCAAUGAUGGUGGAAACCCUGUGAUUGGAUAUCAUCUCCAGAUGAAAGAGAGGAGCAGUAUCCUCUGGCAGAAGGUCAAUAAGACAGCAAUCCCAGGAAAUCAGUGGCGAGUCUCCAACAUCUGCCCUGGCCUCAUCUAUGAAUUUAAGGUAGCAGCUGAAAAUGCUGCAGGUAUUGGAAAGAUGAGCAAGACCUCUGAAGAAGUGCUUGCAAUCGAUGCCUGUGAGCCCCCAGCAAAUGUCCGCAUCACAGAAGUCACCAAGAACUCAGUCAGCCUGGCAUGGCAGAGGCCUCCAUAUGACGGUGGCAGCAAAAUUACAGGCUACAGUGUGGAGAGGAGGGACGCUCCAAAUGGCAGAUGGGUGAAGGCCAACUUCACAAACAUUAUUGAGAUGGGCUUCACAGUUUCUGGACUGAACCAGGAUGAGUCUUAUGAGUUCAGAGUGUAUGCCAAGAAUGCAAUUGGGUCUGUCAGCAACCCAUCUCUCAUUGCUGGCCCAGUCACAUGUGUCGAUGCAUGUGGUGCCCCAGCUAUUGAUCUUCCUCCAGAGUAUCUGGAUGUGGUUCAGUACAAGGCUGGAACUUCAGUUAAGCUAAGAGUUGGCAUCAUUGCCAAGCCUCUGCCAACAAUUGAGUGGCUCAAGGAUGGAAAGGAGCUGGUAGCAACUUCUACAAUAUCUGUUGAGAGCACAACUGACUCUUCUGCUGUUCUGAUCAAAGAUGCAGCUCGCCUUCACACAGGCUCAUAUGAGAUAAAGAUCAAGAAUGUUCUCGGUUCAGCAUCUGCAACCAUUAGGAUUGAAAUCCUAGACAAACCUGGACCCCCAGCCGGCAUGAUUAACUUCAACUCCAUCACAGCAGACAAAAUUAUCUUCAGCUGGGAGCCUGUGCCUGAGUCAGACCAGGGUGGUUCAAAGGUCACCCACUACAUUGUUGAGCGGCGCGAAACCAGUAGAGUUGUCUGGUCAACAGUUUCAGACAGGCAUGAGGAGACACACGUCACUGUCGGCCAGCUUUUGCGUGGAAAUGAAUAUGUGUUCCGAGUAAUGGGUGUCAAUAAGUAUGGAGUUGGAGAGACACUGGAGUCAGAGCCUGUCAUUGCUAAGAACGCCUUUGUAACUCCUGGGCAGCCACAUACUCCUGAGGUGACUACCACCACCAAGUCCACAAUGGUGGUAGAAUGGAACAAACCAGGUGUAGACGGAGGUAGCACUGUAACAGGCUACUACCUGGAGCGACGUGACAAGAAGAGCUUGCGCUGGAUCAGAGUUUAUAAAGACCCUAUCACUGACAUCAAACAGACUGUCUACCAUUUGACUGAAGGAAAUGAGUACCAGUACCGCAUCUGUGCCAUUAACAAAGCUGGGGAGGGACCGUUCUCUGAUGCAUCAGACUACUACAAGGCGGCUGACCCAGUUGAUCCCCCUGAUGAGCCAUGCAAGCUGAAGGUAGUGGACUCAACGAGGACAUCCAUUACUUUAGGCUGGUCCAAGCCAGAAUGGGAUGGAGGCAGUGAAGUCACAAACUACAUGGUGGAGAAGCUUAUUGAAGGAGAGCAAGAGUGGGCAAUGAUAACCUCCAAGGGAGAGGUAAAGACUACAGAAUACACAGUCCAUGACUUAAAACCAGAUGUCAACUACUUCUUCAGAGUCUCUGCUAUCAACUGUACUGGCCGAGGGGAGCCGCUGGAGAUGACUGAGCCUGUGCAGGCUAAGGAUAUCCUUGAGGAGGCCCAGGUUGAUUCAGAUGUGGCCAUGAGAACACACUACAUUGUGAAGGCAGGCAAGGAUGUGGAGCUGACUGUACCUCUAAAGGGCAGACCUUCUCCAACAGCUUCCUGGUGCAAGGGAGACGAAUGCAUUGAUCACAAUCCCAAAUAUGAGUUCCAUCACACAGACACCACUACAGUCCUUGUUAUGCGUGAGGUGACCAGGCUUGAUACUGGAAAGUACACAGUAAAGAUUGAAAAUGGUGUUGGAGAGCCAAAGAAGCUGACCCUGUCUGUGAAGGUCCAGGAUACUCCAGCUCAGUGCAAGAAUCUUGUGCUGAAGGAGGUGACCCGUGGAAAGGUCACUCUCUGCUGGGAGCCUCCACUUCUUGAUGGUGGUGCUGAGAUCACAAACUACAUAGUUGAGAAGAGAGACUCCUCCAAGAGAUCUUACUCUGCAGUGACAAGCAAAUGCACAGACACAACAUACACUAUUGAAGAUCUCUCAGAGAAGACAUCCUUCUUCUUCCGUGUGUUAGCAGAAAAUGAGAACGGUGUUGGUGAUCCAUGUGAAACUCUUGAGCCUGUGAAAGCUACAGAGACCCCAGGACCAGUCAAGGAGGUUUCUAUGAAGGAUUCAUCAAAGACCUCUGUAACCCUGCAGUGGCUGAAGCCUGAUUAUGAUGGUGGCAGCAUUAUCUCUGACUACAUCAUUGAGAAGAAGCUCAAGGAUGAGGAAUGGUCAUUGGGAGGAACCAGCAGACAGUGUGAGUUUGAAGUUAAGAAACUCAAGGAGCACUCGGAUGUGUUCUUCAGAGUUGCUGCAAGAAAUGAGAAAGGACAGGGUGACUUUUUUGAGAUUGGACCUAUUAAAGUAAUCGAUUACAUCAUCACACCCGAGGCAAGCCUUGCUGAGUACCCAGAUGGCAGAAUAAGUGUCCGCCUGGGUCACAAUGUGCACAUUGAGCUGCCAUACAAAGGAAAACCAAGACCUUCUGUUCUGUGGCUGAAGGACAACCUGCCACUGAAGGAGAGUGACCAAGUUCGCUUCAAGAAGACGGAAAACAAAGCCACUCUAAUGAUUAAGAAUGUGACAAAGGAGAAUGGGGGCAAAUACACCUUGACUCUUGAUAACAAGGUCAACAGGAGAUCCUUCCAUAUCCAUGUCAUCACACUUGGACCACCAUCCAAGCCUAUUGGACCCAUCCUCCUGGAUGAAGUCAGAGCUGAGAGCAUCAUGAUAUCCUGGGAAGAACCUAACGAUGAUGGUGGUGGAGACAUUACCUGCUACACUGUGGAGAAGCGUGACACCUCCCAAUCUGACUGGAAGAUGGCCUGCUCUGGUGUACAGGGUACUCAGUUCAAGGUCCCCAACCUUAUCAAGGGUGUCCAAUACCAGUUCAGGGUGUGUGCUGAAAACAGAUAUGGUGUCAGUGAGGCUUUAGUCUCACAGAUGGUCAUUGCCAAGCACCAGUUCAGACCUCCAGGCCCACCAGGCAUUCCCAUUGUGUAUAAUGUGACCAUUGAUGGCAUGACAAUCCAAUGGGAGCAGCCAAUCUAUGAUGGUGGUACCCCCAUCCAGGGCUAUCAUGUGGAGAAGAAGGAAAAGAACAGCAUUAUGUGGCAAAAGGUGAACACUGUGUUGAUCAAAGAAACAGACUACAGGAUCUUGGGACUCAUUGAAGGCCUUGGGUAUUCCUUCAGAGUCUAUGCCCAGAAUGAUGCUGGCUUCAGUCGAAUGAGUGAUGAGAGCAAGUCAACCAUGGCUGUCAGUCCUGUUGAUCCUCCUGGCCAGCCUGAUUACAUUGAUGUGACUAGUGACACAGUGACCCUGAAAUGGGAUGCACCAAAGCGUGAUGGUGGUAGCAAGAUUGCCGGCUACAAUAUUGAGAAGCGUCAAGGACAUGGCCGCUGGUUCAAGGCCAACUUGACUGAUGUACAUGACUGCCAGUACACUGUCACAGGGUUGGCAACAAAUGAACGCUAUGAGUUCAGAGUGAUUGCAAGAAAUGCAAUUGGUGUUGUCAGUCCUCCCUCCAACUCCUCUGGCAUGAUUGUAGUUAGAAGUGAAAACGCUUGUCCAAAUAUUGAGUUUGGCCCAGAGUACUUUGAAGGUUUGACAGUCAAGGCAGGAGACAACAUCAGGCUGAAAGUGACAAUCACAGGGCGGCCUGUUCCCAAGGUGGUCUGGUACAGAGAUGGUGUUGAGAUUACCAAAAAGAUGAUGGACAUUGUCAAUGUCGCUGGAUCCAGCACCUUGUUUGUGAGGGAUGCUGAUCGUACCCACCGUGGCCUCUACACUGUGGAGGCUACAAAUGGAUCUGGAAGCAAGAAGGAGAAUAUCCUUGUUCAAGUCCAAGAUACUCCUGGGGAACCUGUAGGACCAAUGGUGUUCAGUAAUAUCUCAGAAGGCAAGUGCACUCUGUCUUGGAACCCACCAGAGAAUGACGGCUGCUCCGAGAUUUCACAUUACAUUGUUGAGAAGCGUGAGACCGCCAAGAUCUCUUGGGCCUUGGUGUCUGAUGAAUGCACGGAGUGCACAUUCAAUGCAACCAAGCUCAUCAAGACAAAUGAGUACCAGUUCAGGGUCUCUGCUGUAAACAAGUUUGGAGUUGGUAGACCUUUGGAAUCCAGCCCCAUCAUUGCUCAGCUGCAAUACACUACUCCUGAUGCUCCAGGAACUCCUGACGCUACUGAGGUUACAGGAGAGAGCAUCACUCUGUCCUGGAGUCCUCCAACAUCUGAUGGAGGAAACCCCAUUCAGUAUUACCUCCUGGAGAAACGAGAAAAGAAAACUGUCCGGUUUUACAAGGUUAUAACCAAGAAGCCCAUUGUUGAAUGUGCCAACAAGGUGCUCCACCUAACAGAGGAUAUGGAAUACGAGUUCCGUGUAAUGGCAGUAAAUGAUGCUGGUGUUGGAGCUCCUAGCAACAUCUCUCUGCCUAUCAAAGCCACAGAGCCAAAGGAUAUUCCUUGUGCUCCAUCUGUAAUCUGUGUGUCCGACUCCACUAACACAUCCAUCAGCCUCGAAUGGACCAGGCCUGCGGAUGAUGGAGGCAUGGAGAUCACGGGUUACAUUGUUGAGAUGGUAAAGGGAGAAGAUGAAGAAUGGAAGAGAGUCAAUGAGGAGUUGGUCCCAGAAACAAAUUACAUUGUGACUGGUCUACAGACAGGGGCUGAGUACAAGUUCCGUGUGGCAGCUGUCAAUCACGUUGGUAGAGGUGAAGACAAGGAAAUUCCAGAGCCUGCUCAGGCUGUAGACAGGCUAAUGCCACCACAGGUGGAUAUUGAUGCAACAUUCAAGCAGACACACAUUGUCAAGGCUGGAGGUUCUGCUUGCCUGGGCAUCCACUUCAGAGGAAAGCCUAUUCCGACAGCCACCUGGGUCAAGGAAGAAGGAGAACUAGGUGUCAUGUCAGAGAUCACAACUACAGAAGGCUACACUUCUGUAAGUAUUGAAAGCUGCUCAAGAAAUGAUACAGGUAAAUACACUGUUAACCUGGAAAACACAAGUGGCAGCAAGUCCAUUACAGUCACUCUUAAGGUAAUGGACACUCCUGGAGCUCCACAGGCUGUAGCCUUCAAAGAGGUGUCCAGAGGCUCUGUCACACUUGUCUGGGAACCUCCUCUACUUGAUGGUGGAGCCCGAAUCCAUCACUUUAUUGUUGAGAGGCGUGAGGCUAGCCGUCGCACUUGGCAACAGUCUGGUGGCAAAUGUACACAGUUUAUCCUUAAGAUCCAGGACCUGCUUGAGGGAGUGCCAUACUUCUUCAGAGUCUCAGCUGAAAACCAACAUGGUGUUGGUGAGGCAUUUGAGCUUACUGAGCCUGUCAUUGCCACUGCAGAGCCUGCAAGUCCAAAGAGAAUGGAUAUCCUGGACACCACAGACAACUCUGUUUUACUGGGCUGGCUGAAACCAGAGCAUGAUGGAGGUAGCCGCAUCCAGUGCUACGUCAUUGAGGCUAAGCCAAAGGGUACAGACAAAUGGGUAGUGGUUGGAAACACCAAGAAUCUCACGUAUAUGGUUGAAAAGCUUAACAAGGGAGAUGAGUAUGAUUUCCGUGUGAAGGCAAAGAAUGAGUCUGGCUACAGUCAACCCAGGGAAACUCUUACUCCUGCACUGGUCAAAGAGCCACACAUUGAACCAGCUGCUGACCUCAGUGACAUUGCCAACCAACUAAUUACAUGUAGGUCUGGCAGUACCUUCAUCAUCGAUGUUCCCAUCAGUGGUAGACCUGCUCCUAAAGUCAGCUGGAAGCUGGAAGAGAUGAGGCUGAAGAGCACAGACAGAGUCUCCAUCAAAGUAACCAAGGAGAGAGCCAGCAUCUCAGUAAAGGAAGCCAUGAGAGGAGAUGGUGGUAAAUACUUCCUAACUCUGGAGAAUGUAGCUGGAACCAGGACCUUUACCAUCGAAGUUAAUGUAACUGGUAGACCCAGUCCACCAACUGGACCCAUUGAAAUUUCAUCAAUCACCUCUGAGUCUUGCAUUGUAAACUGGCAACCUCCAGAGGAUGAUGGUGGCACUGAUAUCACCAACUACAUUGUGGAGAAACGUGAGUCUGGCUCCACUGCCUGGCAGCUGAUCAACUCCAGUGUAAAGCGCACAUCUCUCCAUGUCAGUCACCUUACCAAGUACAUGCAGUACACUUUCAGAGUGUCUGCUGAGAAUAGAUUUGGUGUCAGCAAAACUACUGAGUCUGAGACAAUUGUUGCAGAGCAUCCUUUCACUCCUCCUGGUCCACCAACAAAACCCUCAAUCAUUAAUGUUUCUGCCAACACAAUGACCAUGAAAUGGGAGGAGCCAUACCAUGAUGGUGGCAGCAAGGUUACAGGUUACUGGAUCGAGAAGAAGGAAAGGAACAAUAUCCUGUGGGUGAGGGAGAACAAGAUCCCUUGCUUUGAGUGUUACUACAAGGUAGAGGGUCUGGUUGAAGGCCUGGAGUACCAGUUCAGAGUUUAUGCCAUGAACAGUGCUGGGCUAAGCAAAGCCAGUGAAGCCUCCAAGGGAGCAGUUGCUCAAAACCCAGUUGAUUCUCCAAGUAAGCCAGAAGUCACAAAUGUUACUAGAACCACCGUUUCCCUCAAAUGGUCAGCUCCACUGAAUGAUGGGGGCAGUCCCAUUGUUGGCUACAUUGUAGAGCGCAAGCCAUAUACUUUGACUGGUGAAGGCCGCUGGCUUAAGUGCAACUACACCAAUGUGACAGACACUUUCUACACUGUAACUGCCCUGGGAGAGGGCGAGCCCUAUGAGUUCAGGGUCAUCGCCAAGAAUGCCAACCAGGUCUACAGCAUACCAUCUGAGUCCACUGGGUCUGUGCAAUGCAAGACAGACUUCGAACCUCCAAAAGCUCAGCUGGAUAGUAAACUCCUGUCUGAAACUGUGACGGUCAGAGCUGGUUCCGACCUGGUUCUGGACGCUGCAGUUGGAGGCAGACCUGACCCUAAAGCCUCUUGGUCCAAGGGUAACAGGGAUCUGGAAUUGUGUGAAAAGUAUCACCUUCAGUACACCCCCACCAAGGCCAUGGCCAUCAUCAAGUUCUGUGACAGAGAUGACACUGGAAAGUACAUACUCACUGUCAGGAAUGUAAGUGGAACCAAGACUGCUGAGGUCAACGUCAAAGUGCUAGACACCCCUGGAGUUUGUGAAGGCAGCAUUAAGGUCAGCAAAAUCACAGAGGAGUCAUGCACACUAAGCUGGAAGCCUCCUCUUGAGGAUGGGGGCGAUGAGAUCUCCCACUACAUAGUGGAGAGGCGUGACACCAACAGACUGAACUGGGUCAUCAUGCAUGCUGAGUGCAAAGAACUCACUUGCGACAUCACUAGGCUCUUCAAGAAUACUGAAUACCUGUUCAGAGUCCGGGGAGUCAACAAGUAUGGAGCUGGAGUCUACCUCCAGUCAGAACCAAUAUUUGCAAGAAACACUUUCACCGUGCCAACUCCUCCUGGUGCUCCAGAAAUACUCGUGUCAGGAAAGGACUUUGCGACCAUCGAGUGGCUGAAGCCAGAAAGUGAUGGUGGUAGCCCACUGAUCCACUACCUUGUAGAGAGGCGCGAGAGGAAGAGUGCCCGCUGGGUGAAGGUGAACAGGGAUGGAGCCCACCUGGACACCACAUUGAAGGUGUCUGGUUUGAUUGAAGGCAACAUCUACCAGUUCAGAGUGACUGCCAUCAACAAAGCUGGAGAUAGUGAAACCAGCGAGGUUUCUCUGUAUGUUGUCUGCAGAGUGCCAACAUGUACCCCUGCUCCUCCCUCUAUUCCUCGUAUUACUGACACCCAUGCCAACAGCAUCAGCCUGGCCUGGUCCCGCCCUGUGGAGGACGGAGGAGCUGAUGUGAUGGGCUACAUCCUGGAGAUGCGUGAAGCUGGGGCAGAGGAAUGGAGUAAGGCCCAUGAAAAGACCCUUCGUGCAACUGAGCAUGUUGUGACCGGACUGUCUGCUGGCAAGAAGUACUGCUUUAGAGUUGCUGGCAUCAACAUUAACGGUACAGGAGACUUCAGUGAACCUUGUGCUGAGACUGAACCCGUGGAGAGAAUUGAAACCCCUGACUUUGAGCUCCAUGAUGACUUGAAGAAGACCAUCUGCUUGCGUGCUGGAGGCUCGCUCCGAAUGUUUGUUAAAGUCACUGGUCGUCCUGCUCCUGCCAUCACUUGGAGCAAACAUGAUGUUGACCUUCAAAACAGAGGUUUCAUUGAAGUUACAAAUACGUCCACCACACUCAUCAUUGACAAGGUCCACCGCUACGAUGCUGGCAAGUACACACUGGUUGCUGAGAACUCAGCUGGAAAGCAGGAGGUCAACAUUCUUGUCAAGGUCUACGAUACUCCUGGACCAACUGGACCAAUCAAGAUUAAAGAGUUGACUAAGGAGUCUGCUACUAUCUCUUGGGAAGCCCCAGCUGUGGAUGGUGGUGCUCCUGUCAACAACUACAUCAUUGAGAGGCGUGAGGCAUCCAUGAGAGCCUACAAGACCGUCACCUCGAAGUGUACUAAGACAUCAUACAAGAUUGACGGCUUGAUGGAGGGUAUGCUGUACUACUUCAGGGUCCUCCCCGAGAACAUUUAUGGUAUCGGUGAACCCUGUGAGACUCCAGAUGUCAUCCUGGUGUGUGAGGUUCCUCUGCCGCCACAAAAGCUGGAGGUGAUUGAUGUCACUAAAAGCACCGUCACCCUGGGCUGGGAGAAGCCAGAGCAUGAUGGUGGCAGCAGACUGACAGGCUAUCUCAUUGAAGCCUGCAAGUUUGGCACCGAUAAAUGGAUGAAGGUUGCUACACUGAAGACCACAGACCUUGAGCACACCAUCGACAAGCUUAAUGAGAAAGAGCAGUACUUGAUAAGAAUCAGGGCAAUCAACAGCCGAGGAGCCAGUGAGCCCAAAGAGCUUGUCACAGCUGUCACAGUACAGGAACAGAGAGUAAUGCCUUUGGUAGACUUCUCCAGUAUUCCACAGAAGGUUGUCAAUGUCCUGGCUGGCAAGACUCUCGAUCUAGACCUACCCAUCAUUGGCAGGCCUCCUCCUGUUUGUUCCUGGUACUUCAGUGAUAACAAGAUAAAAGUCACAGACCGCAUUAAGGUCAAGAGCACUGGCAAGUUUACCAAACUGACCAUGUCUGACACCACCAUUGAUGACACUGGCAACUAUACCCUGGAGGUGAAGAAUGCAGUUGGUGUUAUCAGCGAGGUCAUCAAGGUCAUCAUCCUCUCCAAACCGGAUGAACCAAAGGGACCCAUUAGGUUUGAUGAGAUUGAUGCCACCACCGUCACCUGCAGCUGGGAUCCCCCAGUCAGAGAUGGUGGAGCUCCCAUUAGUGGCUAUGUGGUUGAGCAACGUGAAGCUCACAGACCUGGCUGGGUGCCAGUGUGUGACUCUGUGAGCCGACCAACAUUCAAGUUUGAGAACUUGAUUGAGGGAGAUGAGUAUGUCUUCCGCACAGCUGCCAUUAAUCGUUAUGGCACCGGAGAGUUCCAGCAGUCUGAGAUUGUAACCUGCAGGAGCCUAAAGAAUGUGUCUGGACCUCCUGGCCGUCCAACCAUCUUUGAUGUGUCCCGUGAUGGCAUGACUGUGGCCUGGAACCCACCAGAUGAAGAUGGCGGUCUUGAGGUUUCUGGAUACAUUAUUGAGCGCAAAGAAGUCAGGUCUGACAGAUGGGUACGGGCCAACAAGAACCCUAUCACCAUGACCAGAUAUAGGUCAACAGAGCUGAUUGAGGGCCUUGAGUAUGAACACAGAAUCACUGCCAUCAAUGCAAGAGGACUGAGCAAGCCAAGUCUUCCAUCUAAACCAGCAGUGGCAACAGAUCCCAUUGAUCCGCCUGGCUGUCCUCAAAACCCAAGGAUCACUGAUACCACCAAGUCCUCUGUAUCGCUAGCUUGGAGUCCUCCUGAUGAUGAGGGAGAUGCAAGAAUUGACGGUUACUUGAUUGAGAUGCAGAAGGUGGGCACAAUGGCCUGGAUCAAGUGCAACACCACACCAUCUCUAAUCUGCGAGUACACACUGACAAACAUGCCACAAGCAGAGGAGUUCAAAUUCCGUGUAAUGGCCUGCAAUGCUGGCGGCUCUGGAGAGCCUGCUGAGGUGCCUGGAACUGUCACUGUGACAGAGAUGCUUGAAUCCCCAGACUUUGAACUGGAGCUCAAAUAUAAAGAUUUGUACGUGGUCCGCCAGGGAGGAGUGGUUAGACUUUCUGUGCCAAUCAAGGGUAAACCUCAACCAACCUGCAAGUGGUCCAAGGAUGGCGGUGCAUACUCUACCAUGGCCAUGAUUGCUUCCACUGAGGAUGCCAGUGAGCUAGUGAUCAAAGGAGCGGAGAGGGGCGACUCUGGAGUAUACGACCUCCUGCUCGAGAAUAGGGUUGGCAAGAAGAAGGCUCAAAUAAAGGUAAAGGUCAUUGGCCGCCCAACUGCUCCAGAGGGACCAAUGCUCUUUGAGGAGAUCCAGGCCAACUCUGUCAAGAUGUCUUGGAAGGUGCCAACAGAUGAUGGUGGCUCAGAGAUCCUGGGUUAUAUCGUAGAAAGACGUGAGGCAGCCAGAAACGCUUGGUACACUGUGGACUCAAGGGUAACUGACACUCAGCUGGUUGUCAAGGGCCUAAAGGAGGGAACAGAGUACCACUUCAAGGUAACAGCUGAAAAUUCCUAUGGAAUCAGCUCCUCUCUGAAGUCGGAGCAGCCACUGGUGCCAAAGACUCCUCUCUGUCCCCCUGAGCCUUCAGCCACCCCACCAGAAAUUAUGGACGUGACAAAGAGCUCUGUGGCAUUGGCAUGGUCCAGACCAAAGGACGACGGUGGCACUGCCAUCAUUGGGUACUUUGUGGAGUACAAACUGGUGUCUGCUGAGUCAUGGUCCCGACACCAGAGCAAGAUCACCUCUACUAUGUUUACUCUACCUGGACUCACCCCUGAUUCAGACUACCACUUCCGCAUUGUUGCUGUCAACGGCAUUGGUGAGAGCGAAGCUGGUCCUUUGUCAGAUCCUGUCACGUGCAAGGAUCCUUUCGACAAACCAAGCCAGCCAGGAGAGAUUGACACAGUGAAGGUUUCAAACAACUGCAUUAACAUCCGCUGGCAAGCUCCAGAGUGUGAUGGUGGAAAGGAGGUCCUAGGCUACUGGGUAGAGUACAGAAAGUCCAUUGAGAGCACAUGGAAGAAGUGCAACAAACAGAGGCUGAAAGAAAAGGAGUUCACCAUGCCUGGAUUGGCUGAGGCCACAGAUUACGAGUUCAGAGUAUUUGCUGAGAAUGAGACAGGAAUGAGUAGACCCCGUAGGACUGCCACAUGCAUCAAGACCAAACUGAGUGUUGAAACUAAACCAAGUCUAAGAAAGGAAAUGGAUGAAGUAACGACCAAGCUUGGCCAGCCUGCUGUCAUGAAGUGCCAGAUUAUUGGUAGACCUGUCCCUGACAUCAAGUGGUAUCAUGCUGGCAAGGAGAUUGUUGAGUCUCGCAAGUACGAGAUGAGCUCUGAUGGCCGCAACAACUCUCUAUCCAUCAUGACCGACCAACAGGAGGAUGAAGGACAGUAUACAUGCAAGGGCAUCAAUGAUGCUGGAGAGGCUGAGACCACAGGCAUGUUGGUGUUGGAAGCUGCUUCAUCCUUCCACCCCGACUACCCUCUGAAGGAGACCUACUACGCUGGCCUGGGAUCCACUCUGCGCGUCCACGCUGUCUACAUUGGCCGUCCAGAGCCAAAGAUCAUGUGGCUUCAAGGAUCAAAGACCCUGGAGAACACAGAGGACACAACCAUUGAGACCACAGAGCACUAUACACACCUGGUCAUCAAGAACGUACAGCGCAGACUCCAUGGAGGCAAAUACAGGAUCAGACUGCACAACCACUUCGGCAGGGCUGACACCGCGUUCAAUGUUGAAAUUUAUGACAAACCUGACAGGCCUCAGGGUCCCAUUGUGCUGGUUGCCCUCCUGAAGAACUCUGUCAUCAUCAGCUGGAAGCCUCCUACAGACGACGGAGGCUGCAUGAUCACCAAUUACAUUGUUGAGAAGCGUGAGGACAAAGAGGGCACUGAGUGGGAACUGGUAUCGUCAUCCAUCAAUGGCAUAUCUUGCCGUGUACCUAACCUCAUUGACAGUGCCGGAUACUUCUUCCGUGUGUAUGCCCAGAAUCGCUACGGCAACAGUGAACCACUGGAGCUCACUUCACCUAUACUUAUCAAGAGCCAACUGGAGAAACCAUCACCACCUCUUUCACCAGUUGUUUCUGGUAUCACUAAGGACUCUUGCGUGGUUUCCUGGAAGCCACCACUCUGUGAUGGAGGCUCCAAGAUCAAGAGCUAUUGCCUUGAGAAGAAGCAAAAGAAGGACAAGAAAGAAUGGAAUGAUUGGACCCCAGUGACCACGGAUGAAAUCAAACAAACAGUGUUCUCUGUCAAGCGUCUGACCGAAGGACUUGAGUGCAUUUUCCGUGUAAAGUGUGAGAAUCUCGGAGGACAAAGUGACUACAGUGAAGAGACUGCUCCCAUCAUUCCAGCCACAGCUGUAGAGGUUCGUGCUCCUGCCUUCAAGGAAGAGCUGAGGAACAUGAGUGUCAAGCACAAGAGCAAUGCUACACUUGUCUGCAAGAUUACAGGACAGCCUAAGCCUGUGAUUAAAUGGUUCAGGCGAGGAAAAGAGAUCCACUCCGAUGGAAAGAAGAUUAAGAUCCAGGAGUUUAAGGGAGGUUACCACCAGCUGGUCAUCAGUGAAGCUGAUGAUGAAGAUUCUACUGUGUACCAGAUAAGGGCAACCAACCAGGGUGGCUCCAUCUGUGCAACUGUCUCUUUGGAUGUUGAAGUUCCUGCCAAGAUCAACCUGCCAAAGAAUCUGAAGGACAAGGAAGCUAUCCCUGCCCUGCGUGGAGAAGUUGUCAAUAUCAAGAUUCCUUUUGGUGGCAAACCAGAUCCUGUCAUCACAUGGCAGAAGGGACAAGAUCUCAUUGACAGCAACGGUCACUACCAAGUUAUUGUCACAAGAUCAUUCACUUCUUUGGUGUUCCCCAAUGGAGUGGAGAAAAAGGAUGCUGGUUUCUACAUUGUAUGUGCCAAGAACAGAUUUGGCAUUGAUCAGCAGACAGUCGAGCUGGAUGUGGCCGACGUACCUGAUCCUCCACGUGGUGUCACAGCUAGUGACGUCUCUAGAGAUUCAGUCUCACUGAAUUGGGUAGCCCCAGCAAAUGAUGGUGGCAGCAAGGUCGUCAGCUACAUCAUUGAGAAGUGCCCAACAACUGCUGAGAGGUGGCAGCGUGUAGCCCAGUCCCGUGAUACCCGCUACACCGUUACCAAUCUGUUCGGCGGAACCAGUUAUCAAUUCAGAGUCAUUGCGGAGAAUAAAUUUGGACAGAGUGCUCCAUCAGAGACCACUGGACCGGUCAUGACCAAGGAGGACAAAUCUAGAGUUCUGCUGUACGACAGAGAGGUUGAGGAUACUGAACGUGUGCCCAAAGGCAAGGCUCCACAUUCCGAAGCCAAGAAUUUGCACAACAAAUAUGCCAUUGCCGAAGAACUGAGCAGAGGUCAGUUUGGUAUUGUCCAUCGCUGUGUAAGCACUAGCUCUGAGAAGACCUACAUGGCUAAAUUUGUCAAAGUAAGAGGCGCUGAUCAAGCAAUUGUCAAGAAGGAAAUUGCAACACUGAAUUUGGCUAAACACACUAACUUCCUUCUCCUCCAUGAGUCUUUUGACAGCCCGGAGGAGCUGGUGAUGAUAUAUGACUUUAUCUCAGGUGCUGACAUAUUUGAACGCAUCAACAUAGCAGAGUUUGAGCUCAAUGAACGUGAGAUUGUCAACUACAUCAGACAGAUCUGCUCAGCUCUUGAAUUCCUGCAUGCAGAGAGCUAUGGACACUUUGAUAUUAGACCCGAGAAUAUUGUGUACACUACUAGAACUAGCUCUAAUGUGAAGAUUAUUGAGUUGGGCCAGUCCAGACACCUGACCCCUGGAGAGCAAAUCAAGAUUCAGUAUACCACUGCAGAGUAUGCUGCGCCUGAGAUCCACCAGUGUGAUAUGGUUAGCAGUGUCACUGAUAUGUGGUCAGUUGGUGUCCUUGCCUAUGUGCUUCUCAGUGGACUUAAUCCUUUCAUUGCGGAAACCAAUCAACAGAUGAUUGACAAUAUCUCCAAUGCAGCCUACAGCUAUGAUGAUGAGUCCUUCAAGCAAGUCAGUGUCGAUGCAUUAGACUUCACAGACCGCUUAAUGACAAAGGAACGUAAGCAUCGUAUGAAUGCAGCAGAAGCUCUGGCACAUCCUUGGCUGACUAAACCUGCUGAGGACAUCAGCACCAGAGCGAUCACAACUAGCAGACAUAAGCGAUACUACCAGACAAUGGUGAGGAAGGAGUGGAGCACUGUCGUCUCAGCAGCCCGUGUUGCCAGCGGCGGGUCCAUCAGGUCCCAGCGCGGUGUUUUUGUUGCGAAGGUGAAGAUUGCGCCAUUUGAAAAUGGUCCUGUAGCUGGCCAGAUUAGCCACGCUGUGGUAAAUGAGGGCAACAGUGCGAAGUUCAGAUGCAACAUUGAAAACUAUGAUAGCACCACUGAAGUGACAUGGUAUUGUGGUGUCAGGCAACUUGAAGCUGGUGACAAAUAUGAAAUCGAAUAUGAGGAUGGACUAGCUGUUAUCACUAUCAACAAGAUCACAAGAGCAGAUGAUGGUACUUACAGAUGCAAGAUUGUGAAUGAGUAUGGUGAGGACAGUGGCUAUGCAGAGCUAUUCAUCAAUGGUGUUAGAUCUUACCGUGACUUCUUCAUCAGCCGUGUGGUCAAGAGAACAAAGCGCAGAGUUGACACUGCCAGAAUGCUUCAGAAGCCACCAGAGUUCACACUUCCUCUGGUCAAUCAUACAGCCUACAUUGGUGAAGAUGUGCGUUUUGGUGUCACAAUCACUGUUCACCCUGAGCCUCGUGUCAUCUGGCACAAAUCUGGACAGAAGCUUAUACCUGGAAAUGAUGACAAGAAAUACACCUUUGUCAACGACAAGGGCCUGUACCAGCUGAUUAUCCACAAACUUGAAGUUGAUGAUGAUGCUGAGUACAGUGUUGUUGCCCGUAACAGGUACGGUGACGACAGCUGCAAGGCUCGCCUUACUGUGGUUCCUCGACCUAAGCCAGCUGAUCUUACCCUGAGACCCAUGUUUAAACGCCUGCUUGCCAAUGUUGAGUGCAGAGAGGGCCAGAAUGUGCGCUUUGAGAUCAGAGUAUCAGGCCAUCCUACACUGAAGUGGGAAAAGGAUGGCACACCUUUAGCCUUUGGACCAUCAAUUGAAGUUGUUCAUGAGGGUCUGGAUUACUUUAUCCUUCAUGUAAGAGACACUCUUCCAGAAGACUCUGGUGUGUACAGAGUUACUGCAACCAACUCUGCUGGGUCAGCCAGUUGCCAGGCCACUCUCAAAGUAGAACGUGUUGCCCAUGUAAAGAAGGAAUAUGAGAUGACUGCAAAGGAGAAGCAAGCUGCAGCUGGAAAAGAGGCCCUUGAGAAAAAAGUCAGGCUCUCUCAGAUUUUGACUGGCACUGUUGUUAUACCUUUACCACCUGCAGCAGUACAAGCUGUCAGGGAGGCAGCCUCCAUGUUCAAACCUGCUGUGACAACAAAGAAGGGUGAAAAGACUGAGGCUGAGAUACAGAAAGAAAAAGAGGAGAGGAAGAAGCGGGCAGAUGAGAAGAGGCUGCGUAUGCCCUAUGUUGUCCCCACUCCCCGUGUUGUUAAUCCAGCUGCCCUUGAGGAAGAUGUGGAAAUAAAGCACUUCCAGCCACUUUCUGACAUGAAGUGGUAUAAGAAGCUCCGGGAUCAGUAUGAGUUCCCUGAACCUAUGGAAAAAAUCACACAGAAGAGAAUGAAGCGCAUUCGCCUUUCGCGGUGGGAGCAGUUCUAUGAGGUACCUAUCAGAAUCAAGGACCAGUACAAGCCUAAGUGGCGCAUCUCAUCCCUAACUCAGGAUGAUUUGGAAACUGUGAGGCCUGCAAGGCACCGCACUCCUUCCCCUGAGAUGGAUGCCUACCACAGGAUCAGGAGGAGGUCCCUGGGUGACCUUUCAGAUGAGGAGCUGCUUUUGCCUGUUGAUGAGUACUUGUCAAUGAAGAGAACAGAGGAGGAUAGGCUUCGUCUGGAGGAAGAGUUGGAGCUUGGCUACUCUGCUUCUCCACCUAGUCUCAGCCCGGUUCGUUUCGAGCUGUCAGCCUUGCGUCCCUCAUCUCCUAGAAGAGCCUACAGUGAUGACGAAGAGGGAGAAGAAAUUCGCAGAUAUGACUCUUACCGAAUCCCAUCUAAAUAUGAGGCAGGCCCAAGUUUUGUUGACCUUCGCCAGCGUCAUGACAAAACAACAUACAAACCUCCAAGACAGAAGCAGAGAGUGUAUGAAGAGAGAGAAGAUCAGGAGCUGCUCCGCCCACACACAACUGCUCAGAGGAUCUCCUCCUACAAGAGUGAACUCAAACGCAUGGAGUUUGAGGAGAAGACUAGGACCGUGAAAAAGGAAACAACUGUCACUGUUGCAUACUCUGAGGGUAUUGAAUCUGAGCACCUGACAUCCUUUACCUCAGAAUAUAUUCCUAAACCAAUCAAGAAGAUCCCCAUGCCUGAGCCUGAGAGAAGGAGAUCUCCUACACCAGGAAAGGCUGCCAAGACAGACGUGACCCUUCCAAGAGUUGAUUUUGCUUCCAGGUAUGAGGAGAGAAAGCAGGCUCUAAGAUCAGAAAGAAGAUCAGUGGAAAGGAAGGUUGAGGUGGUGACACAGGCUCCCUUCAGCCUUGACCAUGCCCCACGUAUUACCAUCAGGAUGCGUUCUCAUCGUGUGCCCUACGGCUCAAGCACAAAGUUCACCCUGAAUGUCCAGGCCAAACCAGAACAAGAGGUCAAGUGGUUCCACAAUGGAAAGGAGAUUAACCAGAGUAGCAAAUACCACAUGACCAACCUUAGUGGGGUUCUUACUCUCCAGAUCAUCAACUGCAUCACUGAAGAUGCUGGAACUUAUCGUGUUGUCUGCAGGAAUGCCAAAGGAGAGACUUCUGACUAUGCCACCCUGGAUGUUGCAGGAGCUGAAUACGCUGCCUUCUCUUCACUCCGUAAGGACGAGGAACCUCCAUCCUCUCAUCUCCCUGAGAUGACCAGAACAGAGAUGUAUCAUGUCUCUUCCUCUAAAACAACAGUGAAGGAAACUAAAACUACAACAGAGUCAGCCACUGUUGUUGAGAAGCAAAGAGAGAAGCCUAGUUUUUCUGCAAAGUUCCUAACGAAGCCAAAUUCCCUGACUGUACAGGAGGGAGACUUUGUCAGGUUUGACUGUGAUGUGGAAGGUGAACCAGCACCGUCUAUCACCUGGCUGCACAAAGGAACAGUUGUUGGUUCCACUGCCCGUCACCAUGUCAUCUCUUCUCAGUAUAACUCCAACUUUGAGAUCUGUGCUGCUGAGAUGUCAGAUGAAGGCAGCUACAGUGUGCUUGUGGAAAACGCUGGAGGCAAACAAGAGGCUCGAUUCACUCUGACCAUCAACAAGUCCAUGGAGAAAGUUGCCUCUCCCAGAGUCACCUCCCCAGAAGCUAAGUCCCCUCUCGCCAAGUCCCCUGAACCAGUGAAAUCACCUCAGAGAGUCAAGUCCCCUGAGCCAAUCAAGUCACCUCAGAGAGUGAAGUCUCCAGUCUCACCAAAGUCCCCUACACCAAAGUCCCCAACACCAAAGUCCCCAACACCAAAGUCCCCUACUCCAUCUGAGAAGGAAUGAGUGACUUCUUCUACAAAGUCACUGCAGACUGGCGGAGAUUUCAACUGAGACUCCAGCUCAGCAACUGUCAACUUUGACAUUUGGUCCAUGAAAAAAAGCUAAUUUAUACCCCCCGUUUUUCUUCAUCCAGAACCUUUUAUUUAGUGAAUUAGCUAAAAUAAUACUUGAUAAAGAUCUGGAUUUCUGUUCUUGUAAAUAUAAACUAUUUUUGUACCAAACUUGACAUUAAUUUAUGCCAAACUAGACUCAAGUCUAAAGUUGUUAUGAAAUGUGCCAUAUUGGACAAGUAUGACUUAGGAUUUUUUAACCACUUUUCUGUGACAUGUACAUAAUGUAUAUAGCCGAAUUGAACGGUUAUGGGAAAUGUAUGCAUUGUUAUUUAUGACAAUAAUAUUAACUGAAACAAAAGAACAAAUGUUUUAACAGGAGAAAGUUUCACCUAGAACGAAUACCCUGUCAAACCAAGAAACUAAACAAUGUGCCUCAACGAUACGUUGAAGUCUUAAGAUUGCCUCAACAGGUAGAGAGGCUCCCUGUUGAUGUUAUGAACCACAAACAGAAAGACAAAGUUAUUGUUUUGAAGACGCGUCUGUGCGUGUUAUAUUACAGUUUCCUAUGAGUUGUACCAUGAGCGUAAGACCCUGACUGCUGUUUGUAUUACCCUCAUGUAAGCAGCAUGAACUGGUCUUGUGCUCAGACUGACUGUGUCAUACCACCACGAUUUGAUGAGCAGCUCAGAGUGCAAGCGGCAUGCACUCUCAGCAUUUAGAUCUUUUUAUUUAAGAGCGCUGCUUCUGGCACAGAACAGCCGGAUUGGCUUUUCUAAAUGUUACAUCUCCUGGCCAUAAAGAAACACAAAGUCAAAGCCGGCUCUGCUGUGCAGAAGCAGCGCCGUCUCUUGGAGGAUAGAUAACUAACGUGUUUUUGUGUUUGAGUGUGAGUGUUUGUAGCUUUUAGUCAUUUCACCUUGUCAGUAGUCAGGGUCGUCUUCUUCUGCCUCACCACAGAGACUCUAGUUCCUGUGAGAAGAAAGAAUAGCAGACACAUGUUGCCCUGCACUUUUAUUUAAUUGAUCUGUUGAUGUAGAACUAUAAGUUGUCCUCCUUGAGUUUUAUGCAUUUCUGAUUUAAUAAAGCAUGAUUUCAGCACUA